AUGGAGCCGUCGGGGCCCUUCCACGACUCCGGCGUGGGCGAUCUGGACGCCGACGAGUCGCGCCCGCCUUGCCCGCCCUCGGGGACGAGCCGCGCCCGUCCGCCGCGCCCCCAGCUUGGCUCCAGCGGCGGCGGCGACGGCGGCGGCGGCGGCGGGUCCCCUGCGGGCUCCUCCCCGGUGGCCGCCCUCCGCCCUUCCUCCCGCCAAGGGAGCCAGCCCAAUGUAAGCGGCGAGCACUGGGCGGCCCCGGGCCACUCGCCCAGCUCCAGCGGCGGCGGCGGCGCGGGCACGGGCGGCAAGCACCGGCAGGCCAGCCCGCUGGCGCACCGGCGGGACAGCAACCCCUUCACCGAGAUCGCCAUGAGCUCGUGCAAGUACAGCGGCGGCGUCAUGAAGCCGCUCAGCCGCCUCAGCGCCUCCCGUCGGAACCUGCUGGACGCCGAGGCCGCCGCCGAAGCGCAGCCGCUGCAACUUCUGGGCGCCGGGGCUCACCCGCCGGAGAUCGUCAUCUCCCGGGAGGACAACCACUCCCCGCAAGGGCUGCACCCCAACACGGCAGGGCUGUCGGGGACCGGAGGUGGCCCCCACAAGCACCCGCCCGUCGGGGGGCCCUCCUUCGCCAAAGCGCCCAAGCGCAAGAACCAGAACAUCGGCUACCGCCUGGGCCACCGGCGCGCCCUCUUCGAGAAGCGGAAAAGGCUCAGCGAUUACGCGCUCAUCUUCGGCAUGUUCGGCAUCGUCGUGAUGGUCAUCGAGACGGAGCUGUCGUGGGGCUUGUACUCCAAGGUAGGCGCGGCUCCCCCCGGAGCCUCGGAAGGCGUGUGUGUGGUUUUAUUGGGGGGGGGGGGGAAUGUCCUGGAAGGCGCCUUCCAACCUCUCCAAAAAGCGCGCACCGGCGCUCUCCAAACCAAGAAGGCAAUUUCUGAAUCGCGACGCGUGACUUUGUUGGGGAGGGAGGGUGGAAGGAAGAAGGGGAGCCACGUCUAAAAAUUGGUGAGGGUAUCUAGCAUCUUGUGGGGGGUGGGAGGUGGCGUUAACAUAUCUCAGUCGUAAAGAGGGUGGGAUGGAAAGCUGCUCCCCCCCCCCCCGCCAACAGCAACCGAAGUUGCGCGCAUGAAUGUGCUCCCCAUGGUAACGUUAGCGCCAAUUGAAGUUUGCCUGGGUUUUCCCCUCCCUCCAUUCACAGUUGCGGUCGAUUCUUUUUGUGGGGGGCGGCGGAAGGGAUGGCAUGCUUAGGUGAGAGGGAAGACUCUGGUGGCUUCUUCCGCCCAAAAUGCUCCCUUACCUCCCCAGAAAGAAGGCUUGAUGGACCCCCCCACCCCCUUCUCCAGUAAGAGAAGGAUACAGGUGGUAUGGGGGGGGGGGGGAGGCUGUAGAUAGAGAAAGAGAGAGAAGGGCGGGGUCACAGUGCUUUUCCCCCUGCUGUGUAAUCCAAACCGUGCCUAUUCGGAAUUAAACCCCAUUAAACCCGGCGGGGUUUACUCGCAUGUAAAUGGGAUCGGGCAUGCAGCCUGGAGUGCAUUUUCCCACCUAGCCAGUUUCCAUCUCUGAUCGCUAUUGGAAGAUGCUUGGGGGUGGGGAGCAGGGAAAAAAUGGUCAGUGGGUUUCUGCUCACAGUAUUCUCUUAUUUUUCACCCACCCCACUUGACUCUUUGGCAAGCACACCCUACUGCUGUCUCCAUAGGAGAAUAUUCCGGGAUUGGGGGGGUGGGCAUUCGUGGCUGCCGUUUAAGGCUUGUAGUACAUCAUAGCAGAGGGGUGAUGGGUUGCAUUUUGAGAGCUCCCCCACCCCCUGACUCAGAGCCAAGAUUGUCCUCCAUGUUCCCCCUCUUUCCUCAAUCGGGGUUUUCUAUGGGGUAAUCCGGCUGUUGAUUUCUGUAGGGAGCUACUGGGGGUUGCAGCUGCUUUUCAGCUUGCAAUCAUGUGAUUUUGACUAGUGUGUGUGUGAGUGAGAGAGAGGAAGAUGAUGGACAGGAAACCCCUUAAUCAUUUGAGACAUGAGGCACCCGCCAUGAGGCCCUGAUGCUGCUGGGUUCCUGGCCCCCCCCCUCUGAAUCUGAAAUGCACAGUGGUUCUUCUUCCCUCCUUCUGCUGCUGCUGUAGCUCAGUGGCAGAGAAUCUGCUUUUGCAUCAGAAGGUACCUGGUUCGAUUCCCAAUGGCAUCUCCAGGUAGGGAGGUCCCCUUCCUGCAACCCUGGAGAGCUGCUGCCAGCCUGUGUAGACAAUAUUGAGAUCAGUGGUCUGUACUCAGGCAGCUCCCCAUGUUCCCUUUUUGCCCUUUUCAAUAAAAAAAAAAGCACUUAAGAAAAGCCUGGCUGGAUCUGGCCAAAGGCCAUUUAACAUGUUGCUUUCAGUAGGGCACACCUUUUCCUCCACUAGAUUUAUGCCGGAAUUAAAGGGCUUUGGGGAUGAAAUAACUCCUCAAACCCUUGUUUAGGGGUCCCUCUAACCUGACAUUCGAGCUUCAUGGGUACCAGAACUGUGGGGGGCAGAAUUAAGGGUGUUGCUCUGGCUUGGUAUCUGCUGAGAGUUUUUAUUGCUUGGGAGUUGCCUUCCCCUUGGGGGCUGUUGGCUCCCUAUCUGAGCCCAGUUAGCCUUGUGCUGCCCUGUGGCAUGGCGUUCCAGAGGUGAACUCUGUGCCGAAAACCCCCCCUGUUUCAGCUCAUUGAUUGUGGAGAUGGGGAAACUCAAAGCACUCUGUAUGUUGCUGGACUCCCGAUGGAUUGGUCAUGAGUGAUGGGAGCUGGAAUUCCGCCAUAGGUUCUCCAUCCGUUGUUAAAGGAGUGGUGCUGGAGGAACGAAUGUUUAGAGAAUGACAGUCCUCGGUUGUGUGGACAGCUAGAUGCUGCUACCAAUAAUUGACAUAAUAUUAAAACGUAUUUAUUUAUCGCUAAUUUCGUUUACAAAUAAUUUCCCAGCGGGCGUCCCAAAGCGUUUUGCAAUAUCGGGAAAGCAUAUAUCAAACAGCUGCAUGUGUUUAAAAACAGUUAAAAUAUUAAUGUAUUUUAAAGACAGUUAAUUUUAUAUAUAACACCCAUCUUAAAACAGUAAGAACAAUCACUCAUAUAUCAUAUAGAUACAAGCGAGCUUAGCAUGUCAGACCCAGACCUGGGAGAGCAGGAUUCGAAUCCGCACCCAGCCGUGAAGCUUAGUAGGUGACCUUGGGCCAAUCGCAUACUCUCAGCCUAGCCUACCUCCCAGGGUUGUUGUGCGAAUAAAAUGGGGUGGAGGGGAACAAUGUAAGGUGCCUUGAGCUCCUUGGGAGGAAAGGUGGGAUACAAAUGUAAUUCAUAAUAAUAAUAAUAAAUUAUAAUAUCAUUCGUGCAUAUGAUCCUUUGGGAGGGCGGGAUCUGUUCUUAAUCCUCGCUGCCAAUUAAUUUCAUUGGGUCAUCCCCCAAAUUCCAAUAUCAGGAGGAAAAGGCAAUAGCUUUUUCUGCCUACCCCCUUGGCACCACUCCCAUUUUCAUAAGUUCCUGUUAUGCACACACACAUCCCAAAUCAGUCACCUUAUUUUCCAACCUGAGGAUGAUGAAUCCAGUGGCCCUUUCCAAUAUUGCUGCCUUCUGACUCCCAUCUCAACAGGCCAGUGCUGGCUGGGGAUGAUGGGAGUUGUAGUCCAACAACAUCUGGAGGGUGACAGAUGUUACCAGCCCUGCUUUAUGCCACAUUUGAACCAUACAUUUCAAGCACCACAAUACCACUUUAACCAGCUUCCCUCCCUCCUCCCACAAGACUUAUGGGAACUGCAGUUUGUUAAAGGUGCUAAGGGUUGUUAGGAAAACCCCAGUUCCCUUCGCAGAGCUACAAUUCCCAGUUCCCUGUUAAGAAGCAUUGAUUGUUAAACCACUCCUUAGGGAGGAAGAGCAGCAUAGAAAUUUUAUAUAUAUAUAUAUAUAUAUAUAUAUAUAUAUAUAUAUAUAGACACACACACACACACACACAUAUAUAUAUGUAUAUAUAUAUAUAUAUAUAUAAAACAGACAGCUGGACGAAACUGGGAAGCAAGAUGUGGUCAUGGGGCAUUGCCUGAUGUUUGCUCCCCUCCGAGGGGCCUGGUAUGGAGAGAUAGACUGCCACGGGACAUGGAAGUUCAUACUUAGGUAAAAGUAAAGGGACCCCUGACCAUUAGGUCCAGUCGUGUCCGACUCUGGGGUUGCGGCGCUCAUCUCGCUUUAUUGGCCGAGGGAGCCGGUGUACAGCUUCCGGGUCAUGUGGCCAGCAUGACUAAGCUGCUUCUGGCGAACCAGAGCAGCGCACGGAAACGCCGUUUACCUUCCUGCCGGAGCGGUACCUGUUUAUCUACUUGCACUUUGACGUGCUUUCGAACUGCUAGGUUGGCAGGAGCAGGGACUGAGCAACAGGAGCUCACCCCGUCGCGGGGAUUCGAACUGCCGACCUUCUGAUCGGCAAGUCCUAGGCUCUGUGGUUUAACCCACAGUGCCACCCGCACACAGGUGGAUUGAUUUUGCCCCCUGAACUAGCUCGUUUGGAAAAAUUGUUCCAUACGCCACAGUAGUGAGGUAGAGAAUUUUAGGCUUGGGGGUUCAAGCCUCUCUAACUCCCUCCCUCCCUAGGCCCCCUCCCCAGCCACGUUGUUUAAAGUCUCUGCUUUGUAUCCUCCAUGGAUGUUUCUGUGUGGCUGGAAUGUGUUCUUGAACUCUGAUAAUGCAUCUUGUUUUCCUUGGAGGGAAGAUGAAGAUGUCGUGGGAAUGUAGAAUCGUACCGUUGGAAGGGACCUUCAGAGUCAUCUAGUCCAACUAGACUAGUCAUCUAGUCCAAAUCUCUGCAGUGCAGGAAUCUCAGCUAAAUGUAGAAACUAGCUAGAAGUACAGAAGGAAAAAUGGGCAUCCGUUGCCCCGCCCACUUUGUCCUCUGGCCCCGCCCACACCUGGCAUGUGGCCCCCAGCAGGAAAUGUGGCCCUCAGACUGAAAAAAGGUCCCCUCUGCUCCUCCCAUCACUGUCCUGUCUCCCUCUGUUCCGCCCCUGCCCCCAUUUAUGUGUUUGGCACUGUAAGCUCCGUGGAGGCGGAGACCUGGCUUCCCCUCUAGGAAUCUCCCUCCGGGGACAUCUAUGCCUCUGCUUUUCUUUUCACAAUAACACUCUGCAGCAUUUCAAGGUGCCUUUCCUUCUGGGAGGGCAGAAAGUGGCUGCAGUGCUUUAGCAUCUGACCAGCAGGGUUGAUGAGCAGGGCUUGAGCUAUAUGAGUGCACAGGGGACUGGGGAGGCUGCAACUCUCCAGGUGUUGUUGGACUCCAACUCCCAGCAGCCCUAGCAGCGGGCACGGCCACGGCAAGGAAUGAUGGGAGCUGUAGUCCAACCAAUAAUCUGCAGGGCUAAUGACACUCCCAUCUGUGGCCCAGGCGAAAAUAUUAAUUGUAGUUUUUUUAUUUUAAUUUUGCUUCUUCUUUCUGGCUUCUUGCUAAACACAGAUAAUGGGGGGGCGGCGUCAUGUUCCCACGGGGGCCUCUUUUCUUGCUUUGUAAGGGAAGGGGCUGAAAUCGUAUGUGUUUUUAGGGUAAGAAUAUAAUUUUUUAUUUAUACCCCGCCCUUCCCAGUUCAGAAAACCGGGCUCAGGUUUUAACAACAAAUUUAAAACACUUAAUUGAUGCAACAAAAAGCAGUGUAAAAUAUAGUAUAAAAUGUAUAUAACAAUAAAUUCAGAAUUCAAAAAUCAAUUUAGGGGGGAAAUCCAUCCAAUAAACAUUAGAUGAUCACCAGGGCUAGCUGGCUAAAUUAGUCCUAUUUGGGCCAGCGAGGAGACCAGGGAUAAUUAGCUGUGGGAUCCCAGAGCGGGUAAUCUUCAAAAAAAGGGGGAGGGGGAGGGAAGGAAGGGGAAUAAAAGAUCAGGCUAAGUUCAAGUUGAAAGCCAGGCGGAAUAGCUCUGUCUUACAGGCCCUGCGGAAGGAAGUUAAAUCCUGCGGGGCUCUGGUCUCAUGGGACAGAGCAUUCCACCAGGUCGGAGCCAUCACUGAGAAGGCCCUGGCCCUGGUGGAGGAUAGUCUGACUUCCUUAGGGAAUGGACCCAUUCACCUGCCCUAGAUCCUAUUCAUUCUGAAUUUCAUUUUGAUCCCCCUCCCCAUUGCCUUUCCAUCAAGAGUCUGGGGCAGACAAGGGGAAGGUGCCCUUUAAGAUUCUGACACCCGAGGAACGUGCAUUUACGGCUAUUGCGACCUCUUUGUGCCACAGGACUUUUAAGCUCUGAUUCAGAGAGUUGGCGGUUCGAAUCCCCACGACGGGGUGAGCUCCCGUUGCUCGGUCCCUGCUCCUGCCAACCUAGCAGUUCAAAAGCACGUCAAAGUGCAAGUAGAUAAACAGGUACCGCUCCAGCAGGAAGGUAAACGGCGUUUCCGUGCGCUGCUCUGGUUUGCCAGAAGCGGCUUAGUCAUGCUGGCCACAUGACCCGGAAGCUGUACGCUGGCUCCCUUGGCCAGUAAAGCGAGAUGAGCGUUGCAACCCCAGAGUCAUCUGCGACUGGACCUAAUGGUCAGGGGUCCCUUUACCUUUUACCAGUGUCAUCUAGUCCAAACCCCUGCAAUGUAGGAGGCUUUUGCCGAAUGUGGGGCUCAAACCCACGACCUUGAGAUUAAGUAUCCUGCUCUACUGACUGAGCUGUCCAGCAGCUAGGGGCCUGCAAACUCUUUGGAGCUGAACUCAGUACUGGGGGAACUGAGAGCGGUGUGGCAGUUAGAGCGCCAGUCUCGGACUGGUAGAGAUAUGGGUUCAAAUCCCCACCCAGCCGAUUAUGUUCAUGGGGGACAGGAAUCUUGCUCCAAUAACAAUCUCUUGGCCUAACCUACCUUGCAGGGAUGUUGUGAGUGUAAAGGGGGGUGGGCGUAGCAGAGUGGAAGGCUGGCAGCCCAGCAGUGGGUGGAGCCAGAGCCAGUGGGAGGCUGAGCCGUCCCCUGAUUGGUUGUUGUUAAAAGGGCAGGUAGGUGGGAUUGGUUGAGGACAGGCUGCCAGAAUGAAUCUUUCUCAACCUUGGGCUAAUUGCUCUUUCUUGCCUACCUCGCAGGGUGGUUGUUGUAUGGCAAGAAAAUCUGGCAGCUGCUCUUUCUGCACAUAACCUUCCCUUACAGAGAUACAGCGCUGGGGGAAGCAAGGGCACCACCACCUUUGAGCUCUUUGGUGGCGAGAAAUGCAAGGAAUAAAACAAGCAAAUAGACCUUCCUGGCUGGGUGGGUGUGAGACGGUUUGUCAGCCGGCAAAGCGCGGCUGCUGUGCACAUGCGCAGGAGGCAUUCUCCUCCAUUAAUUAAUCUGCUUGUUCUGUACUGCAUCCUAGCCUAGGGAGAGAGCAUGCACACCGCGUCAGGCUUGCAAAGUUGUGGGUGGGAUUGGGAAUUGGGAUUGAGCAUGUGUCCAGCUGGACCUCUCUGUCUGGCUCUCCAUGCAACACCCCUCGCUGGUUCUGCAUUGCACCCUGAUUAUUUCCCACAGGCCGAACUGUGUCUUUGGAUUCCUGAUUGUGGCUGCCUCGAUUCCCUGCCCCUUCCUUAAGCAAUCUGCCUCCAUGCGCUAUCUGCAUUAUGGCUAUAACAACAGUCAUACUGCCCUGCCUUGCAGGGGGGUUGUGAGGAUACUGUGGAGUGAUGCAUAAAUGAGGGUUAGGGAAAACUGUGAUUCCCCCCCUCCAACAUUAAUUGCAUUCAUAUCCCACCAUUUCCUCCAAGGAGAUCAGGGCAGUGUAUGUGGCUCUCUUGGUCUCCGCAACAACCCUGUGAGGUAGGUUAGACUGAGAGGGAGCGACUGGCCCAAGGUCACCCCAUGAUCUUCUUGCUCAGGUGGGGAUUUGAACCUUGACCACCCAGGCCCUAGUCUAACACUUGAAUCACCACACUACUAUGGCCCUCCCAGAUGCUGCAAGUCUCAUAAUCCCAGACCAUUGACCAUUCUGGCUGGAGGCUGAUGGGAGCCGGAGUCCAGGAGACAUCACUGCACCCUUCUGCAAGUGCAUUUAAUAUAUGGUCCCUGAUUGGUUGGGACAUGUGUUUAAGACGCCGCCGAAGCCCUCCAGGUGUUGCUGGACUCCAACUCCCAUCAUCCUUGACCAUUGGCCAUGCUGAUGGGAGCUGGAGUCCAGGAGACAUCACUGCACCCUUCUGUGAGUGCAUUUAACAUGUGGUCCCUGAUUGGUUGGGACAUGUGUUUAGGAUGCUGCUGAAGCCCUGCACUACAGCACCCAUCACCCCUGUGCUCUCUGGGGGCUGCUGGGAGCUGGAGUCUAGCCGCCUCCCCCGAGGGCACUGGGUCCCCCCCCCCCAAUCCCUGGGAUGAAUGCUAAGAUAUUCUCCCUGGCCCUGAUUGCUUCUGAUUUCGACACCACCUUCCCCGCUCUCCUGCCAGGCUCGCCUGGGUACCUGCGUGUCUGCAUUUAGAAGGCUGGGGGAAGGAGUGAAGUUCUCUGCGGGGAAGGGAACGUUGGCAUGGGAACUCUUUCCAGGGCCUGAGAAGCCUGGCGGGGAGGCAGGGCUGCUCUCUGGGGACUUGCCAAGGAAAAUCACACACCCUCACACUCUUCUCCCCACCACCCGGAAAAAAACCACACAAAACAAAACCCCACGAAGAAUGUGUGUGACGCUGGCACUUUGCCACCUCUGGGGUUGGUGUGAUCCGGAGCCUGCCCCUUGUUGCAACACAAUAGCAGGUCCCAAGGUUAGACUGGGGGAAGCGUUUUUGCUUUCUUCUCUUGCCAGUUGGUAGCUAAAUAUAUCUCUUGCCUUCUCUCCCCCCCCCCUCCAAUCUUGAUUCUGCAUUCACUCUUUUCCCAGCUCUGAGGAAGAGCAGCACUUGAUAUCUUUUUUAAAAUAUAUAUACAGUAUUAAGGAGGUGAUGGAGAUCAAGUCAGCUAAGCAAUGUGAGCUCCCAGCCUCAAAUCCCUGCUUCCUUGUGCGGGGUAAUCUGUGCAUCCUCAGGGGCACCCUUGUUUUAUGCAGAUCCUUACCUUCUUAUUUUGCUUUUUUUCAAACCCCCCCCCCAGUUGAAUUUUAAUAGCAGCUUUCAGGAGAAGGAAAGGAAAGAAAAAUAAAAGGAACUAGAAAGAUUAAGUUGCCAGAGUUCCAGGGUCUGGAAACUAAGCCUUAUGAGGAAUGGUUGAAGGAGCUGGGUAUGUUUAGCCUGGAAAAGAGGAGAUUGAGAGAAGAUAGGAUAGCCGUCUUAAAAUAUCUCAAGGGCUGUCACAUGGAAGAUGGAACAAGAUGGUUUUCUUCUGCUCUGGAGCGUAGGACCUGAACAAAUGGAUUCAGGUUACAAGAAAGGAGAUUCCGACUGAACAUCCCUCAGGAGAUUGUGCACCUUUGCAUUAGCUGAGAUUCCUGCAUUUCAGGGGGUUGGACUAGAUGACCCUUGGGGUCCCUUCCAACUCUACAAUUGUAUGAUUCUGUGAUUUACUGAGUUGACCAUUCCCUUCGUUACUUAGAAAAACAUUAGUGCAUUUUUGUUUCCUUUUUAUCAACAUAUUUGUUAAUCUUUAAAAACUUCAUACAGAGGAAACAAUGGAAAAAGCACAGGAUGAAAAUAGGCAGACCCAGAAAUGUAUCUGCUUGCUUGUUUAGAUGCUCAAGUUUGUCACCUGAAUCAACACUACUACAGUGGUACCUCGGAUUAAGAACUUAAUUCGUUCUGGAGGUCCGUUCUUAACCUGAAACCGUUCUUAACUUGAGGUACCACUUUAGCUAAUGGGGCCUCCGCUGCCGCCUCCACCAUGCGAUUUCUGUUCUCAUCCUGAAGCAAAGUUCUUAACCUGAGGUACUAUUUCUGGGUUAGCAAAGUCUAUAACCUGAAGCAUAUGUAACCUGAAGUGCCUGUAACCCGAGGUACCACUGUACAUACCAGAUUUUAUCAUCCUGUCUUGCCACUGUUGGAGGGUUACUUUCCUUGGUCCCUGCAGGCCCUGUGAGGUUCUGGAUAUUCAAAAUGAAACUGCAGAGAUGCAACAGUCAGAGCUAGGUUUCUCCUUCCCUUUCCCAAACUGACUUUUAUUCUCUCUCCCCUGCUGAUGUGUAAAUAAAUCUUGCCAGCCCAAGGUCUGGUUGGAGCUUAGCUGUCGUGCCUGUUAUGAGCUUGAGCUGAAAUCUAGGAACUGUGAAAUUUUUAGGAGGGGUGAUGGGACAAGUGAGAUCCUGGAAGGAAAAACUUAAGCACUCCUGAAAGCUGUCAUCCUCACUUUGUUUGUUUUUUUACCUGGGAGUAAAUCCCAUUGGACACAGUGCGGCUUCCUUCUAAGUAGACUGAGGACUGCUCGGUUAAUCUUGUUUGUUCAGUGAGAGAGGCCGUAGGCACUGUGUGAAAUUUCUCAAAUGAAUCUGAUAGAGCUUAAAGAUCACCAUAGAAUCAUAAAAUUGUGGAGUUGGAAGGAACCCCAAGAGUCAUCUAGUCUAACCCCCUCUCAGUCUCCUCUUUUCCAGGCUAAACGUACCCAGCUCCUUCAACCGUUCCUCAUAAGGCUUGGUUUCUAGACCCUAGAUCAUCUUUUUUCUUAAAAAAAAAUAUUUAUUAUUUUCCAUACAUAAAUAUAACAAAAGAAAAGAUUGACAAUAAUAAAGAAAAAAGAAUAACACAGAAAAAAGAAAGAGAAAAAAGAAUAUAAAACAUAAAAUGCAACAAAUCUUCACUGCACUAACACUUAAUUAAUUAGAAUCCAUCUUCAUAAACAUAUUAUUUGACUUCCUUAAAUCUCUUCCAUCUGAAUUUCUUAGUAAUUAUAUAUAGCAGUUUCCAAAAUCAUUAUUUCAUAAACCAUAUCACAGUCAUAAUCAUAUUUCGACCCUAGAUCAUCUUGGUCGCCCUUCUCUGCGCAUGUUCCAGCUUGUCAUCGAGGCCGCAUUCACAACAUACAUCAUAGCUUCUCCCAAAGAAUUCUGGGAGUUGUAGUUUAUCAAGGUGCUGAGAGUUGUUAGGAGGUUCCCCCCUAUUCCCCUCUCAGAACUACAGUUCCCAGAGUGCUUUAACAAUCGAUUCUUCUUCCCAGGGAACUCUGGGAAUUGUAACAAAAAUAAGAACACAUUCUUGUUAUUUUGGGUGUGACUAGUGCUAUACAGAGUCCCAGAGGACAGGGCCCUGCCCCUAUGAGCUUACAGUCUUACAGAUUUGACCACAGGUGAAACAAUAGAAGAAGACUGGAGGCCUAAGUAAACAAGGAAGUGGUAUGCAAUGGUUAAGCUCAGUUAACAGACACAUUUUGAAUUUUGAGAGAGCACUGAGGGCGCCUGUCACAAAAAAAGCUGCUUAUAGGGGAAUGGACACGGCCUAACGCAAAAUGGCUGCAGCAUGACACAAAAUUAGAGAGACAGUCACCCCAUGCAACUGUAUUCUUACCACAGGAAAUCAGUUUUCCCCCGCUGAUCCUGAUUGUGGCGAUUACACAAUAUUGAUUUUUUUUUACACACACAAACUGAUGCUGUUGGUGUCUUAUAGUAACAGGGAGCAGCAUUCCUCAGUACCAGGGAAAAUAUGCAAGGUGGCCACAGUCACUCUCAUUUUGCAGAAAUCACUUAGGAUGUCCCUGCACAUUUCUUUGUAUUUAUUAUGGGUGCUGAGAGUUGUCGGGGUCUCAUAUUCCCCCUCACAGAGCUGCAAUCUCCAGAGUGGUUUAACAAUCGAUCCCUUUUCACAGGGAACGGUGGGAAUUGUAGCUCUGUGAGGGGAGCGUAGGCCUCCUCUGAAGAACUCUCAGUACAUUUAACGAACAACACUUCCCAGAAUCCUUUGGGGGGAAGCCAUGACUGUGAUACCAUAGUGCAGGCAUAGGCAAACUCGGCCCUCCAGAUGUUUUGGGACCAUAGCUGUCAACUUUUCCCUUUUCUUGUGAGGAAUCCUAUUCGGAAUAAGGGAAUUUCCCUCUCAAAAAAGGGAAACGUUGACAGCUAUGUUUGGGACUACAACUCCCAUCAUCCCUGACCAGUGGCCCUGUUAGCUAGGGAUGAUGGGAGUUGGAGUUCCAAAACAACUAGAGGGCCGAGUUUGCCUAUGACUGCCAUAGUGCUUUAAACGAGGGUGUGAAUAUGGCUUAACAGAGACAAUUUCAAGUAGAGGACCCAGCCAAACAGAUGUGGUGGUAAUAAUGGUCACAUACACCUUCCAUUUAAAGCACUGAGUGCGGUAACCAGUCAUGGCAUCCCCCAAGGAAUUAUGGGAACUGUAGUUUGUUAAGGGUGCUGAGAGUUAGGAGACCUUCUCUUCUUCCCUUACAGAGCUACAGUUCCCAGAGUGGUUUAAGGAACAGUCCCUUCUCCCCUGGGAAUUAUAGCUCCAUGAGGGGAAGUGGGGUCUUCUAACCACCCUUAACAAAUGUCGUCUCCCAGAAUCCUUUGCAGGGGAAGCCAUGACUGUUCAAAGUGGUAUGAUGCUGGUUCACAUGCAGACUGCAGAUGAGACCAAUCUCUUUCUGCCCUGCCAGGGCUGUCAUUACCCGCUUUGCCAGCCAGACCAGGGCAGAGGAGGUGGGGGGCAGCGUCCACAGUUGAGGGGACAGCUUGGCAGCUUUCUCCUCUCGAUUCCAUGCCGUUUGGCUCAAAGUAGAGGGUGGCGCACCGCUCCCCUUGCUUCCCGCUUUUUGCGGUGGAGCUGGAGAUUCCUGGGAGCUAUAAAUAAUGCUCCGCAACCGCGCCUCUCCCCACCCCACCCCAAAAGCCCCAGUUCCUUCCCCCUGCCCUUCCCCGGCCAAUCCUAUUGUGUUCAGGAAAUUGGAGCUGAGUUGGCAAGGGGCACCCUUUGCGUGGGCGGCUGGGGAAGAGGGGAACUAACAGCUGUGAGCAGAGGCGGGCAGAGAAUUCCCUUCCACCAGGGCUGGGCUCGGGUGGCGCCUUGCCAGCAGUGCCCCUGCAGGGAUGCCAAUCAGCCUGCCUUUAUCCUUAGAAAUCUGCAUGUUGCAGCCGUCUUCUUCUUUGAAAUGGGCAACAUUUUGUGCCGAAACCUUUUCCAGUUCCUCCCUCUCGCUGCUCUGCUUUGAGCCCCCAUGGUCUCCCAACUGGGGUAUGCCUUUAUAUUUUGUGGGGUGGGAGGAACAGAGUUUUUAUUUUUGGAGGGCGGCUGAAUGCAGAAGAGCGGCUUCAGGCUGUUUAUUUAUUGCAUGCAUAUCCCACCUUUUCCUGUACCGAGCUCAAGGUGGCUUGCAUGACUCCCUCCCUCCUCUGUUAAUCCCCACAACAACCCUGUGAGGUAGGAUAGUCCAAAAGGCCCUGACCUCAAUGAGCUUCAUGGCCGAGUGGGGAUUUGAACCCUGGUCUCCCAGGUCGUCGUCCGACACCUAACCACUGCACCACACUGCCUGUUAUUACAUUUCUAUCCCACUUUCCUCCAGGGACCUCCAGGUGGCAUACUGGUUCUCUCUCCCUCUCCAUUUUAAACUCUCAACAACCCUGGAAGGUUGGAUAGGCUGAGAGAUUAUGGCUACAGUGGUACCUCGGGUUAAGUACUUAAUUCAUUCUGGAGGUCCGUUCUUAACCUGAAACUGUUCUUAACCUGAAGCACCACUUUAGCUAAUGGGGCCUCCUGCUGCCGUUGCGCUGUUGGAGCCUGAUUUCUGUUCUUAUCCUGAAGCAAAGUUCUUAACCUGAAGCACUAUUUCUGGCUUAGCGGAGUGUGUAACCUGAAGCGUAUGUAACCUGACGCGUAUGUAACCCGAGGUACCACUGUAUUUUGUUGCCUUAGAACCGGAACCUUGGGGCCCUGGUCAGUGUGGCCAGUGUCCAGGGAAUUAUGGGAAUUGUAGUCCAGCAACAUUUAAAGUAAUCCAGGUGAAAAUAGAUUUCAUGCAAAAAAAAAACCCCAAACCCUCAUAGUUACAUGUGAGUGAUUGUAUUUUCAUGGGGUUGUUAUCUUCCUCUUGCUUGAGUGAAAGGUCUCAAAUGGUCCCAAACUAGACAUAAAAUGAAAAUGGGGAGGGGGAAAAGGUUAAGCCUGUUUCCCUCACAUCCUCAGACCCAAGGUGUGGAAUAAUGGCAAGGGGAGAGACUAGUUCUCCCCAACAGCCUUGUGAGGUAGGCCCAAGAUAUGGCGACCGGCCCAAGCUGACCUCGUGAGCUUUGUGGCUGAGUGUGGAUUUGACUUUUCCACCCUAGACUGACACUCUUGAACCACAUGGUUAGAGUGCUGGGGUAGGACUUGGGAGACGCCAGUUCGAAUCCUAGCACAGCCGCGAAGCUCACUUCAUGAGUAAGGCACUUGGCUUGAGUUGAACGGAUGUGGCUAGACUCCCAGCUCCUAUCAACCACAGCAGCCGUGGCCAAUGGUCUGAUUGCUCAUGUUUAGUUGAUUUGAUCCAGGUAGCGUUUAACAAAGAGAGCAUCAAAUUUUCCCCGGUCUCUUUCUUGUCUCUCAUCUUCAAAUACAUAACGCAGCAAGGCCAAACUAUUAAGGGAGACCGCUCCAUCCCAAUUUCUGUGCUUCUUCCUUGCCCGUUCUCUGCCAGUGAGUCCAAAUCUAUUCCAGGCUAACAUAAUAAAAAAAAUGAAACCUUUCCCUGAUUUCUCUGGCAGGAGGAUUUUACCUCAGACCUUGCGGUCCAGCAUAGCUACGUGUAUGACACCCCUGUUUAACAAGGGGAUGGAGCAACAUCGGGGCUUUCAGUGUUCGGAACUAGUCAGGCGCCGGGCGCAUUUUGCACCUGGUUUUCGACCACAAGUGAAGAUGCCUGGCAUCUCUGCCAUUUUGAGGUGCAUGCCUGGGGAUCAUUGGAUCUGGACUGUUCUCACAUACUAACACCCCGAUCAUGUAGAAUUCUAUCAGUUACCGAUAUAUUUUAUCUGCACAAUUGGAACGAAUUUCUGGAACUGUUAAGUUGUGGGUGAACAUAUCAGACAACACAGCGAUUCUUCAAACAGCUCUUGUUUAUUCACAGGCCAGGACAGAACUGAACUGAAGGGUUCAGUCAGCCUGCUUAUAUAGAGCUCCAGUACAAUGUAACUGUAACAAUUUUCUAAAACUAUCCAAUCACUGAACGUCACUUUCGAUCCCUUAUUUGCAUAACUAUCUACAGUAUCGCCCUGCUGGCCCAGGGUGAGAACUUCAGUACAUAACAGGAACCAGAAUGCUUUUUCUCUGCAGCCUGAGCACGAGCAAUCACCAUUAAGAAAAAGGGGUUGGAAUAGGCCAGUAUAUAUGUGGACUGUCCCUGGAUCAAGCGACUUUUCUUCUUUAAGUUCUCAAAGCUCUUAACCUAGCUCAGGGUUGACAUCUGAACUAGCCAGAUGCUUAGCUGAGAAUCAAUCACAGCCAGUCAGUCAUCUGAAAAAUAAGGCUUUAGAGCCAUUUUGCCCCAAAAUGGCAACUAGAUGUUAUAUUAUGGCGACUGUAGCCUUGGUUUUAAGGAGCCGUUUGGUGCCUAGCUUACAUAUCUGAGUUCCUAACAUUGGCAGGCUUUAUGGGUUAGAGUAGGGGUCAGCAAACCUUUUCAGCAGGGGGCCGGCCACUGUCCCUCAGACCUUGUGAGGGGCCGGACUAUACAGUGGUACCUCGGGUUAAGUACUUAAUUCGUUCCGGAGGUCCGUUCUUAACCUGAAACUGUACUUAACCUGAAGCACCACUUUAGCUAAUGGGGCCUCCUGCUGCUGCCGCGCCGCCGGAGCACGAUUUCUGUUCUUAUCCUGAAGCAAAGUUCUUAACUUGAGGUACUAUUUCUGGGUUAGCGGAGUCUGUAACCUGAAGCGUAUGUAACCCGAGGUACCACUGUAUUUUGAAAAAAGAAGAACAAAUUCCUGUCCCCCACAAAUAACCCAGAGAUGCAUUUUAAAUAAAAGGACACAUUCUACUCAUGUGAAAACACCAGGCAGGCCCCACAAAUAACUCAGAGAUGCAUUUUAAAUAAAAGGACACAUUCUAUUCUCGUAAAAACAUGCUGAUUCCCGGACCGUCCACGGGCCAGAUUUAGAUGGCGAUUGGGCCGGAUCCGGCCCCCAGGCCUUAGUUUGCCUAUCCAUGGAUUAGAGAAAAGGAGAAAGGUUGGAGGUGUGGAUAGGGGAGUUUCCCAUAAAGCGGAAUGUUGGAAGGUUCAGGGCAGGCGAAAGGAACUACUUCUCUGCACAUGGUUAAAAUUUGGAAUUGGCCCUGUGAAGAGUGAAGGCCACUAACUUGGAUGGCUUUAAAAGAGGAUUGGACAAAAUCAUGGUGGGCACGGCUGUGUUCUGCCUCCACUGUUGGAAGCGCUAAUGUGCACCUGAAUACAAGUGGCUGGGAAUGGCAGGUGGGGGGAGUUGCUGGUGCGCUCAGGCCAUAGCUGUCAACUUACAGAUUUGAAAAUAAGGGACCAGCAACCUCGAAAAUAAGGGAUUUUCGGGCAGCCCAAAUAAGGAAUUUUCAGAGCACAGGUACGUUCGACUUCUGAGCCCCUCCGAGCCAAAGGCAGAAAGCCCAGCCAGCAGCCAAACGAAGCCUCAAGCGGUGGUUCCCACAGCACAGCAACCUGCCAAAGGGGAUGCAGCAAGGAAAACCACCGUCACCUCUCCGCUGGGAAGCGCUGAGCAAAGGCGAGUCCCCAGGCAACGCGGCCGAUUUGAUGGGCACAAGGCAUGCAAGCUCCACCCCCCAGUCGUCCUUAGACUCCUUAUUGGGUGAGCAACGCAGCCAAGCAACACAGUUGGAGCCUCCCUCCUCCCUGGCCGGCAGGGAGGGAAGGAGAGGAGCUGCUUCCUUUGAAACCCGGGAAAUUUAAGGGACAUCAUCAAUAAGGGACAGCAGCGGGACAUGGCGCUGGAAUAAGGGACUUUCCCGCCAAAUAAGGGACGGUUGACAGCUAUGGCUCAGGCCUUGCUUGUGGGCUCCCCCCCCCCACGUGUUCGACCAGCCACUGUGAGAACAGGAGGCUAGACUUGAUGGGCUGUUGCUCUGAUCCAACAGGCUGCUGUUAUGUUCAGUGGGGAUUGGCUAUGUUCUGGAUUGCAGCCUGUGGAUUUUGGGAGGAAAGCGGUUUUGGGAUGGGCAGGUGCGUGUGGGCUAACCGCCACCAUUUGCUCUUUCCCCGAGCGAUUCGCAAGUGGCUAAUUUCAGGUCGCUUCGAUCCAUCCAGAGACACUAAUUGGGUUUUGCGCUAGGCUGGGAUGAGAAAUAUCUAAAGCCUCGAGAGGGUCAGGGCAGGAGUGUGUGCUCUUUGCGGAUGGUACUAAGCAUAAUGAGGCUUUAAUGCCUUUUUUGGUAAACGAAGGGGCUCUUUCCAACGGAGGGCUAACUCCUCUGUUCCUCAACGAGGGAGAGAGAAAUCGAUGGACAGUAAUGGAGAGGAUCAGAAGGAAAUCGUUCUGAGAAAUAACUUUGGGUUCUCCGCUGCCUGGAGGGCCUCUGCUUUAAGCUCUCCUAGAAAUUGCCCACAGUCCUUUGCUCUGCGGGGCUCCUGUGCCUUUUUAACAGCUGCAAAAAUCCAGCCGGCAUGUUUUACCUCUCCCCAUUGUCAGCCCUGUUGAAUUUCUGCAGGAGGAAGGGAGAUAACGCAGGUUCACCACCCCCUUUCUAAGAUCCCCACUGUUAAGUUGUGGGUGAACAUAUCAGACGACCCAGAGAUUCUUCAGACAGCUCUUGUUUAUUCACAGGCCAGAACAGAACUGAACUGAAGGGUUCAGCCAGCCUGCUUAUAUAGAGCUCCACUACAACGCAACAGGAACCACUUCCUGUAACUAUCCAAUCACUGAACGUCACUUUCAAUCCCUUAUUUGCAUAUGUGGACCUGAGUGAAAACUGAGAACAUCAGUACAUAACAGUAUGCAAAACGAACAAUGGAAGGAGAAGAAGGGAAGUCACUGAUAUUUUCAGGAUGUUAAAAUGAGUGUUUUAAACUGUGUAACAUAAAAUUUAAUGAAAAAUCCCUUAUUUGCAUAUGUGGACCUGAGUGAAAACUAUCUACAGUAUCCCCCUGCUGGCCCAGGGUGAGAACUUCAGUACAUAACACCCACCACUGCUUAGUAGGUUGGGAAACAACUGAAUAAGCAAUAAAGAGGGAUGGGAUGGGGUGCAUUGUGAACCCCGCUAUCUUAGUCACACCCACUGCCAACAUGAGGCCGCUGUAGGGUUUUGCUCUGAGCAGAUGAGGCCCCCCAUUUAGAAGAGCCCUUCUGUACCUGGCUCUCAACUCUCUUGCCCUUUAACAGGGAGCUGCUUUUCGAUGAAUAAAAAUAAUAAACGAGGUGCCCCUGAGCACAUGCCAAGUGCAGCCCUCAUAAACGCAUCUCACGGCAAGUAGAGCAGCAGCAGCGAAAUGCUGCUAGAUGCUUAUUCUGCUUUUGCAUCCUGGAAAAGAAUAAAUCUUUAUUUCUUUUUCUGUAAAAUGAAAGAAGCCGGAGGGAGUAAGGGCAGGGAGGACGGAAUACAACAGCCAAUACAAACACGGUGGAGAAAUGGAAAGGACACAGUUAUUACCCAAGUAAUAUCCUAAACUAAUGAGUGUGUGUGCACAGGAAAGUGUACUGGGGCCACCGAGGAAGCAAUUACCAUUAAAAAACAAAAAUCAGUGAAGGAUGUGUGCUCAGUAAAUGAGGGCAUGAAUGAAAAUGGUGAUUAUUUUCGUUCCCAGCUUUAUUUUGCCCUCCAGAAACAGCAGGCACUGCACCCCUAGCAGAAGCAACUGAUGGAACAAAAUGCUUGUUAAGAAAUCGAAAUGCCUCCGCACUUCUUUGUGGCUUAUUCUUCUUUUUUUUUGGAGGGGGGAGACAAGGAGACAUGACUGGAUCACUUUUAUUUGACAUUAAAACACCCAAGGAUGUAAAGCCUCCACCCCCCCCGCCCGCUGCUGUUUCAGAAUCAUUCAAAAUCAUCUCCCCAGCUCAAGCUGUCCUUAGCUUCUGAGAAAUGAGGCUGCAGUCCUCACCCAACUUACCAGGGAGUAAACCGCAUUGAAUUCAGUAGGACUCCCUUCUGAGUAGAUGUGGUUAGGACUCUGGUGCAAGUUAAUAAAUAGUCCAGGUGGGAUGAAGGAGCGUCUCCACCACCAUUGUUCAGCCUGGACCCUGAGGUCCAGCUCUGAGGGUCUUCUGCUGGUUCCCUCACAGCGAGAAGUGAGGUUACAGGGCCUUCUCAGUGGUGGCGCCCGCCCUGUGGAACGCCUUCCCAUGUUUAGGGAAGUUUUUAAUGUUUGAUGUUUUGUCGUGUUUUUAAUAUUCUGUUGGGAGCUGCCCAGAGUGGCUGGGGAAACCCAGCCGGAUGGGCGGAGUAAUAAUAAUAAUAAUAAUAAUAAUAAUAAUAAUAAUAUCCAUGGGGUCUCUUCCAACUCUACAGUUCUAUGAUUCUGUGUUUAAAGUGGUAUGAUACUGCUUUAUAUAUAUGGUGCAGACAGCGGCCUCAGUUAUGUGGAUUUCAGUGAACGUACCAUGAGUAGGACAUGUACUUUUUGAGAAUACUAAGGAAAAACCAUCUUCCGCAGAAACUGCUGCUUGCCUUCUAUCACUGUGCCAUUGAGAGCGUGCUCACUUAUGGCUUAUGUGUGUGGUACGGAAGCUGUACUACCCAGGACAGGAUGGGGUUGUGCAGGGUUGUUAAGGCAGCAGAGAGCAUUGUUGGCUGCCCACUCUCCACCUUAGAGCAGAUUUAUGCCACAAGGUGCCAUAGGAAGGCACUGGACAUAGUAAAAGAUCCAUCGCAUCCUGGUCACUGUCUCUUCGAGCUCUUGCCGUCGGGACGGAGAUACAGGACGAUGAAGACAAGAACGAGCCGUCUUAAGAACAGCUUCUUCUCCAGAGCGAUCUCGGCCCUGAAUGGGAAGCCCGGACUUUGAAAGUCAUCUAAUCUCCCUUGCUGUAUUAUACUGUAUUGAUUCAUUAGUGUUUUUAUGGAGCAGUCAAGUAAUUUCGUUGUCCCCGAAGGGGGCAAUGACAAUAAAGAUAUUAUUAUUAUUAUUAUUAUUAUUAUUAUUAUUAUUAUAGUUUGCAGUCCUGUUAUUAUUGCUAUUAUCCAUCACCCUAAAAAACCCUGCUGCUUCACACCCCUUGUGAAAGGGAGGAGGGCCUACUCUGCAGGGUUACUGUGUGUGUGUGUGUGUGUGUUGCUUUGAACUUUACAGCUAACCUCUCCCUUCCUUCUCGGUUUGACAGGGCUCCAUGUUCUCACUGGCUCUCAAAUGCCUUAUAAGCCUUUCCACCAUCAUCUUGCUGGGACUCAUCAUUGCCUAUCACACCCGAGAAGUUCAGGUAAUGCCCCUGCGGUCCUAUGAGUUGAUGUUACAUUGAUUUCUCUAUUAUUAUUAUUAUUAUUAUUAUUAUUAUUUAGUAUUACCAAUUGCUUGAAGUUCCCCAGAUGUUGUUGAACUACAACUCCCAUCACCCCUAGCUAGCAAUGCCAGAGCUCGGGGAUGAUGGGAGUUGUAGUCCAACAACAUCUGGGGACCCACAGGUUGAGAACCGCUGAAAGGUUUCAGCAGAACAGCAGUCUUCUCUGGCUGGCAGUGCCUGGUGGGAUUUAUAGUCCAAAAACACCCGGAAGGCACCCGUGCUGGCGAUGACUUUUGUGUAUUUAUUUAUUUUUAAUUUAACGCAGUUUAUUUAUAUACCGUUUUUUAGCCUAAAGGGACCCUGAACGCAAGGAAUUGCAUAUUAAAACGAAAUACACACACAGUAGGGUGUGAUAAAAGUGGCAUAAAUCAGUCAGCGAAAUCCCAUCAGCCGGGGCACCCGCAGAGAGCUUUCCCUAGCUAGAGAACAAAUGGGUGCUGUCUCCAGCUCUUCUUAAGGACUAGAAACCCCGAAUAGACUUUUGAAACCCCAAACAGGUCUAUUAACAUUUCUUCUUUAUGCUUUGGUGAAGAGUUUCAUUCUCGCUUUUCUGUACGCCACCUUGGAAUCCCUUUUUGAGGAACGGCAGCUGAAAGAUUUGAAGCUGCAGGGUGGCUAAGCUGUGGUCUCCUAGGGGUAGUCUGUGAAUAUUGGCCAUAUUGGUGAAUAUUCUGGUUGGGGCGGAUGAGAAUUGGGGACAGCAACAUUUGGAGGGCCACUGCCCACCCUUGCUUUAAAUGAAGAGUUUUGUGGGUGCAGCUUGAAGUAACCCCAAGUCAUAGAAGGAGGGGGACUGGAAUGAGGCCUGACAACUCCCAACAUGCACCAGCCUGGAGGGGCAAUUAUUAUUUUUUAAAUUUAUAUACCGCCCUAUACCCACAGAUCUCAGGGAGGGCAGUAAGUGUGGGGAGGGGAUUAGGACAGUUUGUCUUUGGGGUUUAAGCAUUGCUGUGCAGCUCCUCCUCUCAGCCCAUUGACGCCAUCCUGCCAGUAAAACCAGAUCCCUCCCGGCCUCUCCCUCAAAUUUUGGGGUUUCUUUAGAGCAGGGGUCAGCAACCUUUUUCAGCCGUGGGACAGUCCACUGUCCCUCAGAUCAUGUGGCAAAGGUACCCCUGACCGAUAGGUCAUGUCGCGGACGACUCUGGGGUUGCGGCGCUCAUCUCGCUUUACUGGCCAAGGGAGCCGGCGUACAACCAGAGCAGCGCACGGAAACGCCGAUUACCUUCCCACCGGAGUGGUACCUAUUUAUCUACUUGCACUUUGAUGUGCUUUCGAACUGCUAGGUUGGCAGGAGCAGGGACCGAGGAACGGGAGCUCACCCCGUCGCGGGGAUUCGAACCGCUGACCUUCUGAUCAGCAAGCCCUAGGCUCUGUGGUUUAGACCACAGCGCCACCCGUGUCCCUGACCAUGUGGUAGGCAGGACUAUAUUUUUUUGGGGGGGGGGGAAUGAACAAAUUCCUAUGCCCCACAAAUAACCCAGAGAUGCAUUUUAAAUAAAAGGACACAUUCUACUCAUGUAAAAACAUGCUGAUUCCCUGGGCUGGAUUGAGAAGGCGAUUGGGCCACAUCUGCCCCCCGGGCCUUAGGUUGCCUACUCCUGCUUUAGAGAGCUGAUUUUCGCAUCUGUGUGAAAAUAUAUAAAGUAAAACAAUAUGUGUGGAUGUGUUGGGGGAGGGAGCUUUCCCUUUCUCCCCUCCUCCAAAAUGCUUUGUGAUCAGUAGGAAAUGUUCCAUGGACCCAGAUGGCUUGAGAUCCCAUCCUUUUUUUUGGGGGGGGGUGUAGCCCAAUGGGUGACAACUAGGCCUCCUCCUUGCCACUGUCUGGCUGUGGGUUGCCAAGGUUACUAGAGCAAUUGACACGGCUUCCUGGCAUUUUUGUUUUUGCUGAUUUCAUGUUCUCCUGCCCCCUUCCAGCCGGCUUGAAUCGGGUGCUCACAAUCAGGCAUUGGGUUUAUUUGGGGGUUUUUUUGGUGGGGUGGUGCUAUGGGCGCUAAAUUAAACCCACAACCUUUCAUGCCAGGCUCAUCUUCCCCAUGAGGCAUUUCCUCCUCCUCCUCCUCCUUUUUAAAAAAAAGUUAGACCCCACAUUUGUGGAUUAGGCCUUGCCUCUGAACAUGUGCAGAGUGCCUCUCAAACGGUGCAGAAACCAAAGUGGGUGAGAGGCUUGGAAGUGGGUUGGGAGGGUCCGAAUUCAGUGUGUGGCGAUACCUGACAUUUUUAUGUAUAUACGAAGAUAAUUGGGUGGAAGAGGGGAUUUUAUUAUUAAUUAUUAGAUUUCUUGCCUGCCCUUCACUGUUAGUGAGGCGACGCCUCAGAUGGGCUUGUUGACAGCACUGAUCAGCGAGUCCAUCUUUGAAAGCAACAUUCAGGAGCUCUCUUGAACCUUUCCAAUGCUCCUUUGGAACGGUGCCUUUUAUUUUAUUUUAUUUUUUGCAGAAAACAGUCUCACAGGCCAAAUUAGGAGCCGCGUUGGGCUUAGUAAAAUCAGUAGGCCGGACGUUCCCUACCCCUUUCCUAGUCCAGCCCCGACUCGACUCUGGCUCCUUUACACCCCCCCACCCCUCAGCUGCCAAUAUUUAAAAGCAAUGAAAGAGGAGCUGGGGAACAAUUCACUCUGUUUUUCUUUCUUUCUGUAGUCUGCUUGGCCUUGGCUUAGAAAAUCCACCCCAUUCUCCUCCGCAAACGAGUAUACCCAGUGGUUCCCUCUGAAAUCCACCCUUGCCAGGGUCACCCUGACCCCAUUGCUCAUCUCCUCCUUCCCCACAGAUUUUAUUAGCUCUGCAGCGUGCCAGGAAAGCGAUGGGAGAAGGAAUUACUCCUUCAGCUGUGUGUGUUUUCCUUGCUUGUUAAACAGAAACCGCUGCCAGAUGGAACCGAUUCUCGGUCUGAAGCAUUCAUGGGGGUCUUUGGGUCCAGGCUAGGUGUUUGCUAGGUGUAGGCGACUGGCAUUUUUGGAGUCACACUCCCCAGCACAACCCCCAUCUCACAGAGACUUCCCCUAUUGCAAAUCACAAUUAUUUCUGUGCAUUUCAAUGUUAUUUUGUUGAUUUAUUGCAGGCAUAGGCAAACUCUGGCCCUCCAGAUGUUUUGAGACUACAAUUCCCAUCAUCCCUGACCACUGGUCCUGUUAGCUAGGGAUGAUGGGAGUUGGAGUCCCAAAACAUCUGGAGGGCUGAGUUUGCCUAUGCCUGAUUUAUAGCAUUUAUACCCCACACUUUAGCCAAAAAGGCACUCCAAAAGGGGUGAGGUUUUGCCCCUGCACCUCCAGAUAUCAAGCACAAAGUUGGGGGUGAUUUCCAGACCCCCCCACCCCUUUUCCCAGCUCUAGGCUUGGGGCCGGGGAGGUAGUUUUUGGGGACUGAUCCUGCAAUGGAACUGUGUCUCUGAAUCACUGCAAGUGGAUCCAAAGCAACUGGGCUGCAUUGUGAUGUCAUGGUAAACUGUGGUUUGUCAUUUUGGGGUUGAACCUAGCUUCUACUGGGCUUGUGCAUGCCCCGCCCCCUUUUCACCUCCAUUUUUGAACAGUUUAACCACAGUUUAGGGUGUGGGUGCAAUCUUAACUGUGGUUUGUUUGAAACAAGCUGACUUUGCAAACUGUGGUUUGAAGUUGGCUUGUUUCAGACAAACCACAGUUGUUUUUUUGCUUCGGGUGACAAGACACACUGUAGUUAAUCAAAACCGGAAGAGGAAACCUUGAAACUUUUCCUGGUCAGACCAGCAGUGAGGUGGGGAAGAGAAAGAGCCCAGGGUGAAAAUUGGGCUUGCUCCCAUUUUGAUAAAACCAUGGUUUGUUGUGAUGUCCAAAGGCAACAGCCUUUCUUACAGCUCCAAGGCUGGAAGGAGAGGGAGGGCUCAUCAUGCCCUCCAACAGAAUUGUGGCCUGCUGUUUCUGUACUUAUGCAACUGCUUCAUGGCAGGUAGGCAUUCAACAGAUGUAGCAACUCAGAAUGCUGCUGCUCUGUACCAAGAGAAGCUUCAGAUUUUGAGUUUCUCCCCUUCAGACACUAAAAAUAAAUUGUGUUUGAGAGAUUUGUUUGUGAUGAGCCUGCACACUUGCCUACGUCUUUCGGGCUUCUCGGAGUUAAUGAUAUUUUGUCCGCUGAACUCCUUUUUGCUGUUGUCAUUGCUGAGUUUUCUGUGUGCUUGUCUUGCUGAUUGUUUUAUUUUUAGAAUGCAUUUUUACAUAAGCCAACGAAUCUGGGAAAGGUAGCAUAUAACGUUUUAAAUAAAUUAAGCACACCCACCCAACCCAAAUUUGUAUAUCUAGUAAAAGCUGCCCUGAUAAAUAAAUAGAUCCAAAUUUGCCUGUGCCCAUUGGCAUACAUUAUUUUACUUCUCUCGGGGCUCUCGCUUCUGAAAUUUCAACUUUUGGCCCAUGUAUUUUUAAAACACCUAUUUUGAGGUCUAGAACCAUGCUUUUAAGAAAUAAAGAAAGAAAUUGGAUAUUUCCGGAUGUGGAGUUACUCAUCUGGUAUAAAGCCUGCAUUUUGCAAUUAUGGGGUCUCCAGAACCAUCUAAUAAUAAUAAUAAUAAUAAUAAUAAUUAUACCCCGCCCAUCAAACAUUAAAAGCUUCCCUAAACAUCUCUAAGAUGUGGGAUUUCAUCCUAAUUGGGACCAGCCCACCCAUAAGGCAGAGGGAGGCAGGAUCCGCAGGGACAGCAGAUCCUGAUGCUUAUCUUUCUUCUCCUCCUCGUUGCUGCCGUAGAUCUUCCCUCGCCCCCUUCUUUCCUGGUGCCAUUUUGAAGUCUGUCUUGGGAUGGCACUGGGUUCUCCCGUUGGUGGUUUCCCGGCUCGUUCCUCCCAGCAUUCCUCUGCUUCCAACCAUGACAGUGGCUGUGUUCUGCCAGCAUGGCCAGAGGCAGCAAUGAUUCUGAAUGAAUACCAGUUGCUCUUGUGCCUUUCUAAACCUCUUUUUCCAAUAAGGGCAUGCUGGCUGCCUCUCCUGUUUCAGUGCCGCCACCAGCUCUCCCUCGGGGCUAGUCUGACGGCUGUUAACGGAUUGCAGCUCUCUUUAGAGGGACAUGUUCUGUUUGGGAGUGCGCUGUCCGUAUCAAUUUGGAGCGAGCCUGCUCCCGUGUCGGUGGGGGCGGAAUUGGGGGCACAUUUGUCCGUUGUCAGGCAGCUGUCAGCGGUCCUAAGACCUAAUGGAGAAGUGAAAGACUGUAGGGGUGGGAGUGUGGAGUUAACCCUCGACACCAUGGACUGGCUGGAUGCAGAGGAGAGGUGGGAUGCUCCAGCUGGGGAACCCCCAAAGGAAGAAGACUUAGAGCUUGGGGAUGGGUGGUGGGACUGUUAAGCUGUGGGCGAACAUAUCAGACGACACAGCGAUUCUUCAAACAGCUCUUGUUUAUUCACAGGCCAGAACAGAACUGAACUGAGGAGCUCAGUCAGCCUGCUUAUAUAGAGCUCCACUACAACGUAACUGUAGCAACUUUCUAAAACUAUCCAAUCACUGAACGUCACUUUCGAUCCUUCAUUUGCAUACAAACUAUCCAAUCACUGAACGUCACUUUUGAGCCUUCAUUUGCAUAACUAUCCACAGUAUCCCCCUGCUGGCCCAGGGUGAGAACUUCAGUACAUAACAGGGACGACGAUAGGUGGUCAGAGGGAGAAGACAGGGAGGAGGUGUUGCCCGAAGCUGAAGAGGUAACAGGGUUUAGUGAGCAGGGAGAAUCUGUGGCAGAGAGGAGGCCCGAAACAGAAGCAGUAGCAGGAGAGAGGCCAUGAGGCAGAUAUGAGUCUGGCUGGCGAAGAAACAUGGGUGUCUCCCGCCUCGCCCCGUCUCCCAGGACCAGAGGAGGUAUAAAGUGGGAGGAGCAAAGGCAGGUGUGCUGGCAUAAUCUCAGAUUGCUUGUGAAGGACUGGGGAAGGAGUAGAUUGAGGCAGCUGUGGGAAGGGGGGGCGUGGAUCUUCAGCCUCCAUAACUGCCUCGUAGGGGCAAGACCUACCAAGAAGAAUCGCUGUGCUCAUUAGGCUUGGUCCUCCUGAGCAGACCUUGUUUCUUCUAAUAAAGAGUUGUCUUCACUUACUCCAUGGGGUUUAUUGCUGGCUCGCUUCUGACCCUUAGGGUGGUCUUUCUCUCUCUCUCUACAGUGGUACCUUGGUUUCCGAACAGCUUAGUUCUCGAACAACUUGGAACCUGAAUGCAACAAACCCGGAAGUGACAGUUCCGGUUUGCGAACUUUUUUCGGAAGCUGAAUCUGCUCCGUUUUUAGUAUUCUGCUUCCGAUUAGAGUGUUCCUCUUCCUGUCUGAGUGUUCCAUUUCCGAUUAGAUAUUUGGAGCUUCUAUUUGGUGCUUUUGUUUUUGCGGCUUUUUCGGUUAAUUUGUUUUUGUGACUGUGUAGAACCCAGUUCAGCUACUGAUUGAUUGAUUGUGUGACUGAAGAAAUGGAUAAAAGCUGCAAAGCCAAGAGAACCACUAACAGAGCAGCAAUAGAGGUAGUAAAAUUCAUGUUAAAUUUCUGCUUUAGGGGUUGUUUUUAAAGUCUGGAAUGGAUUAAUCUAUUUUGCAUUACUUUCUAUGGGAAAGCGCGCCUUGGUUUUGGAAAGCUUUGGUUUUGGAACAGACUUCCGGAAUGGAUUAAGUUUGAGAACCAAGGUACCACUGUAUAUACCAUAGAUCUGUGUACAGAAAGUCUCAGUGGGGCAGUCCCCCGUCCCCUCAGCUUAAUGGAUCUGGAAAUCAGGAGUGGGGAGCCUUCACCCUGGGGCCAAAUACAGACCUUGAGACCUCCUUGUCUGACCCUCAGGACUCUCCCUGCAUUAGUUGCUCCACCUACUUUUUAGCCUCUGGCCCCACCCACCACUGUCAUAUGCCUCUCGGCCCCCGAAAGGCUGCCCAGGAGGAAAUGCGGCCCUCAUGCUCAAAAGGGUGUGUCAUACAAUCGUAGCAUGGGGACAGCUUUGUUUAGCACUGCUGUGAAUGGGGCUGCCUUGAUUAUUGAAUGAGCUGUCAGGGAGACUCAUAAAACCAUGUUCCUUUGAUGGACCCCCGUGGGUGAUUUACCUGCGGGGAUGGGAAGUCGGCUGUGCUCUAGGCGUGGGUGGCGAGGUAUAAGAAACAGCAGUUUUGGAAUAACACGUACCAAAAUACAUAAAAUCUGUCAAAAGAGCAGUUUCCUGCAAGGCACCCAAACCCUCGUAUAAUGUGAAGGAGAUAAAUCAUUAGUUUUAUCAUUAACAAAAGUCAUAAAAAUCCUAACACUGUCCGGCAAAGUAAUAUACAGUGGUCCCUUGGGUUAAGAACUUAAUUUGUUCUGGAGGUCUGUUCUUAACCUGAAACUGUUCUUAACCUGAAGCACCACUUUAGCUAAUGGGGCCUCCUUCUGCUGCCGCGCCGCCGGAGCAUGAUUUCUGUUCUCAUCCUGAAGCAAAGUUCUUAACCCGAGUUAAUAUUUCUGGGUUAGCAGAGUCUGUAACCUGAAGCAUCUGUAACCUGAAGCGUAUUUAACCCGAGGUACCACUGUAUAGGGACGCGGGUGGCGCUGUGGGUAAAACCUCAGUGCCUAGGACUUGCCGAUCGCAUGGCCGGCGGUUCGAAUCCCCGCGGCGGGGUGAGCUCCCGUCUUUCGGUCCCAGCUCCUGCCCAUCUAGCAGUUCGAAAGCACUCCUAAGUGCAAGUAGAUAAAUAGGGACCGGUUUAUAGCGGGAAGGUAAACAGCGUUUCCGUGUGCUGCGCUGGUGCUGGCUCGCCAGAGCAGCUUCGUCACGCUGGCCACGUGACCUGGAAGUGUCUCCGGACAGCGCUGGCCCCCGGCCUCUUAAGUGAGAUGGGCGCACAACCCUAGAGUCAGACACGACUGGCCCGUACGGGCAGGGGUACCUUUACCCUUUACCUUUACCACUGUAUACCGUAUUUUUCUGUGUGUAAGACUAAGUUUCCCCCCUAAAAAAAUAAUGUCAAAAAUUAGGGGGCGUCUUAUACUCUGGGCCAUCUCCUCCCAUUUUCUUAAAUCCGAGUCUCCAAAAAUAAGGGGCAUCUUAUACAUGGGGGCAUCUUAUAGAUGGAAAAAUAUGGUAUAUAUUGCUUGUCCCCUGAUUACUUUCAAGUUAUGUCAGUUUUUCUUGAAGUUGUGUAGGAGACUUUAAAUCCCUGGAACAGCUCUGUCGGUAAGAGCACGAGACUCUUAAUUUCAGGGUCAGGGGUUUGAGCCUGAUGUUGGGCAAAAAAGAUUCCUGCGUGGCCCGGGGUUGGACUAGAUGACCCUCGUGGCCCCUUCCAACUCUACAGUUCUGUGAGUGGUUCAGAGGGUGUACGACGCAGCUGCAUCUAGCAGAGCCUGGUGUGGCCAGGAGCCUAUGAUCCAGCCUGAAGCUGGGAUGGCUUGCACGCUAUUGCACAGAUGGCCUCCUCCUGCUGCUGUGACAAUACACAGCCGCUCCCAGCUGCCCUUUCACCUUGAGUACACAGAGAGAAAUCGGCUUCGUGUAACUAAGCAUGAACCCGGCAGCUGCGGAGGGUGCUAAUCCCACCUCCUCGCCCUGUGCAAAACAUCUGCUUUCUUCCGCUCUGCUAGGCUCAGCUUCCCUUCCCGGUUUUUCUCAGGCCCCCAAAACCCAAGACACGGCGUUUUUGAUACUGGUGGGAGCCAGGAAAAAAGGAGGAGAAUUUGCCUUGUUGGCAAUUUCCUCCUCCUUUUAAGAAAAAGAUGCCUGGAGAUUUCAGCGCAGAAUGCUCUGCUGCAAAUGCAGGGAUGCAUUUCAGAAGAGGAGUCCAGAACGGGGGUCAGCCAACUUUUUCAGCAGGGGGCCGGUCCACUGUCCCUCAGACCUUGUGGAGGGCCGGACUAUAUUUUGAAAAAAAUAUAUAAAUGAAUGAAUUCCUAUGCCCCACAAAUAACCCAGAGAUGCAUUUUAAAUAAAAGGACACAUUCUACUCAUGUAAAAACACGCUGAUUCCUGGACCGUCCACGGGCCGGAUUUAGAAGGCGAUUGGGCCGGAUCCAGCCCCUGGGCCUUAGUUUGCCUACCCAUGAUCUUGUCCAGGGGUCAGCAACCUUUUUCAGCCAUGGGCUGGUCCACCGUCCCUCAGACCAUGUGGAGGGCCGGACUAUAUUUUGAAAAAAAGAAAGAAAAUGAAUUCCUAUGCCCCACAAACAGCCCAGAGAUGCAUUUUAAAGAAAAGGACACAUUCUGCUCAUGUAAAAACACGCUGAUUCCUGGACCAUCCGCUGGCCGGAUUUAGAAGGCCAUUGGGCCGGAUCCAGCCCCUGGGCCUUAGUUUGCCUACCCAUGGCCCAGAAGGAUCAGGUCAAACUUUGACUGUCAAAGGCCCAUCUUGUCCAGCAUCCUGUUCUCCCAAUGGCCACCUCGAUGCCUCAACAGGAAGCCCACAAGCAGGACCCGGGUUCAGGAGCUGCUGGCCCCUACUGUGUUUCCCAGCAGCUGCGAUUCAGAAACAUUACUGCCUCUGACUGUGGAGGGAGAACGUAGGGAGAUCCUAGCCAUUGUGGCUAGCAGGCAUUAAUAGCCUUCUCUGCGUAUUUGCCUAGUUAGUUCCCUUUUAAAGCCGUCCAAGUUGGUGGCCAUCCCUGCCUCUUGUGACGGGGAGUUCCAUAGUUCAACUAUGCCUUGUGUGAAGAAGGACUUCCUUUGAUCUGUCCUGAAUCUUCCAACGUUCAUUGGAUGUCCCCAUGUUCUAGUUACGGGUAGGUAGCCGUGUUGGUCUGCUGUAGUCGAAACAAAAUAAAAAAAUUCCUUCUAGUAGCUCAUACCAAUAACAAACUUAAAGGUAAAGUAAAGGUAAAGGGACCCCUGACCAUUAGGUCCGGUCGUGACCGACUCUGGGGUUGCGGUGCUCAUCUCGCUUUCUUGGCCGAGGGAGCCGGAGUACAGCUUCCGGGUCAUGUGGCCAGCAUGACUAAGCCGCUUCUGGCGAACCAGAGCAGCGCACAGAAACGCCGUUUACCUUCCUGCCGGAGCGGUACCUAUUUAUCUACUUGCACUUUGGCGUGCUUUCGAACUGCUAAGUUGGCAGGAGCAGGGACCGAGCAACAGGAGCUCACCCCGUUGCGGGGAUUCGAACCGCCGACCUUUUGAUCGGCAAGUCCUAGGCUCUGGGGCUUAACCCACAGCGCCACUUGUGCUGUAUAGCAGGCAGAAAUUCAACAGGUUAAGUUUCUUCUGGUACAAUUAUGGGAAGGCGUGCCAGGAUCCUCCAAUGCUCUGUUGGUUUUGUUGUGUAUUUUCCUUGUAUUCCUUUCUAUUCCAUAAAGACGGUUUAAAAAUUUGCCAGCCAGCGUUGAGUUAUGCCUUUUCAUUUGUGGCUAUGCAUAUUAUGGCUGGCUGCAGUAAUUCAAAAUGAUUCCUGGGUUCGGGGGGGGGGGGGAAAUGUUUUCUAACCUACAGCAGCAGCACACCAGUGACAGGUGAUAUAACAACCAAGAUGGAACAGUGCUGAGAAAAGAAGAAAGGGUUUCAAACAUGUUCAUUUAUGAACAACAACAACAAAUGAAUAGAUUGUCUCCCCCCAAUCACUUUAUGUUCCUUUCUCUUUUCUGCUCUUUUGGUGGGAGGGCGUCCAUUUUGCAUUAGAGUCUCACCCCUGGCCUGAUCUAGAAGGGCUCUUCUUAUCUUUGUAUGUUCUCUGACUGCCCGCAGUUCUUCCCCCAGCACCCACUAUUCAGAGGUAGACUGCCUCUGAAUGGGGAGGGUCCAUUCAGAAUUCACUCUGGAAUUCACCCUGCAAGAUAAAUAAUGGCGAACAAGUUGGAUAGCUUUGGAGAAGUUUAUGAGUUUAUGGAAGAAGAGACUAUGUUCUCCCUUAGCAUGCCUCUGAAAAACCAGCAGCUGGGAAUUGAAGGGAGAGUUGCUGUUGCACUCAGAUCUUGUCCGUUGUUGUUGCUGUUGUUGACGAUGUUGAUGUUGUUCUUGUUGAUAUCCCAGGGCAGGUUACAACAAUUAGAUGGAUAUUACAUAGCUCAGAAAAAGGACAACAAAAUGAUCAAGGGGAUGAAACAGCUCCCCUAGGAGGAAUGAUUGCAGCACUUGGAAUUUAUUAGUUUUAGAUAGAAAAUCUGAGAGAGAGGUGACACAAAAGCAAUUUAUGCUAAUAUGCAUGGCGUCGAGAAAGGGGAUGGGUUUUCUCCCACUCUCAUAACCCUAGAACAUGGGAAAAUUCCUUCCAGUAGCACCUUAGAGACCAACUAAGUUUGUUAUUGGUAUGAGCUUUCGUGUGCAUGCACACUUCUUCAGAUACAGCUCAUACGGUACCAAUAACAAACUUAGCUGGUCUCUAAGGCGGGAUGCGGGUGGCACUGUGGGUUAAACCACAGAGCCUAGGACUUGCCGAUCAGAAGGUUGGCGAUUUGAAUCCCCGCGACGGGGUGAGCUCCCGUUCCUCUGUCCCUGCUCCUGCCAACCUAGCAGUUCGAAAGCACAAAGUGCUUGUAGAUAAAUAGGUACCACUCCGGCAGAAAGGUAAACGGCGUUUCUGUGCGCUGCUCUGGUUCGCCAGAAGCGGCUUAGUCAUGCUGGCCACAUGACCCGGAAGCUGUACGCUGGCUCCCUCGGCCAAGAAAGCGAGAUGAGCACUGCAACCCCAGAGUCGGCCACGACUGGGGUCCCUUUACCUUUUUAUACAGCGCAAGAGCCCUGUCCCCCCCCCAGUGCCAAACAAAGCCUAGGUUGCCAUCCUGUACCUCCUUACCUGGGAGUAGGCCCCAUUAAGAGACUUCUGAGUAGACAUGCCAUACCUUUGUAACACGAGUUUCUUAAAACAGUGCCUGGUGUUUAGCUCCCGCACAGAAAGAGGCAUGCCUGAGUCUCUUUGUAAAGUUUUCGGAUUUGCUUUUUGGUGAGCAAGGGGGAUUUUAAAAUUAAAAAACCAUUCUACUACCUUUAUUGGAUAGUAGUAUUUUCAGAAAGUAACUUCUAUUUCUAUGGGUUCCAAGCUGUUUUUGGACUACAACUCCCAUCAUCCCUAGCUAGCAAGACCAGUGGUCAGGGAUGAUGGGAAUUGUAGUCCGAAAACAGCUGGAGACCCAAGUUUGGGAAACACUGGGUUAGACGUUUGGAAUUCGGAAGACCUUCUUGCUGAUCUGGCGUAGAUCACUUGAGCUUCUGUCUGCUGUAGAUAAUGUGUGAACACUGAUUAUAUAUUUUUUAAUGUCUUUAUACGGCCAUUGCAUCAAUGCGCUGUUCUAUCCAAAAAGGAAUCUGCUUUGUAGACUGGUCCAGGCUUUGGUGGAUGGUGUGGAGGUUGCUGAAAUGCAGGUGGAAUUUCUCCCCAGGGGCUCCUCCCUGCUUGGCUCCAGGUGAUGCAGAUGUUAUUGCUGUGUCUCAGGUAAAGGUCAGGCCUCUGGGGGAGACGAGGCAAGAGAGCUUUGUUCCAAAUCAGACAUGUGAUUGAAUUCUGGCACUCUGCAAAAACGCCCAUGGCGUUGUGAUGCCGCUCGUGUUCCCGAACCUGAAAUUAUUGCGGGUUGGCAUAGAAAGUUGGUGGAGGAAAUAUGGGAAGGCCGGGAGGGGGGAUGAAUGGUUGUGCAAUUACAAGUCUGCAACAAAAUGUUGCUGCGUUCUGUUCAGCAGCUCUGUUUUCCUACUCUCCCUGGUUUUCCACUCUUGACCCCCCCCCCCCGGCAUUUAGCAUUCUGUGCUCAUUGGUUUCUCCCCCCCUGCAAAUGGGUUUUCCCACCUCCGGAUCUUUUUAUUGUUACAGAAUGGGUAUAGCUCAGUGGUAGAGGAUCUGCCUUGCAUGCAGAAGGCUCUGGGUUCAAUCCCAGGCAUCUCCAGGGAUGUCUGGGGAUGUCCCGUGCCUGAAAUGAUGAGGAGCCUCUGCCUGUCAGUAUAGACAAUACUAAGUUAGGUGGGCCAAGGAAGUGGAAGAUUGGCAACAGAAGGUAAUGGAAUACGCAGAAAUAGCUAAAUUAACAGGGGAAAUCCGACAACAGGGCAAUGAAACAUUUCAAAAAGAAUGGAAGAAAAUUAUGCUGUACAUAGGAAAGAUAUGCGUGAAAUAGAGAAAUCAAUAGAAUUGAAACAAACCUCAUAAUGUGCCAUACAAAUAACUUGAUUGGAAAAAUAACAACAAUAAGUACAAUGCAAUUAAAGUAACCAAUAGUAGUUGCAAAUGAUAUAUGGAUAGACAAUAAGAAUUGUAUAUAUAGAAGGAUUUAUUCAUCUACAGACAUUUUAUGGACAAAUGUGGAAGCAGAAUAACUGUAUGUUGUUGUUUAGUCGUUUAGUCGUGUCUGACUCUUCGUGACCCCCUGGACCAAAGCACACCAGGCACUCCUGUCUUCCACUGCCUCCCACAGUUUGGUUAGACUCAUGUUUGUAGCUUCGAGAACACUGUCCAACCAUCUCAUCCUCUGUCGUCCCCUUCUUCUUGUGCCCUCAAUCUUUCCUAACAUCAGGGUCUUUUCCAGGGAGUCUUCUCUUCUCAUGAGGUGGCCAAAGUAUUGGAGCCUCAGCUUCACAAUCUGUGCUUCCAGUGAGCACUCAGGGCUGAUUUCCUUAAGAAUGGAUAGGUUUGAUCUUCUUGCAGUCCAUGGGACUCUCAAGAGUCUCCUCCAGCACCAGAAUUCAAAAGCAUCCAUUCUUCGGCAAUCAGCCUUCUUUAUGGUCCAGCUCUCACUUUCAUACAUCACUACUGGGAAAACCAUGGCUUUAACUAUACGGACCUUUGUUGGCAAGGUGAUGUCUCUACUUUUUAAGAUGCUGUCUAGGUUUGCCAUUGCCUUUCUCCCAAGGAGCAGGCGUCUUUUAAAUUCGUGACUGCUGUCACCAUCUGCAGUGAUCAUGGAGCCCAAGAAAGUAAAAUCUCUCACUGCCUCCAACUAUAUAUAAAAUGAAUAAAGACAAUGCGAAAAAUUUAGAGGCGAUAUAAAGAAGUCAGAAGAAGGAAGGAGGGAAGUCAGCUCUUAGGAGCAAGUACAAAUGUAAAAUGUAAUAGAAUAUGUAUAUGUAAUAUGAAAUUUGUAAAACUAAUAAAGAUUAUAUUGGGGGGGGAAGCUAGGUGGGCCCAGGGGUCUGCGGAAAUUAUAAGGCAGCUUCCUACGUAUGAACUGUGCUACCUUUUAAGUUGUGUUAGUUUGCACUAGGGAAGUUUCUGGUGACAGAUGUCGGCUGCGAGAAGCAAUUUCAUCUUGUCUUCUUUGCCAACUUCUGUGAAUGCUGCUCAGACAGUUACUUUUAUCUGUCUUCAAGGGCUGGGCUAGGAAGCUGUGUGUUUCCAGACUCUGGGCUUUGCACAAAGCCAAGGAUUAGCUUUGGAAAGGUGGCGGGUCAUUAAAAGUCUGCAAGGUUGCCUAACCUCAUCUGUGCUUGCUGGACCUCUCCAAACUGCAGAACUGGCGUUGUUGCUGCUGCUGUUGAUUAAAUUUGUAUACCCACAGGUCUCAGGGCAGUUCACAACGUAAAAUCACAAUGCAGUGGUACCUUGGGUUAAGAACUUAAUUCGUUCCGGAGGUCCGUUCUUAACCUGAAACUGCUCUUAACCUGAAGCACCACUUUAGCUAAUGGGACCUCAUGCUGCCGCCGUCUCGCCGCUGCUGCGCAAUUUCUGUUCUCAUCCUGAAGCAAAGUUCUUAACCCGAGGUACUAUUUCUGGGUUAGCGGAGUCUGUAACCUGAAGCAUCUGUAACCUGAAGCGUCUGUAACCCGAGGUACCACUGUACAAAAACACAAAAAACACAACGAAACAAAAUUACCUCGUUGUUAGGCUGAGCUUAAUCUCACCAAAGCUUAGUAGAAUUAAAUACAGCCUUUUGCUUCUCCAAAGUCCCGUUUUGCUCAUGCAAGCGAUGCUUUCCAUUUUUGUAAGCAGUUGAUCUUUUAGUGUGGCUGCACCUGCACUUUGGAACUCCCUGCCUGUUGACACCAGGCUGUAUUCUUUCUGGCACCUACUAAAAACGUUUUUUUUUAAAAAAGCAAAAGCCCAUCCAGACACGUAGAGCAUGGAGAUAGAGGUUUUCAUCUGGUUUUUAGCUCAUCGUUGACUUUAACUUUUAAAAAUGGUUCUCAAUUGUUGUUUUUCAACGUUUACAGAUAAUUUCAUUGUACAACAUUGAUUGUAUACCACUUUGGGUUUGUUUUUUUUUUUUUUUUAAAAGCAACAACACACACAAUCAAGUGGCAUAUUAAUUUUAUGAAAUACAGUGGUACCUCGGUUUACAAACUUAAUCUGUCCCUGAAGUCCAUUCUUAAAUCAAAUCCGUUCUUAAAACGAGGCACGCUUUCCCUAAUGAGGCCUCCUGCCGCCGGUGCCCUUGCACUGUUUGGCUUCCGUUCGUAGACCGAGGUAAGUUUUGCAAACUGGGGCACUGCUUCCAGUUUUGCGGAGUUUGUAAACCGAAUAGUUCGUAAACAGGACUGUUCGUAAACGGAGGUACCACUGUAAAUGAAUAAAAGUCAAGCGGGUUGUUUGGUGACUGGGUUUGUUUGUGAGAAGGUGGGUUUAUUCUGGGUUGAGUUUUGGCUCCCAGCAGAGGGGGUGGGGGCAAAAAUAGGAGCCCUGAGCCUCAGUCAGAGGAUGCAGGAUUUAAUUUGGGCCAAAGCUGAAACUGAAGUUAAACCCCAGAACAAUUUUUGGGUGCCCCCUACUUCAGCGCUGCAUGUAAAGUGUGUGGGAUCAGGACUCUCCCCUCCCACCCAUUAGAUUUACUAUAAACAUUAGAGAAUAAGCUGUGCUAUUAUAAAGACUAAGGCCUUAGAAGCAAAUUAUAGAGAAUAUUGUAGAGAUUAAGACUUAAACCAUAUUUUAACCGCUGCCAUAACUGUAUUGUUUAUCGUUAUAUUGAUUGAUAACUUAAACUUAAUUUUAUUGUGUUUCUGAUUUCUUUAGUCCGGUAUGUGAGUCUGGUCUGGGACCGUAAUAAAUUCAGUUCAAAUUCAAACGUUAAGAACAUCGAAAGAGCCCUGCUGGAUCAGGUGUUGGGCAAAAGAUUCCUGCAUUUCAGGGGGUUGGACUAGAUGACCCUUGUGCUCCCGUCUGACUCUACAAUUCUAUGAUAUUUCCUUGAUAAUGUCAGGCCAGAGGCCCGUCUACGCCAGCAUCCCGUUGACCUGAGUGUGAUAGUGUUCUCUCUACUUGUCAUUUUCAGUAACUGUUACUUAGCGGCAAAUAUUUCUGGGGUGAGCUGUCCCUGGCAAUGAGUGGCGGAUUCUGGAGUUAACACCUGCCUGAGUUAAAGCUCCUUUAAGAUGCAAGGGAAUCCUUGCCAUGCAUGACAGAACUCUCCCUCUCCCCCCCCCCUUCGCUCUUUCAUUAAUUAGCAUUUCACUCUGGGCAAUUCCAAAUGGGUUUCCUCUCUGAAUUGCAAUGCAAUCCCACCACAGCCCCAAGAGAGACUUAAAAAGGGAGUGUUUGUGGUUGGGAAAGCCAGGCAGUUGAGCUUCUGGCAUGGAGUGUGGUGUGUAUUUAUUUAUGCCACUUGUUUUUAUGCAACGAGAGAGGAGGGGAGAGGUUGUUGGUGUGGGCAUGAGACUACCCAAUUGUCCUUGAUUUGUUUGGCUUCCAUUAUGCUUUGGGGGCAGGUGGGUGAUAUUGAGUAAGAUGCAUUUGGUAGUCCCUCCUCCUCUGUAUUAUUAUUAAUAAAUCAUCAUCAUCAUCAUCAUCACCUCCCCCCCUUAAUAAGAUUUUCAAAAAACAAAAUACAAUAUAAAACCAAACUAAUCUAAACAAAUAUGAAGUGGGGAGGGGAAAGAGUGCAGUGGUACCUUGGGUUACAGAUGCUUCAGGUUACAGACUCCACUAACCCAGAAAUAUUACCUCGGGUUAAGAACUUUGCUUCAGGAUGAGAGCAGAAAUUGUGCUUUGGCAGCGUGGCGGCAGCAGGAGGCCCCAUUAGCUAAAGUGGUACCUCAGGUUAAGAACAGUUUCAGGUUAAGAACAGACCUCCAGGACGAAUUAAGUUCUUAACCCGAGGUACCACUGUAAUACAAAGUCCUUUUUCACAGGUAAAUCUUAACUUGACCCACACAGAGAAAAGUGAAUAUAUACACUACCCAAAAAAGUUAUUGUAGUUAAGCAGACCUUAACCUAAUAUGGUAUUUAUCGCUGAAUUUGUCCAUGGAAAGUCUACGUUUGUCCACAGCUUGUUCAUCUGUAGUGAGCUUGUAUAUACCUUCAAUCUAUUUGUUAAAGGGAACUGCAUUUUUUAUUUUCCCUGUUCAUCAAUACCUCUCUUUUUCCAUAGUACUGUAAUUCUCCUGUAAACAGUCAUAGUUUCCCCCAGAGAAUUCUGGGAGCUGCCUUUUGUUGCACUUGCCAAGAGUCGUUAGAAAACCCCCGUUCCUCUCCCAGAACUACAUUUCCCAGAGUUCUCUGUGAAGAGGGACUAAUUGUUAAACAAUUAUGGAAACGAUAGCUCUGUGAUGGGGCCUAUUGGGGCCUCCUGACAACUUUCUGCACCCUUAACAGCUAUGGCUGCCCCCAGAGAAUUCUGGGAGUUAGCGUUCAUUCAGAUUAGGAGAGCCCUAAUUCCCAGAGUUAUCUGGGAUGAAGAGAAGAUCUAUGAUUUAACCUCUCUGGGGACUAUAGCUUUAGGAGAGGAACGGAGCGGGGGGUGAUUUCUAAACAUUUCUCGGCACCCUUAAACUACAGCUCCCAGAAUCCUUUCGGGGAAAGCCAUGAGUCUUUAAAGAGGUAUCAUAGUGCUUUAAAUGAAUGUUGUAGAUGUGGCCUUCCCCUCUGCUCUCUCUUCCCCUGCUGCCAACUUAGCAUCAGGGAAGACUAAUUAGGUACCUCUGGACUUAGGAUGGGGUUGCCAUGGAAACCCGGUGGCAACGCUCACAUGUUGUUGGGUGGAGAGCCCGUCUCCGAGAAAUAGAUCCAUUCUGUUGUUGUUUGGGGUAGAGGGAGGACGGAUGUCAAGAGAGAUCAAUGGCAUUUUCCCCCUCUGUGGGUUUCUGUGUGUAUGUAAUGGAGCCCCAGGCAGGAAGGGCCGAGUUGCUGGCUGGCGGUUGGCCCAAGGCCCCUGGCUCCCUUUAAAUAGACUACAGCUGCCUUGCAGGCAUGAAAACUUUCCAAGGGGGGAGCCCAGACGCGCUUCUUGGUCACGAUGAUGGUGGAGGGUGGGAAAUAAUAGUCUGCAUUUCUCACACACAAUCCCAUUAAUAUACCUGCAGGAAAUCUCAACUCCCCCCCCCCUCCAAUGGGGAAUAUUUCCUGCAGGUGUAUUAACGUGAUUAUCUGUCAGAAAUGCAGGAUUGAUUAAGCAUUGGUUUCCUAUACACACAAUGGAAGAUCUCCACCUUAUUGGCCACUGGGCAUCCUCCCUGCUCUGUGGGGACAAAGGUUGCCUAAGAGCCCACUUGAAUCGAGUCCCUGCUGUCUCUGGCCUUGCAUCCUGUUUCUCACACUGGUGCUCCGGCCCGAUGUCUCCAGGAAAUGGACAAGUAGAGACUAUUGAGGUGAAGAAGAAGGGGGCAGAGGCCGGAGAGAGAACUGUGAGUUGGAAAGGGUGUCUUUUCUUUCCAUCUUCUUCAGUAUCCUCUAGGAAACAUGCCAAACUUUGGUACUUAGGACUGGGUGUGGACUGUGCGGCUGCCUGAUGAAUGGGACACAGCUAUGGGCAGUCUUGAGGGUUCUGCAGAGAGCGGGUGGGGGGGUAGAUGGGGGGGACUAUGAGUGACAGCCAGGAGGCUGAAAGGGAAGGUGCGUCCAAAGUCAAUAACUGAAUAUUGGUUUAUAUUUAUUAGUAAUUUUGUAACAUUUUUAUAAGCUAACGAUGCAAUUUUUAAUACUUGUUGCUUCAGUUGUCUGUUGUUGCUUUACUCGGUACAUUGCUUAGAAUUACACACACACACACACACACACACACACACACUGCUUUUUUCUGGGGGUACACAUGCCAUUAACAUUUUGUGAAUCUAAGUUUGGCCUCAUUGAGGGGCAGUAUUUCAAUAUGAGUAGGAAAAUGAGAGUACUCCUAAACAUUUUUAAAGGAAAAAAAACAAAAACGGGUGUGUUUGUGUGUACAUAUAUACAUAUACAUACACACUUACACACACCCACACAUACACAUAUAUACAUAUAUAUGAAUGUAUAUAUAUGCAUAUGUGGGGCAGUAUAGAAAUGGUGUAAAUAACAAUAACAAUAGUUAUCCAGUAUAGCCCUAAGUUAAGGUCACUUAUGCUUGACCCCAGUGCUUUUUUUCUUAAAAAAUGUUUAGGGAUAUACUCAUUUUGACUCAAGAAAAUCACCAUUUUAUAGUUCAAAUUGGGAGAAAUAAGUACAGCAAAUGGACAAAAGUAGAAAAAGUCACAAAAUGUUUAGGGGGUAAUGCUUACCCCUGCGUUCUCCCCGCCCCCCAGAAAAAAGCACUGCUUGAACCUAUCCAAUCACAAAAGGGAGGUAUUGGCACAGCUUGAGGGAAUCCCCAGAAGAACAACAACAAAAAAUAAAAUAAAAUAAAUCCUAAACUCAGUGAGGAUUCAUCAUACUCAAUGUCCAUUGAAUGUUAAGCAUCUGCUGGGGAGAAACUGGGGCAGGACGGAAUGGAGUAUCGUGGAAUGGGGCACGGCUGGGUGACUGGCAGACAUCCUUUUACAAGAUGCCCCACACUGCGAUGACAUUCUGCUGCCAGCCCUGCCCACCCAUCUCUUCUAACCCUUGCCGUUUUCUCCCUUCCCUCCCCCCCCCCGCCAGCUCUUCGUGAUUGACAAUGGUGCCGACGACUGGCGGAUCGCCAUGACCUACGAACGUAUCCUCUACAUCAGCCUGGAGAUGCUGGUGUGCGCCAUUCACCCCAUCCCUGGGGAGUACAAGUUUUUUUGGACGGCCCGGCUGGCCUUCUCCUACACGCCUUCGCGGGCGGAGGCGGACGUGGACAUUAUCCUCUCCAUCCCCAUGUUCCUGCGUCUCUACUUGAUCGCCCGGGUCAUGCUCUUGCACAGCAAACUCUUCACGGACGCUUCGUCCCGCAGCAUCGGGGCCCUCAACAAGAUCAACUUCAACACCCGCUUCGUCAUGAAGACCCUCAUGACCAUCUGCCCCGGGACUGUCCUCCUGGUCUUCAGCAUCUCCUUGUGGAUCAUUGCUGCCUGGACGGUGCGUGUGUGUGAGAGGUGAGCUCGCGAGUCGCGCACGGAGACGCAGGGGACGUGCCGUAGGGAGGUGCCUCUUGUGUGUGUCCGGCUGGGGGCUGAUGGGAGUUGGGAUCCAGGAAUAUUCGUUGAACUACAACUCCCAUCAUCCCUGUCUAUAGGCCAUGCUGUCUGGGGCUGAUGGGAUCCAAGAAUAUUCAUUGAACUACAACUCCCAUCACCCCUGUCUAUAGGCCGUGCUGUCUGGGGCUGAUAGGAGUUGGGAUCCAGGAAUAUUCGUUGAACUACAACUCCCAUCAUCCCUGUCUAUAGGCCAUGCUGUCUGGGGCUGAUGGGAUCCAAGAAUAUUCAUUGAACUACAACUCCCAUCACCCCUGUCUAUUGGCCGUGCUGUCUGGGGCUGAUAGGAGUUGGGAUCCAAGAAUAUUCAUUGAACUACAACUCCCAUCAUCCCUGUCUAUAGGCCGUGCUGUCUGGGGCUGAUAGGAGUUGGGAUCCAAGAAUAUUCGUUGAACUACAACUCCCAUCACCCCUGUCUAUAGGCCGUGCUGUCUGGGGCUGAUAGGAGUUGGGAUCCAAGAAUAUUCAUUGAACUACAACUCCCAUCACCCCUGUCUAUUGGCCGUGCUGUCUGGGACUUAUGGGAGUUGGGACCCAGGAAUAUUCAUUCAACUACAACUCCCAUCAUCUCUGUCUAUUGGCCGUGCUGUCUGGGACUUAUGGGAGUUGGGACCCAGGAAUAUUCAAUGAACUACAACUCCCAUCACCCCUGUCUAUUGGCCGUGCUGUCUGGGACUUAUGGGAGUUGGGACCCAGGAAUAUUCAUUCAACUACAACUCCCAUCAUCUCUGUCUAUUGGCCGUGCUGUCUGGGGCUGAUGGGAGUCGGAGUCCAGUGAAAUCUGGAGGCCCAUAGGUGCGACCACUCCUGCCACAGGCAUCUGGGAGCCCAGGGCCUAUAUUUGUGUGGGGAGGGAAGAGGUUCUUCUAUGAACUGAAAAGAUGGAUGUUGCUGGGCUCAGGAAUGAGAGCAAAUCAUUCCUCCACAACCUGGGCCAUUCUGUACCAUACAGUUCAAGCACGUUGACAGCCAUUGUUUCUGACAAGGAUUUUUGGGAACUGCCAUUUGUUAAGGGCGCUGAGAGUUCCCUAUUCCCCUCACAGAGCUGCGGUUCCUAGAGUGGUUCUAACCAUCCGUCCUUCUUCCCAGGGAACUCUGGGAAUUGUAGCUCGGGUGUGUGUGGGAUAAGGGGCCUCCUGACUCUCCCUUGACAAACAACAGCUCCCAUGGUGCUUUCGGCGAAGCCGUGAUUGUUCAAAGUAGUACGGUACUGCUUUAAAUGUGUAGUGCCGAUGGGGGUCUUACUCGCCUGCCCUAGGCAUUUGAAACUCUUAUGAUACCACUUUGUCGUGGCUUUUCCUGUAGAAUCCUGGGAGCUGUAGUUUGCUUUUUUUUUUUUUUAAUGAUAUUUAUUAAAAUUUCAAAAAAUACAAGAAUUACACAAAAACAAAAAAUAAAAAUACAAGAAAAUACAAAAUACAGCAAGAAGAAUAAAAAAAACCCUUAUUAAGAUAUAACAAAGAAAUGAAAAAUAAAAAGAAACAUACAAAAUAAAAACAGUUAAAAACACAUUAAUUUUCCAUAGCAUAUCUUCCUUACACUUAUUUCCCCGGACCUCCUCGUACCUCCCUUUUUUGUAUUCCAGUUCAGUUUGUUAGUUCAGCAAAUCCUUACCAUUAAGCUUUUACCCAUUUAUAAACCUUUUUUCAUAUCUCUUAAAGCAUUACAGCUGGAAACCACUUAGUUUCUAUCCAACAUCCUUCUAAGAUUCAUUAAUUUUACAAUACUUCUGUAAAUAGUCUUUAAAUUUCUUCCAGUCUUCUUUCACCGACUCUUCCCCCUGGUCUCGGAUUCUGCCAGUCAUUUCUGCCAAUUCCAUGUAGUCAAUCACCUUCAUCUGCCACUGGGAGCUGUAGUUUGUUAAGGAUGCUGCAAGUUGUCAGGAGUGCCUUAUUCCUGUUCCAGAGCUACAGUUCCCAGAGUUCUCUGGGAGGAGAUUGUUAAACCACUGCGAAUUGUAAUUCUGUGAGGGGAAUGCGCACCUCGCCUAACAACUCUCAGUACUUUUAGGCACCCGGCACAGUACCCAGGAUUCUUUGCAGGAAGCCAUGACUAGUACCAGUGGUUUAUUUAUAUGGUUCUAUGUGUGCCAGCAUGCAGUUCUGCCACCCAGCAACUACAAAAAGGCAACAUUUGUGCACUCCUUUUGUUUCGUUGCUUUGCAUAAGUUCUGCUGGGGGUUUUUUGCUACUCACAAAGUGAUAAGGGCAUGGAAAGGAAGAGCUGUGGUUCAUGGGUAGAGCGCUUGCAUGCAAAAGAACCUAAGAAGAACUAAAAGCCCAUAUAGUCCACUGUUCUCACAGUGGCCAAGCACAUGCUCGGGGGAAACAUGCAAGCAGAACCCGAAUGCAAUAACACUUUGCGCUUCUGUGGCUUCCACCAGCUUCUUGGGCUUGCCGAUUGGAAGGUCGGUGGUUCGAAUCCCCGGGACGAAGUGAGCUCCUGUUGCUCUGUCCCAGCUCCUGCCAACCUAGCAGUUUGAAAGCACGCCAGUGCAAGUAGAUAAAUAGGUACUGCUGCGGCAGGAAGGUCAGCAGCAUUUCCAUGCACUCUGGUUUCCAUCACGGUGUCCCAUUGUGCCAGAAAUGGGUUAGUCAUGCUAGCCACAUGACCCGGAAAGCUGUCUGUGGACAAAUGCUGGCUCCCUCGGCCUAAAAGCGAGAUGAGCGCCGCAACCCCAUAGUCGCCUUUGACUGGACUUAAGUGUCCAGGGGUCCUUUACCUUUUUUCCUUAUUCAGAAGCACGGCUGCCUCUGACUGUGGAGGCAGAGCACAACCAUUGUGGAAAUCAUCAUCAUCAUCAUCAUCAUAAAUUUUUAUUUGUAUCCCGCCCUCCCCAGCUGAGCCGUGCUCAGAGCAGCUAACAUCAUAAAAACAACACAAUAUGCAUAAAAACAGACAUCGUUAAUUAAAAUACAUCUUAAAAUUAAUUCAGUCAAGUUAAAAUCUGGGCAGGUGGCAAUUACAGUGGUACCUCAGGUUACAUACGCUUCACGUUACAUACGCUUCAGGUUACAGACUCCACUAACCCAGAAAUAUUACCUCGAGUUAAGAACUUUGCUCCAGGAUGAGAACAGAAAUCGUGCUCUGGCAGCACGGCAGCAGCAGGAGGCCUCAUUAGCUAAAGUGGUGCUUCAGGUUAAGAACAGUUUCAGGUUAAGAACGGACCUCCGGAAUGAAUUAAGUACUUAACCCGAGGUACCACUGUAUCAGCUUGGAAUUGAGAGUGAUUCAAGCUGGUCCCAUGCCCAAUGCCCAGCAUUCCCAGAUUGGGCUGGAAAAGACUCCUGUUUGGGAAAGCUCUGGAGAGCAGCUGUCAAGUCAAUGCAGGUCAAGGGUAGCCAACCUGAUGUUCUGCAGAUGUUUCAGACUGCAACUCUGAUUAUACCUGACCCUUGUCAGUGCUGGCUGGGGGUUGGCAGGAGUUGGAGUCCAAUGACAUUUGUGUUUAUUCAGAUUUAGCUCCUUUUCUCCGGCAGCCAUUCAUGGGCCCAUCAGUUCUCCAGCCAAAAUUGGGUAGCAUUUGUUGGCCAGACCUUCCUGUCACAAAACCUCUGCCACAGAGAGAGGUGGCAUUGCCCGGCGACAGAUGACUCAGGACGAACCAGCUGCCUCCGAUUGGCAGGAGAGGCCUCUGGCGAGCAGAGCACGAGACAGGCGACCCCCGCCUUCAGCCGUCAGCCUGGUUCCCGUUUUGACAGGGGAUCGGUUUAAAGCGGCAACUGCAUUUCUGCUCUUUUCACCCGUCCCCAGAAAACCUCAGCCACCCACCCACCCAAAAAGACCUGUUGCCACGGGCAAAAGUCAACCCGCAGUUGAAGAAGACAAACAAAAAAAAAAACCCUCCCAAAGAUGCGAGAUUGUGUGUGCCAUUCUCCCAACCGUUUGCGAGGCUGGGUGCCAAGGAAGAGUCACCACUGGUGGGCAUUCCUGCAAAAAUAAUAAUUAAGGGAAAGGACUGACUAAGCCUUGCCCCCACCCCAAACGCCCACGACCUCAUUAGUGCCUGGCAAGCGAUGGGAGCGGCUUAGAGGGUGGAAUAUACCCCUGUUGCCAGGCUCCCUAGCAGCCAGGCUCCCUGGGAAGUGGAUGGAGAAGGGAGAGAAGAAUGAAAGACUCAGCGAGCGGCGGAUCUUUGCCAAGGUGGGGGAGGUUGGCAGGAUGCCAGCGGGUGCCCUGCGGAACGCCAGAUGCCAACAAUUCUCUAGCUGCCAGCUUCUUUUACUCCCCCUUCGCCUUCCACACUGAGUAAUCCGGUCCACCCUAAUUCCACGUGUGUGCGUUUAAGAAGAAGAAGAAAAACGAUUCAUUCUCCACAUUCUAUCUAUCUAUAUCUAUAUCUAUAUCUAUAUCUAUAUCUAUAUCUAUAUCUAUAUCUAUCAUCGAUCCAUCUAUCUAUCUAUCUAUCCAUCCAUCUAUCCAUCUAUCCAUCUAUCUAUCUAUCUAUCUAUCUAUCUAUCUAUCUAUCUAUCAUCUAUCUCUAUCUAUCUAUCUAUCUAUCUAUCUAUCUAUAGUGGUACCUCGGGUUAAGUACUUAAUUCGUUCUGGAGGUCUGUUCUUAACCUGAAACUGUUCUUAACCUGAAGCACCACUUUAGCUAAUGAGGCCUCCCGCUGCCGCUGUGCCACCGGAGCACGAUUUUUGUUUUCAUCCUGAAGCAAAGUUCUUAACCCGAGGUAAUAUUUCUGGGUUAGAGGAGUCUGUAACCUGAAGCGUAUGUAACCCGAGGUACCACUCUAUCUAUCUAUCUAUCUAUCUAUCUAUCUGUCUAUCUAUCUAUCUAAUCUGCACCCUGCCUUUUUUCUCCAAAGAGCUUGAGGUGGCCUACGUGGCUCUCUCCCUUCUCAUUUAAUCUCCAUGACAACCCUUUGAGGUAGGUUAGGCUGAGAGGACACAGGGACUGUCUUAAAGUUGCGCCCAGUGAACUUUUGUGGAUGAGAUGAAGGUUUGAACCCUGGUCUCCCGGGUCCUAGUCAGGUUGGAUAGCUCAGUUGGUUUGAGCGUGGUGCUGAUAACGUCGAGGUUGCAGCUUCGAUCCCCGCAGGAGACAUCUGCAUAUUCCUGCAUUGCAGGGGGUCAGAUGAGAUUAUCCUUAGGGUCCCUUCCAACUCUGAUUCUAGUCCGAUGCUGUAACCACCACACCAUGCUGGCUCCCCAGUGGAUAAUGUCUACCUGCCCUGUAGGAGGCAGUGGUAUGCUGGGCAUCGCAGGCUUGGUGUGUGUUGUGCUCAGGUCCUGCUUGCAGGCUUUCCAAGAGGCAACUGGUUGGCCACUGGGAGAACUGGAUCCUGGGACUAGAUUGGCCAUUGGCCUGAUCCAGAAGAGCUGAUCUAGGUUCUUAGGAAGCCCUUUAAGGGUCAACAUCAACAUCAACACAACAGUCAUUUUGCAGAUGCAAUUCAUGGCCACUUGUUGUUGUUGUUUAGUUGUUUAGUCAUGUCUGACUCUUCGUGACCCCAUGGACCAGAGCACGCCAGGCACUCCUGUCUUCCACUGCUUCCUGCAGUUUGGUCAAACUCAUGCUGGUAGCUUCAAGAACACUGUCCAACCAUCUCAUCCUCUGUCAUCCCCUUCUGCUUGUGCCCUCCAUCUUUCCCAACAUCAGGGUCUUUUCCAGGGAGUCUUCUCUUCUCAUGAGGUGGCCAAAGUAUUGGAGCCUCAGCUUCAUGAUCUGCCCUUCCAGUGAGCACUCAGGACUGAUUCCCUUCAGAAUGGAGAGGUUUGAUCUUCUUGCAGUCCAUGGGACUCUCAAGAGUCUCCUCCAGCACCAGAAUUCAAAAGCAUCCAUUCUUCGGCGAUCAGCCUUCUUUAUGGUCCAGCUUUCACUUCCAUAUAUCACUACUGGGAAAACCAUAGCCUUAACUGUACGGACCUUUGUUGGCAAGGUGAUGUCUCUGCUUUUGUUGUUGUUGUUAGGACGCCCAUUUAGGCUUCAUUCCUGCUGGUGAACAAACAGCAAUCUUUAAUCAGGACUACACCUGGUAGGAAGCAGAUGCUCCACCAGUGAACUACAUCCCUUCUGAGGAACAUAGGGAUCUGCCUUCUACUGAGUCCACCCAACUCAGUAUUGUCCACACUGACUGGCAGCGCCUCUCCAGGGUUCCAGGCAGGGACACUUCCCAGCCCUACGUGACAAUGCUGGGGAUUUUCCUUCAUGCAAGGACCGUCUGCACGCAAGGCAGAUGUUGUACCACAGGCAGAGAUGCAGCUGCAGGGAAAGGGUCAAGUUAAACACAGACAUCCCUUUCUACCUCUGUUUCUCUGCUUGCAAGGGGUCGAUCUGUUCAGUGGUAGGGGAGGGGUGGUGUUUAACUUGACCCUCAUCUCUUCCUCUUUGCAAAGGGGUGUGCGGACAGCCUAGCUCUAGGAGUCUAGCAUGCAGAAGGCUUGCUCUUUUUCCUUGGAAAGGAACCCCCACCCACUCAACACGCGCCAAACGCAGUGUGGAGAGAAACCGUUUGCCGGGGGCCGACAGUGAGGCAGUGUGCAUGUGCGUGAGAAUAUGCAUGCGCACGCCAAGGGUCCAGAUGUUUUCACCGAAAGCAGGAACAGCUCACAUGAGAGCAACAACUGGCCUCCAACCAGACCCCCCCAUAAAAAACUCCCAAAGGGACAGAACAGAAAUUUGGCCGCCGGUGCCAAGUGCAGAUAUCAUCUGCUCUCUGUGGACACCCAGCCUUGUUUGUUUCCUUGGUUGUCCUCCCCUCUUCUUCCCCACACCCAGCAAGAGGGAGGAGUAGGGAGGGAGGGAGUUUCCUUCCAUGGCUGUGGUACCCCAAAUUAACAAAUCUGCUAAGCGCUGCUAAACAGGGCAAGGCUGGCUCAGUUGAGGAGGCCUCUGUUCUGACUGUCACUGUCUGUUGUUUUGUGUUUUAAAAAAGGAAAAUACAGUGGUACCUUGGGUUAAAUAUGCUUCAGGUUGCAUACGCUUCAGGUUACAGACUCUGCUAACCCAGAAAUAGUGCUUCAGGUUAAGAACUUUGCUUCAGGAUGAGAAAAGAAAUUGUGCUCUGGAGGCCCCAUUAGCUAAAGUGGUGCUUCAGGUUAAGAACAGUUUCAGGUUAAGAACAGACCUCCGGAACAAAUUAAGUACUUAACCUGAGGUACCACUGUAGAGAGAUGGAGGGCAUAGAAAACAGGUGGGGUGGUGGGGAAGGGGUUAAGAUAACCGCCACUCGAAUUGGGGGGGGGGGGAGAGAAAGGGUUAUGUUAACCACCACCCAGAGAGGUGUGUAUGAGGGAUGGGGUGAAGUUAACCACCCCUUGAAUGAGUGUAUGUGAGGGAAGGGGUUCAGUUAACCACCACUCGAAGGACAGGUGAAGGAGGAGGCAGAGGGUUUAGUUAGCCACCUCCCCUUCCUGCCUGCGGUUUUUCCUCUACUAAAAAUACCCUUCCGCUGUGCUAUGGCAUUAUUCAGCAGAUACGGAGCUGGGAACCGGCACCCCAUGUUUGGAAUAAAUGUGCAGUUAGAGAGAUGCACAAACACACUCUCUCACUUUCUCUCUCGCACACACAUGGAGCCUUGGUGUUCACAAACAGCCUUGUACAGGAGUUGCAUGGGGAAGAAUCGUGAGGAAUGGGGGGGCAGAUAGCACGCACAUGGGGUGCAGGCGGGACUCCCUGGCAACUGGGGAAAAGAGCCAGGAAUAACCACCUGCCUUGCAGAGUAGCUCUAAUUUAGAAAAUGGGGAAUGAGCAGGGAUGCGGCGGGGACAAAAAGGCAUGUGUCGAUCGGUUUUUAAAAACCCGUUCUGCUCAAGGGAUCUCUCUUUUGAGUUGCUGCAGGAGACUGGCACUGGCCGGCACUCUGGCACCACAUUUCUUAUGCGCCCCCCCCAGGCAUGCACGCCCCCCCCCAGUCAUUGCCCCACCCACCCACUCAUUCAUGGCUUAGCAGCAGAGCUUGCCCUGCAGGAGAUCCCAGCUUCAAUCCCCAAUGGCCUCUCCAGGUCAGGCUAGGAAACCCUGCUUGCAACCCCGGGGAGCUGCUGCCGGUCAGUGCGGACCAUGCUGACCUGGAUGGACCAGUCCUCCGACACAGUGUAGUGCACGACUGUAGCUCAGCGGUAGAGCGUCGGUUGAUUGCAAGUCCAAGAUAUCUAAGUAGGGCUGGGAAUGCCCUUCGUCUGAAACUUUGGAGAGCUACUGCUGGUCAGUGUAGACAGUAUGGAGCUAGAUGGACUCAGUAUAAAGCAGUUUCCGAUUCUCUUUAAAAUCAGGUAUUGGUGCAAAAACAUGAGGACUGGUAUCUUUGUAGGAAGGGGCUUGUGAAUAGGGUGUACUGGGGGGAAAGUAGCUUGGAUCCUGGCCAGCUUUCUGGCUGCCCCUCAUUUUUAAAGGGUAGAAAGGCAGUGGGUGCCGCAAUAAAAUGUUUCAGCAGGAAAUGUUCCUGCCCAGGGUGCCAGCCACUUAUCGCUGCCAUUUUAUCCUCUUCUUUUUCCCCUAUGAAUCCAUCAGUCUUCUGUGCCUGCUGAACAUGCUCAGUCCUCAAUGGUUUGCUUUUUUGGAGAGGGGGUUCCCCUCCUUGUAGAAUUCCUUCCAAUUUCAUUUUUGUACUGUUGCAAAAUUUGGGGUUUCCCUCAAACCACUUCUGUUUCUCUUGCACCUAGUGUUGUUUUGGUUACAUGAGGAUACAGCUGGCAGAAUGAAUUUGCUUACAGUGGUACCUCGGGUUACAUACGCUUCAGGUUACAUACACUUCAGGUUACAGACUCCACUAACCCAGAAAUAGUGCUUCAGGUUAAGAACUUUGCUUCAGGAUGAGAACAGAAAUCGUGCUCCGGCGGCGCAGCAGCAGCAGCAGCAGCAGCAGCAGCAGCAGGAGGCCCCAUUAGCUAAAGUGGUGCUUCAGGUUAAGAACAGUUUCAGGUUAAGUACAGACCUCCGGAACAAUUUAAGUACUUAACCUGAGGUACCACUGUAUUAAUAUAUAGCAGCGGGGGUGGGGGGACCUUUUCCAAAGCCCAAGAGCUGAUUCCACCCCCUUUUUAAAAAUGCAUUUUCCAUUUUUCUAUUUACAAAUCAUACUUUACUAUCAAAUAUUCUUUCCAUAUAGCCUUCCAAGGCAUUCGGAAUACAUCCACUAUUGCUGCAUAUCCAUAUAUUAAUUCACCCUACUUUUUCCCUUCCAGUCCUUCUUUGUAUUUGUUGUUCAGAGGAUUACCCCUAUUUGUAGUUUCGAUUUAGCAUCAACUCCCCAAAAGUUUCCCCAUUAGCCCUUCAUUUGUUUUCCAUCCUGAUUCCUUAUUUUGGCUGUUGUGCUCGUGAGUUUGGCAUCUUCUGUCAAUUCAUACAGCCAUUGUUCUUUUGUUGAUAUUUGUUUUCCUUUCCAACUUUUAGCAUGCACUAUUCCAGCCGCCGCUGUUGCAUAAAGAAAUAAAUUGAGUACCCUCGAGGGGAGCUCAUCACCAAUUAUCGCUAAUAGAAAGGUUUCUGGUUUCUUUGGAAAUGCAUUUUUUUUAAUUUUUUUUUUUUAAAAAGCUCACCAUAGACCAUCUCUUAGUAUUUGGUGGCAUAGUAUUUGCCACCACCUAUGUAUAAUAAUAAUUUUUUAUUUAUACCCCGCCCUUCCCUGUUAAAAAACCGGGCUCAGGGCAGCUAACAACAAAUUUAAAACACUUAAUUAUAAAAGCAGCAUUAAAUACAGGAUAAAAACAUGAAUAACAAUAAAAUUCAAAAUUCAAAAAUCAAUUUAGGGGAAAUAAGCAUUAGAUAUGUAUGAAAGAUCCCUCAAUCUCUUCACAUUUCCAACACAGUUUGGACCCUCUCUUGUACAUUUUAACCAAUUGACUGGGUGUCAGAUACCAAGAGACUUUUUUGUAUGCUUUCCUUUAUCAAAUAGCAGGCGGAACAGUUUAUGGUUUUGUUCCAGGGCUUUUCCCAGGCUAUGAUUUCGAUGUUAUACCCCAGGCAUAGGCAAACUCCGGUCCUCCAGAUGUUUGGGACUACAAUUCCCAUCAUCCCUGACCACUGGCCCUGUUAGCUAGGGUUGAUGGGAAUUGUAGUCCUAAAACAUCUGGAGGGCCGAGUUUGCCUAUGCCUGUUAUACUUGAUACCUAUAGCCCAGUGUACCAUUGCGCCGGAGGCCUGCAUUCCCAUCUGGGCAACAUUCUGGGGGCCACAUGCCACUGACGGUCAGGACCGGGGCAGAAAUGGGCAGUUCAAUGAAUAUAAAUAAAACAAUAAUAGAUUGCAGCCAGGGCCAGCCACAACAGUUUUAUAAUCUCCACAUCCGCCUUUGAAGUUAUAUCUGUGAUCUAUUUCUCAGCUUGGUUUCAGUGACGUGCUGGCAGACAUCCUUGAGACUUCUCUUUGCAUUUGCGAGCGCCUCUUGAGGAUGUGCAGAGUGCACAGCUGAGCAGCCACACCGGACCGCCUUGUGGCUGUGCUUGGUUUAGGGUGGAAGGCUAGCGGUCCUGCAAACUGCAUUUCCAAGCACACUUGAAACCAUCAACGCCUCCCCUCUGGAAAAUGAAUGGUUUCCUUGUAGGAUCAGAAUAUUUGGGGAGAGGGUGGUUGUAUCCUGCGCGAGCCCUCCUCCGAGUUAGACCCAUUGAAAUGAACAAGCAAACUGAGGCCCUUGUGUCUACUUGUGAGCAGGAUUAUGCCCCCCCCCCCGCCUCUUUCAGAUGGGGAGGCAAGCAAUCCUUCCUUCUCUACUUCUACAGAGGCUGUGGGUUGAUUUGAGAUGGAUAAAGGGAGUUUAUUUGACUCAUGGGCGCCACCUGCUGAGUCCUAGUUUCUUUCCUCCGCAGCGCAGAAUAUUUCCUUGUCCAGGUUUUCAUUGAAUUGCUGAGCUAAGAACAUCAGAAGCUGCCCUGUUGGAGGCCCUGUUUUAAUCAGCCCUUGGUUCAGAACCAUGAGGAACUAUCAUAUUUAAGGAAAGAGACACACAGUUACCUCAAGCUAAACAUGAGUGGCACCUCCCAGGAGCGGCACCCCACGACCCCAGUGACAACCCUUUUCUCGAAGGAAAACCCUGAAAAACUAAAGAUUCCCACAGGCUGCUAAAAAAUGCUAAAAGGUGGAGGCCUAUGCAGUGGUACCUCGGGUUAAGAACUUAAUUCGUUCUGGAGGUCUGUUCUUAACCUGAAACUGUUCUUAACCUGAAGCACCACUUUGGCUAAUGGGGCUUCCCGCUACUGCUGCGCCGCGGCUGUUCUCAUCCUGAAGCAAAGUUCUUAACCCGAGGUACUAUUUCUGGGUUAGCGGAGUCUGUAACCUGAAGCGUAUGUAACCUGAAGCGUAUGUAACCCAAGGUACCACUGUAUGAUAUAUGGGGGUGAGAACCCAGGUGACACCAGCCACAGUCUGGCCGCCAUGGUCUAGACUAGGUAGGAUCCUGCUCGCACCAGGCCUGAUCCCCUUGGUCGAAACAACAAAUAUCAGCAACGUUAAGAUCACAGGCCAUGCUCCAGUAGAAGCUACCCUCAAACUAGGAGAGGAAAUACAAACCACCCCAUCAUGGUCCUUCAAGCACCUCAUACUGAGCACAGACCAAACAACAAGGGAGAGUCUCUUGACAGCAUAACCACCCACCUCCUCUGGGAUGCAACGAAAGCAGUUUCCAGGCGAGCUCGUAUAUAAAAAAAGGAAAGGGACACUGCAUGGUGUCUCCCUUGCAUGCAGAAGGCCCUGGGUUCAAAUCCAAAUAACAUUUCCAGAUAGGGUUGGACAGCCUUGCAAAGCCCUGUCUAGUCCAGCAUCCUCUUCUCGCAGUGGCUAUCUGGAUUCCUGCAGGAAGCCAAAAGGCAGAGUGUAAAGGGAAGAGCCUUUCUCUCCCUGUUAUUCCUGUUGUUGUGGUUUAGUCGUUUAGUUUUGUCCCACUCUUCAUGACCCCCUGGACCAGAGCACACCAGGCACUCCUGUCUUCCACUGCCUCCCACAGUUUGGUCAAACUCAUGCUGGUAGCUUCGAGAACACUGUCCAACCAUCUCAUCCUCUGUCGUCCCCUUCUCCUUGUGCCCUCCAUCUUUCCCAACAUCAGGGUCUUUUCCAGGGAGUCUUCUCUUCUCAUGAGGUGGCCAAAGUAUUGGAGCCUCAGCUUCAGGAUCUGUCCUUCCAGUGAGCACUCAGGGCUGAUUUCCUUCAGAAUGGAUGCGUUUGAUCUUCUUGCAGUCCAUGGGACUCUCAAGAGUCUCCUCCAGCACCAGAAUUCAAAAGCAUCCAUUCUUCGGCAAUCAGCCUUCUUGAUGGUCCAGCUCUCACUUCCAUACAUCACUGCUGGGAAAACCAUAGCCUUAACUAUACGGACCUUUGUUGGCAAGGUGAUGUCUCUACUUUUUAAGUUGCUGUCUAGGUUUGUCAUUGCUUUUCUCCCAAGAAGCAGGCAUCUUUUAAUUUCGUGGCUGCUGUCACCAUCUGCAGUGAUCUGUUAUUCCUAGGAAUAUAAUUAGAGGCCUGCUGGACCAGGCCAGUGGUCCAUCUGUUCCAGCAUCUUCUCACAGUGUCCAGCCAAAUGUAUCUUGGGGAGCCUGCAAUGGGAACCUGAGAGCAAAGGCAGCUCUCCCUGCUUGCGAUUCCCAGGGAUGGAUAAUUCAGAGGCACCUGCCUCCGACAGGGGAGGCAGGACACGACUCUCGUUCCUCACCCCUUUUUGCGUGAGCCUUGUCAUAAAUCAUCUCUGACCUUUCAGUUCCCUUCCCUAUUUAGCUCCGACCUUUAACAUGGGACCUCGUUUUCUUGACAAGGUUGUCCCUGUGUGCACAGUUGAUUGGCAGCUAACGUUUUAUUUGCAGGAGGGAUCACUUUGAAGUCAGUUGAUGGGCAAAUUUUCCCUCCCUCCCUGUAGGAUAGCUGGCAAAUCCCCAGUGCCAAACCAGCCACCCCUUAACUGCCAGAGACCUGUGCAUAGAGGUCUUCAGCAUAAAGCAAAUGUUCCGCAACAAAGAUGUUCAACGCAGCUCUGUGCGGUGGGAGUUUCACAAUUUAGUACAGUUGACAUGAGUCACCUUAAGCUGGGGCAAGAGUCCUGACCUCCUAGUCAAAGGCUUUAGCCUUAUUCAUCAUGAUGCAGAGCUCUGUGUAACUUCAAACCUUGUGUAUUCUAAGAGUUCUGUGUAACAUGGAAGAUGAUUUUUUUAAUAAAAAAACAACAACUACCCCCACCCUUCAACCUGGACAAAGUCCUAGACUUAAUCUAAAAACACUGAGAGAUUUUCAAGUGUUCUUUAAUCCUUCAAAUUCCCUGGGUUGAGCCUUAGCUUAGUAAAUGGGGGCCUGAGCUUUUGGUUGAAUUGGCCCUGCCCAAACUUCCUACACUUUCUGCAAAAUAGAAUUCAGGGAAGGCAAGUGUUUCAAGUGAACAUCGGAUGGGCCUGUUUGUCUCUGUGUACGUACAUCAUAUUUCACUUUUAUGUUCCCAUACUUCAUGAGCCUCUUCACAUCCAGGAGAUGUUGGGAAUUAGAUUUCCUCCCCCCCUUCUCCUUCUUUGGGAAGAAGAAAAAAAUUGCAUGCCAAAACCCCCAUAAUUCUGAGAGUGAUGGUUUGAGAAACUUGGAUCCCUCAGAAACCAAGCCAAAAUAACCCCAUCUGGCUUUUGCCUGUUUAACGAUCUGGUAGAGAGGCUGCGAAAGAGGAGGGAGACGUACUUUGGGAUCCCGUUGCUGACAGCUGGGCCCUCUGUCCUCCCCCAAAAGCAAGACGAAUCCCAUCUUUAAGAUGAGAAUGUCCAGCGUUGUCAACUGGCCGGCAACUUGAUUUUAUGUUGCUGUUGUCCGGCCGUGGCACCAGGGUAUUGAUAGGGGUGGGCCCGGCUUCAGCUGGGGAGGGCGGGAUAUAAAUAAAUUAUUAUUAUUAUUAUUAUUAACCCUGUCUUUUCCUGCCUGGUUCAAGUGCUUCUGGGUAGGUAGUGUGUGUGUGUGUGUGUGUGUGUGUGUGUGUGUGUGUGUUGAAUUAGAGCGGGGAGGAGGGGGACUUCAGGCAUUUGGGCUGAAUGUGGCCCUCCAGACCUUUCUGUCUGGCCCUUAGAAUUCUCUCCAGAGACCACCUCCCCAGUGUUUUCUUCCUUGGCUGCCAAAAUAUGCCUUUCUAGUCAAUAACCUUCCUGUUUGCAAUUUUAACCUGUUGGUUCUCUAAUCCUGCCUUCUAGAACAUCAGAGUACAAGUCUACUGUUUCUCCUGCAUGCAUUGUAACAGGAUGCAAAUGAUUCUUGGCAGUGCUUUUUUCUCUUUUUAAAAAAAGUUUAGGGGUACCCUCAUUUUGACUCCGGAAAAUCACCAUUUUAUUUUUCAAAUCGGGAAAAAUGAAUACAGUAAAUGGACAAAAGUAGAAAAAGUCACAAAAUUUUUAGGGGUAUGUGUACCACUACGCCCCUCAUCCCCCCGAAAAAAAGAAAUGUUUGGCAUCUUCCAAUGGAAUAAGAGUGAACAGGGUUGCAGCGUUAGUGUUUUUGCCAGGGGUGUGGAAACUCUGGCCCUCCAAACCCCUUUUCUUGGCGCUGGGGGCUCCCCCCAGGCCACACCCACUCCCUGGCCUUCCUCUGCCCUCUCCUGGAGUGUUUUUGCCAGGCUGGCAUUUGUCCUCGAACUCUGAUCACGGCCAGAUGAGGGAUAGAGAGGGGGCGCAAAAGCAUCUAUAGAAAUGAGCCUAUGGUCCUGAUUGGUUUGCAAGGAGAUCAGGCAAUGUUGUAUCAAGUAAAGGGAUAGCUCAGUCGAUAAAGCACGAGACUCUUAAUCUCAGGGUUGUGGGUUCGAGCUUCCUGUUGGGCGAAAUAUUCCUGCAUUGCAGGGGGUUGGACUAGAUGACCCUUGUGGUCCCCUCCAACUCUACAAUCCUAUGACUUUUUGCCCUUUCACUGCAUCUCCUCCCCUCCAUGACUUUCCUUAUUGUAAUUUGUCCAAUUUCUUUUUUGGGGUGGGGGGUGGGGGUGGAGAGCAGGUUUGUUGUGCAAGACUUUCCCCAUUGACUAUAAUUGCUCACCCUGCCUUUUCCAGUCCAUGAUUGGAACCCACCCUCCAAAAAAAGGAAUAGCUUGGUUGAGGAUGCAAGGACAUAAGAAGGACAUGGAUCAGGCCAAUGCCCAUUCAGUUCAGCAUCCUAUCCUCACAGUGGCCAACUAGAUGCCUGCAGGAAACCUUCAGAGCAGGACCCCCCAAGCACAAGAGCCCUUUCCCAACUCGGCCGUUUCCAGCAGCUGAUGAUUCAGGGGGGGAAAUUGGCUGCUUCUGACUGUGAAGGCAGAGCAUAACCACAGUGGUUUGUUGUUUAGUUGUUUAGUCGUGUCCGACUCUUCGUGACCCCAUGGACCAGAGCAUGCCAGACACUCCUGUCUUCCACUGCCUCCCGCAGUUUGGUCAAACUCAUGCUGGUAGCUUCGAGAACACUGUCCCACCAUCUCGUCCUCUGUCGUCCCCUUCUCCUUGUGCCCUCCAUUUCCCCCAACAUCAGGGUCUUUUCCAGGGAGUCUUCUCUUCUCAUGAGGUGGCCAAAGUAUUGGAGUCUCAGCUUCAGGAUCUGUCCUUCCAGUGAGCACUCAGGGCUGAUUUCCUUAAGAAUGGAGAAGUUUGAUCUUCUUGCAGUCCAUGGGACUCUCAAGAGUCUCCUCCAGCACCAUAAUUCAAAAGCAUCCAUUCUUCGGCGAUCAGCCUACUUGAUGGUCCAGCUCUCACUUCCAUACAUCACUACUGGGAAAACCAUAGCUUUUACUAUACGGACCUUUGUUGGCAAGGUGAUGUCUCUGCUUUUUAAGAUGCUGUCUAGGUUUUUCUCCCAAGAAACAGGCAUCUUUUAAUUUCGUGGCUGCUCUCACCAUCUGCAGUGAUCAUGGAGCCCAAGAAAGUAAAAUCUCUCACUGCCUCCAUUUCUUCCCCUUCUGUUUGCCAGGAGGUGAUGGGAGCCUUAUUCCCCCUCCGUCAAUUUGCCCAAUCCUCUUUAAAACCCAUUGUUUUGGGGGCUUAGUUUCAAUCUCGGUGCAAGGCAAAGCCGGAUUCUCAGCUGCCUGCCCAAGUGUGCUUGUGCAGAUGUGAUGCAGGAGCGUUAAAGAGUGUUGGCACCAUUGGCAGCCCGGCGCCUGGGUUUGCCCGACAGCAGUUUUGCUGCCCUCACAGGUCAUCAUCACCUGUCAGAAUCUGAAGCCUGUCUUCAGCUGAGCUCCCUCUCACUUCUUUCCCGCUCAGACACUUCCAGCCAGUGGAGGCCACUCUGUUAAGGCAAACAGGGCACCACUGCCUCAAACUCUCCACCAACGCCUUCCUACGUUUUUAUACUUAAAACCAAUGGGUUGCACUGUGACCUCCUUAGUGGCUGUGUUGCACUUAUCCUUGUGUAAAUUAAACAUUAAUAAAUAAGGGGAAAUGGUACGAUAUGUCAUAAGAAAGUGUUAGAAAAUAUAUUAAGUGUAAGCUAAUAAGUACAUUCAAUGUAAAGGUAAAGUACAUCAGGAAAUGAUGGGAAGUCUGUCUUGACAUAGUUUAGUUUAUUGGAUUCUCCUUUGGUUUAUUUUUGUUUAGUUAGAAAGUAUAAGAAAAGAGCACAUAUAAGAGCACGUAUAAGUACAAGUUUAAAUCAAUAUUUAAUGGUAUAAGUAUUUAAGGUUAUUAUUAUUAUUAUUAGUUUUACCUUUUCUUUGUAUGUGUAUUUAAGAUUGUGUAUGAUAUCCUUGGAUGUGUGUGUGUGUGUGUGUGUGUACACACACACACACACACACACACACACACGGUAUAUAUGAAGAAGGAGAAUGGGGGACAAAGCUGGAGUUGGCUCUGGUGCCCCCUGCUGUUGGUCUCCUUGCCUUCUGCCCUACCAGCACUAUCCUUUGGUGAGACUUUUUUGAACAAGUCCUGUAAGGAAAAGCUGCGGGAUUUGAGUAUGUUCUGUUCCAGAGAAGAGAGGCUGCACAUCAGUGUGGUGUGUAAUGGUCAGAGCGCUGGACCCAGGACCCAAGAGAUGUGUGUUCAAAUCCCCACUCAGCCAUAGAGCCAUAUGCAAAUUGUCUUGAGGCGGUGAUUAAUAAAUAGGAGGGGAUUCAUAAACUGUUUUUGGCCUACAACUCCCUUCAUCCCUAGCGAGUGAGGCCAGGGGUCAGGGAUGAUGGGAAUUGUAGUCUGAAAAAAACAAAAGACCCUGAUGUUGGGAAAGAUGGAGGGCACAAGGAGAAGGGGACGACAGAGGAUAAGAUGGUUGGAUAGUGUUCUCGAAGCUACCAGCAUGAGUUUGACCAAACUGCGGGAGGCAGUGGAAGACAGGAGUGCCUGGCGUGCUCUGGUCCAUGAGGUCACGAAGAGUCGGACACGACUAAACGACUAAACAACAACAACAACACCCAAAUUUGGGAAAACCCUGAUCUAAAUCUGUAUCUUUUGGGGGUAUAAAAGUUGGGAUAAAGAUGUACAGUAGUACCUUGGUUCUCAAACAACCUGGAACCCAAACACUGCAAACCCGGAAGUAAAUGUUCCAGUUUGCAAACUUUUUUUGGAAGCCGAACAUGUUCCGUUUUGAGUGUUAUGCUGAGGUCUGUCUGUUUUCGCUGUUUAUUUUGCAUUUUUGUGGCUCUUUUUUUGUUGUUGUGGUUGUGUGGAACCCAGUUCAACUACUGAUUGUGUAACUGCAGUACAUUGUUUAUUGCUUUCAUUUUAUGGAUCGAUGGUCUUGUUAGUAAAAUUCAUUUUAAAUUGCUGUUUGGGGGAUGGUUUUUAAAAGUCUGGAACGGAUUAAUCCAUUUUGCAUGACUUUCUAUGAGAAAGCGUGCCUUGGUUUUGGAACGCUUUGGUUUUGGAACAGAUUUCCGGAACGGAUUAAGUUUGAGAACCAAGGUACCGCUGUAAUUAAAAAUAAAAUGAUUGAACCCACUACUCUUCAGAAAGUAAGCACCCUCCCUCCCCCUUUUAGUGUAGUCAGACACGAAGUUUUUCGUUUGGGGUGGGGAACAGUGGAUAUAUGCAGCACCUCAAGGCAGUUCCCAGAUUCUCGGCAGGGGCAUUUUUGAGGACGUGGGUUUCUUUGAUUCACAGAAAUGUCCUUUUCCAGCUGCACGUUUUCUUGCUGCCCCAGAAUGGUACAUUUGAUGUCUGGUUGGCGUUCUAGGAAAUAAAAAGUCCUGGGCUGCUUCCCCUUGAGAAUAUUUUGAGAACGCAGUACCCGUUUUUCGGUUUGAAAUGUUUUAUGGUCCCUGUCUAACGUGCAGCGAUACUUUUUGCGCAAUGGCAAGAGUUGAUUACAGCUCCUGGAGGUCUCUCUGCACUAGCCUGAAACUGUCUCACCAUUCCUGUUCAUUCUCACCACAGACAUAUUUUAUCUUAUUAAAAAAAAACACCCUCUAAACGGGUUUACAUAAAAUGUAAUAAUACAGAUAAAAAUUGCCAAUGAAAGUCAGAAGCUAAAAGCUGAGGUUUGCAUUCAGUGCUAUUCCUACUCAGAGUAGACACACUGGAAGUUAAUAGACAUGGUUAACUUAGAUUGGUUCAUUUUGAUGGGUUUACUCUGAGUAGGGCUAGCAUUGGCUACAAUCUAGGUUGGCCUUAUUCCCCCCCCACCCUACCUCCCAUUAUAAUUAAAAUUGGAUAAAAAUAUAUAAAAAUGCACAUCAGCUUUACAUAGCUGGGCAGGCUUGCCUAAGCAAAAAAUAUUUUUUUUGCAGGCACCGAAAACUAAAGCAAAGGCGCCAGCCUUAUCUCAAUGGGCGAAUUGUUCCAGAGAAUAAAAGGUUGAUUCUGUACACAAUAAACAAUUAUACGACACCUGAAGGCAGCCCUGUACCUGGAAGAUUUUAAUGGCUGUGAUGUUUUGCUGUGUUCUGUUAUAUUCUGUUGGAAGCUGCCCAGAGUGGCUGGGGCAACCCAGUCAGAUGGGCAGGGUACAAGUUAAUAAUAAUAAUAAUAAUAAUAAUAAUGGGGUAGCCUCUCUGUUUGGCCCAUGGGACUUUGUAGGCCCCACCCCUUCUCCCUAGGCCACACCUUUCCCUGCUCCUGUUUUGACUCCUUGAGUGUUUCUGCAUCUUUCAAAUCUGAUAUAUCGCCUCUUGUUUCUAUGGAUGUAGUCUUGCGAGAAUUGUGUGUAGAAACCAGCCUACUGUAGGAAGGUAAAGUUUGCAUAUCUUGCUCCUCCCACUUUUGCUGCUGGCCCCUCCCCCUGCUGCUUCAUGGCCCCCAGAAGAUUGCCCUGAAGGCAAUGUGGCCCUUGGCUGAAAAAGGUUAUUUAUGUAUGGAGCUGAGGCUCCAAUACUUUGGCCACCUCAUGAGAAGAGAAGACUCCCUGGAAAAGACCCUGAUGUUGGGAAAGAUGGAGGGCACAAGGAGAAGGGACGACAGAGGACGAGAUGGAUGGACAGUGUUCUUGAAGCUGCCAGCAUGAGUUUGACCAAACUGCGGGAGGCAGUGGAAGACAGGAGUGCCUGGUGUGCUCUGGUCCAGGGGGUCACGAAGAGUCGGACAUGACUAAACGACUAAACAACAACAACUACUACUGCGGCCCGUGUUUUGUUAGCCCAAAAAAAUGGAAAAUGAGCGAGGUCCCAACUAAAGAAGAAUGGCAACUUAAGCUGACGGAAUAUGUUCAGCUUGCAGGUUUAACAUAUAGAAUUAGAGAACAAGAAGAACAUAGGUUUAGAGAAGAUUGGAAAACGUUUAUUGAAUAUCUGGGGAGGGGGAAUUGUGCACACCUGAAAACGUUGGCAGCGUUAAGAUAAACUCGACAGUGUAAAUAAGGUUUGAUGGGUACAAUAGUGGAAUACUGAAUGGUUUAGUUUUUGAAAAAUAAGCAGGAAUCUAUGGUAUGUGUUAAGUUGUGGGUGAACAUAUCAGACGACACAGCGAUUCUUCAAACAGCUCUUGUUUAUUCACAGGCCAGGCCAGAACUGAACUGAAGGUUUCAGCCAGCCUGCUUAUAUAGAGCUCCACUAGAACGCAACAGUAACCAUUUUCUCUAACUAUCCAAUCACUGAACGUCACUUUCAAUCCCUUAUUUGCAUAUGUGGACCUGAGUGAAAACCGAGAACUUCAGUACAUAACAGUAUGCAAAACGAACAAUGGAAGGAGAAGAAGGGAAGUCACUGAUAUUUUCAGGAUGUUAAAAUGAGUGUUUUAAACUGUGUAACAUAAAAUUGAAUGAAAAUUUUAUUUUUUCAUAAAGUUCCUUACCUGUGCUUGUAUUUCCUCGGCAGGUACCAUGACCAGCAGGACGUUACCAGCAACUUCCUGGGUGCCAUGUGGCUCAUCUCCAUCACGUUCCUGUCCAUCGGCUAUGGCGACAUGGUUCCACACACAUACUGCGGCAAAGGCGUCUGCUUGCUCACAGGCAUUAUGGUAAGAUGGAACCUCGUGGGGGCAGUCCUGGGGGAAGAUUAAACAUUCUGUGUCUCGUCUGAAGUCCUGUUUCAGGGCUGGCAGCCUCCCGAUGCUGUUGGACUCCAACUCCCAUCAGCCCCAGCAGGCACUGGCCAAUCCCUUUGUUCCCCUCGGAGAGCUACAAUUCCUAGAGCGGUUUAACAGUUGGGCCCCUCUUCCCAUGGAACUCUGGGAACUGUAGUUCUGGUAGGGGGGAAUAGGGCAUCUCCUAACAGCUCGCAGCUCCCUUAACAAACUACAGCUCCCAGAAUUCUUUGGGGGAAGCCACAACUAGUUUUGUGCUGUAAUAUUAAAGGGACCCGGGUGGCGCUGUGGGUUAAACCACAGAGCCUAGGACUUGCCAAUUAGAAGGUUGGCGGUUCGAAUCCCCGUGAUGGGGUGAGUUCCCGUUGCUUAGUCCCUGCUCCUGCCAACCUAGCAGUUCAAAAGCACGUCAAAGUGCAAGUAGAUAAAUAGGUACCACUCCGACGGGAAGGUAAACGGCAUUUUCGUGCGCUGCUCUGGUUCGCCAGAAGCGGCUUAGUCAUGCUGGCCACAUGACCCGGAAGCUGUACGUCGGCUCCCUUGGCCAAUAAAGCGAGAUGAGCGCCGCAACCCCAGAGUCGGCCACAACUGGACCUAAUGGUCAGGGGUCCCUUUACCUUUAAUAAGAAUAAUAAUGCAUUGGGGAGGGGGCAUUAUUGCGUUCUUCUUGUUUCUAUUUUUAUUAUCUACCUUGUGUUUUCCGGUUGUGAUUUUAUGCGGUGAACUGCCCUAAGACCUGCGGGUGUUGUGCGGUGUACAUAUUUAAUUAAUAAUAACAAUAAUUAAUAAAUGCAGGCAAGUGGCAGCAGCCUCCACUGCUUGCCGCUGUGGGAUGCAGAAUGAAGAUGGCCGUUCUCACCUGAAUCGGCGGAGCCUCUUUGAUAACCUCUGCUGGUUAGGAAUGGAACCUCCAUGUCCAGUGGCAACCUGCCUCUAAAUACCCAGCUGCUACCAGCUGUAGAGGACAAAGCACAGGAAGGGCUGUUGCCCCCGCGCCCUGCGGGGUGUGAUUUCUCAAGAGGAUCUGGCCCAAGACUGUGGGAAACAGGAUAUUGGACUGCUGGACUGGUCUUUGCUUGUCCCAUCCAGCAAGGCUCUUCCUGAACACUUUCUGCCGUGGUUCCAACCUCUCCAGAGUUGUCCCAGAUGUCUUCCGGAGCCAGCUGUGGAGCGUUCUCGCCUGCCCACCCCCAGCCCACUCCAUUAAUCCAAGCUACUUACACACACAGCACCAUUUCUGGUUUGUUUAUCUCUCUUUUAAUUAAUGAGCUGGAUUGGGCUGCCCUACCCCACCCAGGGGAAAUAUACAGCAGCGGCAAGUCCUCUCCGCUUCCGAAUGUUGCUGAAGGUUUGCAACUGGGUGGAGAUAUUCCUUUGCCAGAUUUAUUUCUCGGAAGCCGGAUCUACAGCCUGGUGAGAAUCCCAGAGCUUUAUGAGUCAACGAGCGACGGUCCAAAACUUGUGCGCAUUCAGGGUUCAGGAAAGGAGCACAGGCUCUGCGGCAAUGUCCAGCUCCCUGAGAGGCAUGGCUUUAAUUUCAAAACCAUGCCUCAAGGCCUCAUGGUGGAGAAGAAGCUCUUGAAUUGCCUGCUUUGGAUACCAUUCCUAUAGGUGUCUACCAAGAACUGAGGAUCAACUUUAUACAUUUAAAGCACAGGGUUAUGUGGCUCCCCCCCAAAGGAUUCUGGGAGCUUGUUAAAGGUGCUGAGAGAAGACCCCAGUGCCGCCCCACAUAGAGCUACAGCUCUCAGAGUUACCUGUAAAGUAGGUUUGAUUAUUAAACCACUCAAGAGAACUGUAGCUCCGUGGAGGAAACAGGGCUCUUCAAAUAACUCUCAGCUCCUUUAACAAACUACAGCUCUCAAAGUUCUUUGGGGGAAACCGUGGCUGUUUAAAAUGGUACCAUGAGGUGUUAAAUGAAUGGGGUAAAGGUAAAGGGACCCCUGACCAUUAGGUCCAGUCGUGGCCGACUCUGGGGUUGCGGCGCUCAUCUCGCUUUACUGGCCGAGGGAGCCGGCGUACAGCUUCCGGGUCAUGUGGCCAGCAUGACUAAGCCGAAGCCGCUACUGGCGAACCAGAGCAGCGCACGGAAGCGCCGUUUACCUUCCCGCCGGAGCGGUACCUAUUUAUCUACUUGCACUGGUGUACUUUUGAACUGCUAGGUUGGCAGGAGCAGGGACUGAGCAACAGGAGCUCACCCCGUCGCGGGGAUUCGAACCGCCGACCUUCUGAUUGGCAAGCCCUAGGCUCUGUGGUUUAACCCACAGCGCCACCUGCGUCCCAAAAUGAAUGGUGUAAAUUAGCCUAAAUCCCAUGGAAUUUGGUGGGUCUUACUCCCAAGUCAGUGGAUAGAGGAUUGCGGCCUAUAUCUCAGAAAAGGCAGCUGAAUAAAGAUUUCCCAGCAGUUGCUGGGUUGCUUGAAAACCUUUUUCCCUUGCUGGAGAAGGUUUGGAAAAGGCCAACCAAAAUCUUACAACGUUUGGGGCUUUGGGGUUUAGAGGAAAGGGGGAAUAUGACAUGAUAGAGGUAUCUAAAAGCAAGCACAGCAUGGAGAAAAAAAUUCAGAGAGAGAAGCUUCUCUCUUUCAUGAUACUUGGAGCCAUCCGAUAUAGCUGAAUGUCGGAAGAUUUGGGACAGAUUAAAAGAAGGCACUUCUCCACUCCACAUGGUUACUCUGUGGAACUCUCUCCCACAAGGUCUAUUGACGGCCACCAGCUUAGGUAGCUUCAAGAGAGGAUUAGACACAAUUCAUGGAGGAAAAGAUUAUCAGUGGCUACCAGCCACAAUGCCUAUUUUCUGAUUUCACUGUCAGAGUCCGCAUUGUUGGGGCUCGGAGGUGGGGAGAAUUGCUGUUGCUCUUGGGGUCCUGCUUGGCCUUUGGGGCAUCUGGGUGGCCACUGUGAGAACAGGAUGUGCUAGACCGGAUGGGCUAUUUUCCUGAUCUAGGAGUCGGGCUCUUCUUAUGAGCAAAAACCAGGAAAACGAUUUGUGCAAAUGGGUAAGCCUUCCCCUCCUUUUGCAAGAAAACGUUCCUGUUUAUUUAUUUCACUAUUCAGAAGCCUGCCAGCACAAUGUUUAAGAACACCAUUUCGCUGACUCCCCAGAGGUCAGUUCUCUGGGAUGUGCAGCGGUGCCUUGGCAAUUCUUCGCCAUCAAUCAGUCGUCAAUAAAUAAAUACCACGUGCUUUAUUUGGAAGGGCUUGGCCAGCCUAGAACCUUUCCUUCUGUCCUGACCUCUUUUCUUCUUCUUCUUGGGAACUCUUUUUUUUAAAGACCCAUCAUUAAUCUGAGACUAGGGAGGUUUCCACACAAUUUAUCAGUGCUCUGGCACGGCAGCCUUCAAGGAUCAUCUCCACUCCAGCUGGAGAAUCAUUAAUUCAGCGACACCCAAAUAAUCCUGGUGUGACCUCUUGAUGCAUGCUGGGAUGGAUUCUGGCAAGCUUCUUUAAAGUUUCCAGGGUUCAGCCUGGCUUCCUUUUGAACUUUAGCAGAGCUGGGGAACAAUUUGCAGCCCGGAGGCCACAUUCACUUCUAGAAGCUGGUGUGGGUCUAUGGUAGGGUUUCCAACUUAAAUAAAAUACAGUAUUGGGAUGUGUGUGUUUUGUUAACGCUUUUCACAGUACGGUCGUACCUCGGGUUACAGAUGCUUCAGGUUGCGUUUCUUUGAGUUACGGACGCGUCGAAACCUGGAAAUACCGGAAUGGGUUACUUCCAGGUUUUGGCGGUCGCACAUGCACAGAAGCGCUAAAUCGCGCUUUGCGCAUGUGCAGAAGCUCCGAAUCGCAACCCGCAUGUGCGCAGACGCGCUGCUGCGGGUUGCGAACAUGCCUCCUGCAUGGAUUCGCAACCCGAGCGUCCACUGUACAAUAAAAGACAACCUAAUCUACAUAAAAAAAUAAGAGGAAGAAAUUAAAUGAAAAGAAACAGAAGAGACAGAAGUAUGCAAGAUCCCCUCUUACAAAUAUUUCUUAAACUUUUCCCCAUACAGAAAAAGGUGCGUACCCCCAGCUCUCACCUGGGAGCAUCCCUCUCUUCUCCCACCUGUCACCCUGAGAGAUCUCGCAGGGGGUUGGAUCCCUUCCAACUCUCCUAUGAUUCUAUGGACCCAACAGUUGGAUCCCAGUGGUGCUGGGUAGACCAAGUGUCCUUCAGCUUUGGGUCGCCCAGGUGCUACUGGACUACAACUCCCAUUGUCCCCAGCCAGCUUAGCCCGAUGAUCAUGGAUGAUGGGGAUUGCGGUCCAGCAAUGUGUGCUUGGGUCCUGCACGCUUGCUGGUUUCCUGGUUGGCCGCCCUGAGAACAGGAUGCUAGAUUAGGCGGGCCAUCACCCUGAUCCAGCAGCGCUUUUGUGUUCUCAACAUCCCGAGACCCAAGAUGAAGAACGACACUAUAAAUACUGAGCUUGAUGUCUUUGGUUGCAGCAUAAGGGAACUUCCUGCAUUCCUGAGAGGGGCAAUUGCUGGGCCAUCUGUGCUGGUCCUGGGGGGGGGGUUACCGUGAGGCGUGGUCAGAGUCCGGUCCUGGGUCGAGGGACUGGAGACUGUCCACCAAGGGCGAAGCGGGGUCCAAAGCAAGAAGCCAGGCGUGGUUGGGAACUCCGGAAAAACAGGUCUGGGUGCUGGCAGAAACAGGUUUCCAACGACGUUGCUCCCGCAACCUGGGUCUGGGCUGACUGGCCUUUAUCUCCUCUGGGGCCUAGGAGGCGAGCGCUCCUCCUGCGGGAACUUAGUUCCUUCCGCCUCUCUGCCCUGAGCCUCUGCAGCUCAGGAGAGGCUGGAGGGUUACCAGACCCAGAGGCCGCCUCACCUUCCCCUGACGGGGCUGAGAGUGGAGCACCUGCAGGCAAUGGGUCCUCCAUCCCCUCAUGGGCCAGAGCAGACUCAGCUUGUGCCUGCACCUGAGGAUCCAGCACAGAUGAGGACCCUUCAGGCUCAGGCCCCAGCCCCGGCUCAGCUGGUUCUGGAGGCGGGGACUCCUGUGCAGGCUGGGAUUCCUCCGGUUCAGCCUCUGAAUCAGAUUCCCAGGCCAUCACACCAUCUCACUGAACCAGAGGGUCCCUCCCUCUCUUUCUGACUGGUGGCUGCCUCUUGCUACUUUCUGACCCAUACCAAGUGGAGAUGAGAGACAAAACAGCGGCUUCUCUGCCUCCUGCCCCACUGGAAACCUUGGAAGCUGGAUUCCACCCCGCCUCAAGACCUGCCGUUUGUUCUCCGAGGUUCCCAUCCCUCUGAGCUUGGCACCUGCUCUUGUUUAUUUUCGCUAACCCUCCUUCGAACACCCGCCGCUGGAAAGGGUUGAUCAGCCAUGUGCUUUUCCUUGGGGCACAUAAUCGGGAUCUCUUAACGCAGAUUGAUUUCCCCUUAGUGCUGGUUAACAGCCUUGCUGUCCACAGUCAUGUAGGUUUGUGUGUGUGUGUGUGUGCGCGCGCGCUUUUAACCCAAAGGAGCAGCCUUUACUGAGUCAGCUCAGCUUUCUCUCUCUCACACACACAGCCUUUUUUUUCUUCCUCUCUGUGAUCCAUUUACUGGUGAUUCCAGGAAUUGAACCAGCAGCCCUUCUGUAUCCAAGGAGGCCGCUUUGUCAGUGAGCUACAGCUCCUCCCCAGGAUCGCCAAUCUCUUUCCAGUCCUCAUCUGCACAUGGAGCAGAAUGAUGAAAUGGAUUGAACCACCUUAGACUGCAGGCAAAGAGGAAAUAUUACUCCCUCUUCGAAAGAAAAAAGAUGCUCUCUUGCCUUUAAAAAGCUCCCUACAAAUAGUCAGCCAGCAUACAUGUCCUAGCUCAGGCAUAGGCAAACUCCGGCCCUCCAGAUGUUUGGGACUACAAUUCCCAUCACCCCUAGCUAACAGGACCAGUGGUCAGGGAUGAUGGGAAUUGUAGUCCCAAACAUCUGGAGGGCCGGAGUUUGCCUAUGCCUGUCCUAGCUAUUUCCCCCCCUACUUGUAAGGCUUUUCAAACAACAACAACAACAACCUAACAACAUUUAUUAAGUUUUACUUACAUACACAAAAAGCAAAUUAUGAAAUAAUUUUAUAGAAAGGAAAUGAUAAAUACUGUAACCAGCAACAUUAACUCAUGGUUCUCGGGCUUAAUGCAAUAAGGUAUAUUAUUUAUAUACAGUGAUUUCUUCUAUAGCUAGAGCAAAUUUCUGCUGUUCCUUCCCCUUUUAUAUUUGCAGGGAAUCCCAUGUGGAUAGGAACCACAUGCACAACACAAUUUCCAAUUACAUUGCAGGAAUAUAUGGAGUUUUUAAAUCUGGAAGAGCACUCUGAAGUGGUGCAGUCUGAAAUGGUGCCAUUCAUUUUAUUUACUUGUUCUGUAACAUAUGUUGAUGGAGAAUGAUGGCCGACCAACGGUGAUAUCAGCUGAUUGACAGCUGGGAGUGGGUUGGGUUUUUUUGGUGGGGGAAAGGCCUCAUGAACCAAGAUUGGCAUAUAGGUCAAUUACUGUUACAUCGCUUCAAAUUUCAAGCUGAAAUCUGCUUCCCUGCCAUUUUAAGUCAUUGGUUCCAAUCCUGCCCAGCUAACUUCUACUCAAAGUAGAUCCACUGAUAUAUAUAUAUAUUUUAAAAAGGUAGCAAAACACCUAAAGUUAGUCAGGCCCAUUACUUUCAAGAGGUUUGUUCUGAGCAGGCAAUAGAUACAAAAACAAGAGGCACACAUGAGAGUUCUUCUUAUUUUAAACAUGCGGUUUAAAAAGUAAUGGACACACCACAUUAAUGUGGGUAAGUGCGUGCACACGCACACACACACACACACACAGAUACUGUACACCUCAUGAACACAGACACACCCAGCUGUCAGGCUUGAAAUUAGCUAUUAAGCCAAAUUUUGUGUGUGAGAAAGAGAGAGAGAGAGAGAGAGAAUGUGAAUGAAUGAAUGAAGUUUUCUGCAGGUUGCAGCUGGGGAGAGGAGGAUUAACCCACGGGUCAGCAAACUUUUUCAGUUGUGGGCCAGCCCACUGUCCCUCUGACCUUGUGGGGGACUGGACUAUAUUUUGAAAAAAUAAACAAAUGAAUUCCUAUGCCCCACAAAUAACCCAGAGAUGCAUUUUAAAUAAAAGUGCACAUUAUACUCAUGUAAAAACACCAGGCAGGCCCCACAAAUAACCCAGAGAUGCAUUUUAAAUAAAAGGACACAUUCUACUCAUGUAAAAACACGCUGAUCCCCAGACCGUCCACAGGCCUGAUCCGGCCCCCAGGCCUUAGUUUGCCUACCCAUGGGUUAACCUUUCCAGGAAGAUCACAAGCCCCUUGCCCUGCAAUUAGACUGCGGGGUGGGGAGCCUUGUAUUGGAGCUGAUGUGAAAACUUUUUAAAAACCUAAUUGCAUCAGGGGAGGGGAGGAACGCCCCCCAGGGGCCACAUUUGGCCUGCAGGUUACCAGUUCCUCAUGCCUAGCUUAAGGGCUAGCCUCUUUAUUCUUAUUUUUUGUUCUUAGAAGAAAAACGGGUUUUUCAAGAUGCCAGAUUGUUGCGCUCCAUGCAAUAUUCCGCGCUUACACGGUAACACUUGUGGGAUUGCGGGACACAGCCAGGGAUAAGCAGGAACAAGGCAGGGCGGUAAUGGAGACGCAGCCGAGCUGCGCAUUGGCUGCUAGGAGAGCUCAAGCUGAGCUGGAGAGGAAAUCCCCUCCAGACCUGGCAAGAGUGACCUUUCUACGCCGUUCAUCCAGAAAAUGAGUCUUUUAGCACCUGAGGCUUCUUCCCUGCCAGGGCUGGCAGAUCUCAGAGCACAGAGGUAUUAAAAAACAACAACGAAAUCUCCCGCUAAGUAGGAUCCUGCCGCUUCAGGGCCGAGUGGGCAGGAGGGAGGGAGCGGAUAACUGCAGAGUUCCUCCAGAGCGGCAGGGCUCUGCUUAAUAUUUAAAACCAGGGCUCGGUUGGCAAGUUACCGUAUUUUUUGCUCUAUAAGACUCACUUUUUCCCUCCUAAAAAGUAAGGGGAAAUGUGCGUGCGUCUUAUGGAGCCAAUGCAGGCUGCGCAGCUAUCCCAGAAGCCAGAACAGCAAGAGGGAUUGCUGCGUUCGCUGCGCAGCGAUCCCUCUUGCUGUUCUGGCUUCUGAGAUUCAGAAUAUUUAUUUUCUUGUUUUCCUCCUCCAAAAACUAGGUGCCUCUUGUGGUCUGCUGCGUCUUAUAGAGCGAAAAACACGGUACUUUUUAUGUGAAUGCUUAAAUGAAGAAUGAUAAAUUUUAGUAGGGCAUCUCCAGGAGUAUUGGGUGGGUCUCACCAGCUCAUCCUUUAGUUUGUCAAUUUUGUUUUCUCGCUGUUCCCCCUUUCCAUAAGCUUUUUUUUGUGUGUGCAUCGGCUUGCAUUUUGGGGUGUAUUUCUUCAAAUACCCGUGACCCUAAUGUUUACAUUUUUGCAAGCGCUUUCCCAGUGGUGGUGUAGCAAGUGUUUCCCAAACUUUGGGGGGCCACCACCCCCCUCUUUGUGCCGUAUACUCCCCCCUACCCUGUAAAAAACAACAACAUUUGGAAUUAUUCAGAAUUAAAAAGCAUUAUUCCAAGCAACGUUCAAAAUUUGCUGGGUGCAAGGUGCAUUUUGCAACCUAGUGAAGAUGGUAGGAUGGCGUCUGAAGUCUCCACCAUCUGAAGGUGUAUGCCUGGGGAUUCUUGGAUCUUGGCUGCUUUCACACACUAGCAACACAUCCUGCAGAAUUCUACCAGUUAUAUUUUAUCGGCACAAUCAGAGUGAAUUUCAGGAACCAAAAAUGCCGUUUUGAAAAAUACGACUUUCGAGCCCCAAAAUGGCCACUAGGCAUUCCGUUUCAGCAACUGUAACCUUGGUUUAAGGAGCCGUUCGGCACCUGGUUUAUAUAUCUCAAUUUCUAACGCUGGUUCUGAGUUACCGUGGAGCAGGCUUCUGAAAUCUUUGAAGCUUGGCAGAGCAUCUCUCCCGCAGAUUCCAAUUAGCAGAUGAUGCAUCAUUGACCAUUCCUUUCACGGAUAUGUGUAUUUUUGGCUGGAGAAUUGCAUUUCAAAAUUCAGGGCAGCUUUUCAGAGGAUAAGUGUGUUUCGGUUCAUGCAUUGGUUUCGAGAAGGGGCACAGUUAGUAGGUUUGCAAGGUAAAUUAAUCCCCCUACUUCUCAGAGAGCUGGGAUAGCUUUCGCUUCCCCGCUGAGUGCGCAGCUGGUAGCAAACCCAGGUUUAAUAUGUGGAGUGACACAUAGGAGUGUUAAGAUUUUUCCUGAGUUGAAGUACGCUUCCUGUUGGAGUGCAACUCUGCUUGUAUUGAUGCUGAUGGGAUUUGCCUUGGAAGGAAGGUGAUAGAGAGGAUAACCUCCCGACUUCCUAGACUGUGUUUCUGACCUAACUUGUGCUGACCUUCCUUCUGCUUUUGGACGGAUGCUCUCAGGGUUGCUGACCUCACUUCCUCCUUCUCAGCACCACCUUAGGAGAGAAGACCGUUAUCCUUUGUUUCUCCCACCUGCACAUAUCAAAGAGCAAGCGUGGUUCUAUGCAUCUCCAUCUUGCAGCGUUUGAGAACUUUAAGUUGAGAGAAAAGGCGAAGGUGGCAUGAAAGAAGUUUAUAAGAUUAUAAAGUUAUGAACUCUAGAGGACUUGUGGACAUCCAACAGUGGAAGCAGAGCAGAGCCACCAUGGCUAGUAAUAAUAAUAAUAAUAAUUAUUAUUAUUAUUAUUAUUAUUAUUUUUAUUUAUACCCCGUCCUCCCCAGCCAAGGCCGGGCUCAGGGUGGCUAACAAGCAAUAAUAAAAACAAGUUGAAUGAAUACAACUUAAAAACAAGAUUAAAAUACAACAUUAAAAUAUUAAAAUGCAGCCUCAUCACAGGAGGAGAAAGGAAAAAGAAAGAGGGGGAGGGAAUCAAAUUGGCUCCAAGCCAAAGGCCAGGCGGAACAACUCUGUCUUACAGGCCCUGCGGAAAGAAAUCAGAUCCUGCAGGGCCCUGGUCUCAUGAGGCAGAGUGUUCCACCAGGCCAGAGCCAGUGUUGAAAAGGCCCUGGCUCUGGUUGAGGCUAAUUUGACUUCCUUAGGGCCCGGGAGCUCUAGGGUGUUGCUAUUUAUGGACCUUCAGGCUCUCCGUGGGGCAUACCGGGAGAGGCGGUCCCGUAGGUACGAGGGUCCUAGGCCGUGAAGGGCUUUAAAGGUCAAAACCAGCACCUUGAACCUGACCCUGUACUCCACCGGGAGCCAGUGCAGCUGGAAAAGCACUGGGUGAAUAUGCUCCCAUGGUAGAGACCCCGUGAGGAGCCUCGCUGCAGCAUUCUGCACCCGCUGGAGUUUCUGGGACAGCUUCAAGGGCAGCCCCGCGUAGAGCGAAUUACAGUAGUCAAGCCUGGAGGUGAACAUUGCAUGGAUCACUGUGGCCAGGUCGGGGCGGGAAAGGUAAGGGACCAACUGCUUAGUAGACUUUGUUGGGGGCAGCGAUGUUUCUGAAUACCAGUUUCUGGAAACCACCAGAGAAGAGAGAGCUCUUGCGCUUGGAUCCUGCUUGUGGAUUCCUCACAGGCACCUGAUUGGCCACAGUGAGAACAGGAUGCUGGACUAGAGAGGCCAUUGGGCUGAUCUAGCAGGUCCUUUUUCUCUAUUCUUUAUAUAUAUAAUUUUUUAUUGAAUUUUAUAAAAAAAAUUGACAAAACAUCCAUCUUACAUAUAAUACAUAAAGACCACUUGGCCAUCUUGGCCCGAGACUUCCCUCCUCCUCACCUAAUGGUUUUCCUAAUUAUGCUCUGAUAUUGCAUUUUGUUAUUACAGUGGUACCUUGGGUUACAUAUGCUUCAGGUUAUAGACACUUCAGGUUACAGACUCCGCUAACCCAGAAAUAGUACCUCAGGUUAAGAACUUUGCUUCAGGAUGAGAACAGAAAUCGCGGCACGGCAGCAGGAGGCCCCAUUAGCUAAAGUGGUGCUUCAGGUUAAGAACAGUUUCAGGUUAAGAACGGACCUCCAGAACGAAUUAAGUUCUUAACCCGAGGUACCACUGUAUUAUUAUUACCUUUAAAUCCAGAUCUUAAAUACAACAUUUAAACAUCAUAUUGAUAAUGAUUGAUAUCUCUAACCUUACAAAACUUCUUGUAGCCCUACUAACGAUGUCAAUUGUUUACAAUUGUCUCUCAAAUACAAUGUAAAUUUAUUCCAGUCUUUCAAAAAGGCCUGGUCCUGCUGGUUCCGAAUUUUCCCGGUUAGUUUCGCCAACUCGGCAUAGUCCAUUAACGUCACCUGCCACUCUUCUUUUGUUGGGAUCUCUUCCUGUAGCAGGUCCUUGUUCUCUUCCUCCCUUGGAUAGAACUAGAAACUUUUCUAUCAAGCCUGCAUUUCCUUUAGCAAGCUUAGCUUUCUCAUUUUCAUACUCAAAAGUCUCAGUGGGGCUGCAUAUCACAGGGAACUGAAGUCUAUUGUGCAACAGCAUGUGUGAAGGUCACGUGCUUAACAGCUCUUAGAAAAACAUCAGUCUACCCACACAUGGAGGACACGGGUGGCGCUGUGGGUUAAACCACAGAGCCUAGGACUUGCCGAUCAGAAGGUCGGUGGUUCGAAUCCCUGUGACGGGGUGAGCUCCCGUUGCUCAGUCCCUGCUCCUGCCAACCUAGCAGUUCGAAAGCACGUCAGAGUGCAAGUAGAUAAAUAGGUACUGCUCCGGCGGGAAGGUAAACAGCGUUUCCAUGUGCUGCUCUGGUUCACCAGAAACGGCUUAGUCAUGCUGGCCACAUGACCCGGAAGCUGUACGCCGGCUCCCUCGGCCAGUAAAGCAAGAUGAGCGCCGCAACCCCAGAGUUGGCCACGACUGGACCUAAUGGCCAGGGGUCCCUUUACCCUUUACCUUUACCUACCCACACAUGGCAGCAGGCACCUACAACUUGCUGCCCAGUCUCCUGGCAAUUGGAGAGAUGCCUUUUUUUGAAAACGCCCCCUGGCCUUGGGUUCAGACUCCAACAUCAUCCUUGACCAAUGGCAUUGCUGGAUGGGACUGGUGGGAGUUGGAAGUCCCACAUCUGAACGGCCCCAGGUUUUUUUGAGGGCUUCUCCGGUUUAGCUGACACCUCUCGCAUCCAGCUCACUUCAGGUGGCUGCUCAUUCAGAGUCUCUCUGAAGAUGAUUUCCUCAAAAGGUUUGUCGUUUACUAUCACUCGAAAGCAGCAGGCUCACCAUUUUCCACACCGCUUGGGUUUUGGGUUUCUUUCUUUUGCUGCAAUAGGAUUUUGCCUUAAAAGAGCAGCCUUAAAAAGAAAACCUUUGCAUAUUCAGGGAGAGAGUGUGGUGUGAACGUGUGUGUGUGUGUUUGGAGAUAACAAAAGCCCUAAACCCCACCAGGCCAGGGCUUAUGGGAAUGCUUCAGAAUUGAGAUCGGACCAGGCUUGUUAAUUAAAGACUGAGAUGGGCUUACUGGAGUGUCUAAUCUCCAGGGUGGUGGCAGGGCGGGGGGAAAGCAGAGAGAGAGAGUGAGAGAGAAAGGGCAAAAAUAGAUGUGUGUUUCUGUCAAGUUGGACAUGCGUUCAUAUGCCAAACACCUGCUGUGGACAUGUACACAGACACACGCCAUGACACACAUAAAACAACGCUUCUACCUAAAGUGUUUGGAGGUCUGGCAUCUGUCUGCAUUUAGCAGAGGAAGCGGCUCCUCUGCCCACCGUCCCUCUGCCAGAUGCGCCGUUCUGCAGCCCCAGCAGGUCCUGAUUGGGAUGUAAUCACUCGGAUAAAGAGAAAAGACACAGCCCAGCUGUCAUUCUUCUGGGCCGGCAAGGGGGGAAGGCGGGCAGGGAGGCACAGGCUACAAUCUCUCUACGCACCCGGCCUCUGUUUUGUAACCCGGAGCUUAAGAACCUCUUCACUCUUUACAUGGCAAUUUGUGACGGCUUUGCUGCUCCCUCCCCUUUGGCCAGUGGGCCAAGGGGGGAGGGGAGGGGUGGGGGAUGGGGAGCCUUUGAGGGGCUGACGGCUUCAUUCUCUUCUGGUCCACCUUCUGAGGGCCGCUGGUUUAUAGCAGGCAAAAGGGGGCAGAGCAAAAUGUAUACACGUUUUAACCUUUAAAGCCCUUCACGGCCUAGGACCCUCGGACCUACGGGAUCGCCUCUCCCGGUAUGCCCCACGGAGUGCCUCAAGGUCCAUAAAUAGCAACACCCUAGUGGUCCCAGGCACUAAGGAAGUUAGAUUAGCUUCAACCAGAGCCAGGGGCUUUUCAGCACUGGCUCCGGCCUGGUGGAACGCUCUGCCUCAUGAGACCAGGGCCCUGCAGGAUCUGAUUUCUUUCUGCAGGACCUGUAAGACAGAGUUGUUCCGCCUGGCCUUUGGCUUGGAGCCAAUUUGAUUCCCUCCCCCUCUUUCUUUUUCUUUUUCUUUUCUCCUCCUGUGAUGAGGCUGCAUUUCAAUAUUUUUACUGUUUCAAUAUUUUAAUGUUGUAUUUCAAUCUUGUUUUUAAGUUGUAUUCAUUCAACUUGUUUUUAUUAUUGCUUGUUAGCCGCCCUGAGCCCAGCCUUGGCUGGGGAGGGCAGGGUAUAAAUAAAAAUUAUUAUUAUUGUUAUUAUACACGUUUUACCUUUGCACGACAGGCUAGUUCCAGCGUUCACUCACACAUUCUCCUCUAUUCUCGCCAAGGGAAGCGAGGUCCACAAACAGAGCUCCAGGGCAUCUUCCAGCCAGGCAGAAACACUCAAGGAGGGUGACAAAAGCAGGGCUGGUCUGGGGAGAGACUGGCGGGCCAGAUGGAGAGGCCUGGAGGCCACAUUCAGCCCCCAGGUGUGUAGUCCCCCCCCCCCGUGCAGGUGGCUGUGAUAAGGUCAUGGCAGCAAAGGGUGUGGGAACCUGUGGUCCUCCAAAUGUUGUUGGACCACAACUCCCAUCAUCACUGACCAUUGGCCCUACUGGCUGGGGGCUGAUGGGAGUUGGAGUCCCAAGCACUUCUGGAUUGCCCUGGAUCAGGGAGGGCUGCCUUAGGUUGUAAGCCUGCAGUCUAGCCCGACUGUGUUGGUUUACAGUUCCUAAGUGCUUCUUGUUGCUUGUAACAAUACCAAUAAAAGGCAUUUAUCCUUAAUGUUCUCAUUAAUGAGCAAAUUAAUUUAAAAAACCCAGUUCUUUUAAGGCAAUUUCUUGCUUAACGGGGCUUGUGGAUGAACAGCAGGCACCACUGUCCACUUUUGGAGCAAGCAGGUGCUGUUUCAGCACCAUGGAUAGCGGCUCAGAUGCAAAUCUUUAGGGCAGAGGCUGUUGUAUACCCUUGUCUUUUUCUCCUUGCUAUGUGGCUUUGGGGAGUUUUGAAGUCCCAGUGAGUGGCAUAUUCUGUCUGACACUCCCCCCCCCCCGCCCUUGAUCAUUCACCUGCCAAAUGGUGGCGCUGGAGGGAACCAGGACAUUGCAGCUGCCUUGGACGCUGAUGACAAUAAUAAUAAUAAUAAUAAUAAUAAUAAUAAUAAUACAGUGGAUGUUCAGGAUGUGAACGUGAUUUGUACGGGAUGCACGUUCACAACCCGCAGCAUUCACAACCCGCGUCUGCGCAUGUGCGGGUUGCAAUAUGCGCAAAGUGCAAUUUAGCGCUUCUGCGCAUGCGCGGCCGCCGAAACCCGGAAGUAACCUGUUCUAGUACAGUGGUGCCUCGCAAGACGAAAUUAAUCCGUUCCGCAAGAGUCUUCGUCUAGCGGUUUUUUCGUCUUGCGAAGCAAGCCCAUUGACGGAUUAGCGCUAUUAGCGCUAUCAGCUGUUUAGCGGCUAUUAAAGGCUUAAAGGCUUAGGGGAUUAGCUGCUAAAAGGCUAUUAAAGGCUAUUAAAGGCUUAGCAGAUUAGAUAAAGGGGGGGAAAAGCAAAAAAAAUCUCAGGACUCGCAAGGUAUUUUCGUCUUGCGAAGCAAGCCCAUAGGGGAAUUCGUCCUGCGAAGCAACUUCAAAACGGAAAACCCUUUCGUCUAGCGGUUUUUCCGUCUUGCGAGGCAUUCGUCUUGCGGGGCACCACUGUACCUUCAGGUUUCUGCGGUCCGCAACCCGAAAAGACACAACCUGAAGUGGCUGUAACCCAAGGUAUGACUGUAUUGAGGACAACAAUAGCAGCAGCAGCAGCAGCAACAACAACAACUGUACCCUGCCCAUCUGUCUGGGUUGCCCCACCCACUCUGGGCAGCUUCCAACAGAAUAUAAGAGAACACACAAUACAUCAAAAACUUUCCAAUAUAGGACUGCCGUCAGAUUUCUGUGGCAGGUUGUAUAAUAGUUUCUGUCUUUGAUAUCUGAUGGGAAGGCAUUUCACAGGGCAGGCGCCCUGUGCUGUCUAUUAUUACGCUUUGUAUUAUGUUUUUAUUAUUAUGGUUGAUAAAAUGUCUUCUUAAUGUUGUACACUGCCCUGGGAUCUUUUGAUAAAGGAGGAUAUGUCAAUCAAAUCAAUCAAUCAAUCAAUCAAUCAAUCAAUCAGGGCUGAAGAAUCUUUUAUGUCUGUGAUUGCGGGGGGACAGAGAGGCGAGAGUGGGCAGAGAUAGGUUUGUGUCUACACACCCGUUCCCCUCUCUAUCCUCCCCUCAAGACAAGCCAGAGGCAGUAUCAGAGUUCAAGUGUUGGUGCUGACCUUUAAAGCCCUAAACGGCCUCGGUCCAGUAUAUCUGAAGGAGCGUCUCCACCCCCAUCGUUCUACCCGGACGCUGAGGUCCAGCGCCGAGGGCCUUCUGGCGGUUCCCUCACUGCGAGAAGCAAAGUUACAGGGAACCAGGCAGAGGGCCUUCUCGGUAGUGGCACCCUCCCUGUGGAACACCCUCCCACCAGAUGUCAAAGAGAACAACAACUACCAGACUUUUAGAAGAUAUCUGAAGGCAGCCCUGUUUAGGGAAGCUUUUAAUGUUUGAUGUAUUACAGUAUUUUAAUAUUUUUUUGGAAGCCGCCCAGAGUGGCUGGGGAAGCCCAGCCAGAUGGGUGGGGUAUAAAUAAUAAAUUAUUAUUAUUAUUAGGACACGCCCAAGCAAGAAAAAACACACAACGAGGGUGCAGAGCAAGGCCAGCAGGAGUGUGUGGCCUUGGGGAUAGAGGUGGGGUUGAGGAAGGGGCUGUGGCCUAGGGAGAGUUCCGAGGGCUAAGAUUGAGAGGCCCGGAGGGUCACCUUGGUCCCCCAGGCCUGAGGUUCCUUACUAUACAAAAUGGUUGGAGGUAUCAGCCAGAAACAAAACCGUGGGCUAGAAAACAAAAAUACUAAUGGUAGUAGCCGCAAGGGCAAGGAUUUCUGUCCUUGGGGAAAUUCAAAACAGCAGCCACGGGGAUUUGAAAGCGGCUGCAGCAGCAGUGCAAACAGGAAGCUGAGUUAAUAUUUGGGUUGGAUUUCUGGCUAACUCUCAGUGUUGUGUUUUGUUUUUGGUUCUCUCCUUCGCCUGCCAGGGGGCUGGCUGCACCGCCCUGGUAGUGGCUGUCGUGGCACGGAAGCUGGAGCUCACCAAAGCUGAGAAGCACGUCCACAACUUCAUGAUGGACACGCAGCUCACCAAGCGGGUAAGCGGACUGCGAGCAUGUGGAGGGAGACCCUCCCGCGAGACACCCCGUGGUUCAGUGCAUGCACAAGGUCCCAGGUUCAGGCCCCAGCAUCUCCAGGUCAGACUGGGGAGCUGCUGUCGGUCAGUGUAGACAAGAUUGAGCUGGGUGGACAGUGGUCCCAGGUUCACUUAAGAAAAGCUGGUAUUCAGGGGUAGACUGCCUCUGAUGCUGGAGGUUCAUAAGAAAUCACGGCUAAGAGCUGCCGAUAGACAGACCCUCCACAAAGUUGUCCAGCCUGGGACUUGAGUACCUGAUAUUACAGCAAUGCUAAUUGGCAAUGGAACGGGUCCAAUGUAGACAUUAAAAUAUUCCAGUUUUGUUCCUCCUUAUGCUUGGAUUUGGCGGAAAAGGCUGCAUCAGAACCUUCUUUUUUUAGGCUGUUGCUUUUGCCUAGCAACUUCCUCGCACUUCCCUUCUGGUCCUCCGGGGCCACCUCUCUCCCCCCCUCCCCCUUCCGCCAGAUUCAUUAUCUAAAUUGCUUUCUCUCCGGCCUCUCUGGAUAAUUUUGCUUGCUUAUGGAAGGCUUUUUUUAGAUGAGGCGGAGAACAGGAGCUCUUGUUCCCCAGGGGCAGGUUUUGCAAGAUCCCUGAGCUGCCCGAGGUUGGAGCCGGGAGAAAUGUCAGAGGUGUUUUCUUUGAAGGGGAGUGAGAAAAAGAGGAGAACGGCCUGAAAGGCUUGUUCGGAGCAGGCAGGGACUGUGUGCAUGUCCAUCAGGGGAGCACUAGAGCAAAUUAAUGAUUCGAGAAGCUGUUUCUUCAGAGGCCCCAUAUCAUGACAAGUUCCCCAACACUUCCAGGCCUGCGUGAAGAUCUCCCAGGUCUCGUGCAUGUCAGACAACUGGAGGGGGAGAGAGAUUUAUCUGGCAAGGCAGCAUCAAGGUGUUAAUAAGGAUUUUGUGUGCCAAUUGUAUUUUAUGUAUUUGUUUCUUCUGGGUUUUGUUUUUAAAGUACUCUUAAUUGGAUCAGAUCCCAGAGCAGGAUACAUUUUUCAAAGCAUUCAACAUUUUGGGGGCGAAGGGGUGUCAUCAAACAACUCAUUUCCCUUGGGGGUAAUCCUUUGGGGGCUGCAUGAUGAUUGUAAAGGUAAAGGGACACCUGACCAUUAGGUCCAGUCAAGACUGACUCUGGGGUUGCGGCGCUCAUCUCGCUUUAUUGGCCGAGGGAGCCAGCGUACAGCUUCCGGGUCAUGUGGCCAGCAUGACUAAGCCGCUUCUGGCGAAUCAGAGCAGCACACGGAAACACCGUUUACCUUCCCGCCGGAGCGGUACCUAUUUAUAUACUUGCACUUUGAUGUGCUUUCGAACUGCUAGGUGUCAAGAGCAGGGACUGAGCAACGGGAGCUCACCCCGUCGCGGGGAUUUGAACCACCAACCUUCUGAUCGGCAAGUCCUAGGCUCUGUGGUUUAACCCACAGUGCCACCCGCGUCCCUUAUGAUGAGUGUGGGUAGGGCCAAAGUCAGAGGCAGACAAGAUGAAACCCAAACCAGGACAGGGCCACCCCCCUUUCGCUCUUCCCUACAUCCUUCCCAUCUUUUUCCCCACCAGGUGGGAUGCUGGGGGGGAAGGAACUGGCUGUUUUCAGAAGGAACCUGAACUGAUUGCUUGCAGAAAGCUUUUAAGAGUGGGCCAGUGGCCACCUCAGACAGCCAGAAGUGGAGAACCUUACAAAAACACACACACACACACACACAUAUCAUCUACAAGCAAGAGUUGUAAGUCACUAUAGAAAUAAAUUAUGGGGAAACUGUUUGUCCCAUCUCACGAAAACAAAUUCAAGUAGGUUUUGAGGAUUUUAAAAUGACAGAAAUCCUGUCAUUUUUAUGCUAAAUAAUAUUUUCUUGCAGAAUGUUACGACCCGGUGUAUUUUUUUCCUAGAGCAGCUUUGUUAAUAAUUGUCAAAUGAUUUAUUUGUUUUAUUUAAAAGAGGGUUGUGCCAGCCACAAUAAGGAAAUAAACCCCUCCAAAAGAAUCUCCCCAGAAGAUCCAAACAAACUGACAGAUCUGUAAAGGGGCAGACAGCCUUCCAGGUAAUAGGGAAAGAAAACCUCUCCCUUAAACUAAACCCAGUACCAAAUCUACAGAAGAUCAUCCCAGGAGAGUUCUUAGUAUGAGGAAGCCUAUCUUCAAUUUUACACUCACUGAGAUGCAACAUGCAAUCAGCCAGCCUCUUCCUUCUCCAGCUCCACCCAGGCACGGACAUAAGUUUCACAGGUGAUGAGCAAAGCACAGCUCCCAAUCCAUCAUUUUUAUGUUACACAUGCAUGGUGGGUUUUCUGCCCUCCCAGGUUGCUAAUUCCAGGAAUCCAUUUUCUUUGAGAGUUUUUCCGAAGGAGCCCUUGUGCGUAUCAAGAAUGAUUCAUGGACAGAACCGGCUUUCCCCGCCUCAAAGCUGCUUCUUUUUAGCUCCUUGAAAAGAAAAAGAAAAAAGACGAACUGUGAAGGGGGAGUCGAGAGAGCAAGGAUUGCUUUUUCACAUCUCCCUAGACAUGGGGGUGGCAAGAGACCCUUGCCCUCUGAAAGACCGGGUACAUAGCUUGCGGGUACUUCUGAGUCCUUUGCUGUCAUUUGAGGUUCGGGUGGCCUCAGUGGCACAGAGUGCCUUCCAUCAGCUUCAGUGGUAGAGAAUCUUUGCCUUGCAUGCAGAGGGUCCCAGCUUCAAUCUCUGACAUCUCCGGGUAAGGUUGGGAGGGACCCCCAACCCUGGAGAGCUGCUGCCAGCCUGUGUAGGCCACAAGUGGGGAACCUUUUGCCACCCCCAGAUGUUACUGAAGUAUAACUCCCAGCACUCCUAGUGAACAUGGCCAAAGACCAGGCAUGAUGAUGAUGAUGAUGAUGAUUACUUAUACCCAGUGCUUCCCCCCCCCCCAAAAAAAUGUUUAGGGGUACUCUCAUUUUCCUACUCAUAUUGAAAUACUGCCCCUCAAUGAGGCAAAACUUAGAUUUACAAAAUGUUUAGGGGUAUGCGUACCCCCAGAAAGAAACAACAUUGCUUAUACCUACCCACCUGGCAAGGAAAUCAGCCCUGAGUGCUCCCUGGAAGGACAGAUCCUGAAGCUGAGGCUCCAAUACUUUGGCCACUUCAUGAGAAGAGAAGACUCCCUGGAAAAGACCCUGAUGUUGGGAAAGACUGGGGGCACAAGGAGACGACAGAGGAUGAGAUGGUUGGACAGUGUUCUCGAAGCUACCAGCAUGAGUUUGACCAAACUGCGGGAGGCAGUGGAAGACAGGAGUGCCUGGUGUGCUCUGGUCCAGGGGGUCACGAAGAGACAGACAUGACUAAACGACUAAACAACAACAAACAACCCAUCUGGCUGGGUUGCCCCAGCUGCUCUGGGUGGCUUCCAACAGAAUAUAGAAAACAUAAUGAAACGCCAAACAUUAAAAACUUCCCAAUAGAGGGCUGCCUUCAGAUGUCUUCAGAAAGCUGUAUAAUAAUUGACUGAGUCAGACCACCAGUUCAGUACUGUCUACACUGACUGGCAGCCGUCUUCCCAGGUUCCAGGCAAGAUUCUCUUUCUUUGGGGCAGGAAACUGCACUGCUGCUGCUGUGAGCUGCCUGUCUGCCCCUUCCGCCAGUUGCCAGCCCCACCCCCACCCCCUUUGCAAAUGUCUCCAUAGCCCUGUAAAUUAAAAAGGUAUUAGCUGCUCGGUGUGGCAUCUCCAGGGCUGGGGAAUCAAAGUGGAAAUUGAGUUGUUAUUGGCAUUAGCUUAACCACACAUUGCAGAUAAUUUAAUUGGAUCCAGAAGGAAGCUCCUUUCCUCCAGAAGGAGGGGCUCUGCCGCUUAGCGGGCAGGUCACAUGCUUUGCAUGUAGAAGGUCACAGCUUGAGUCCUCAGCGUCCUCUGUUAGAACAGGGGCAGGGGCCCUGUGGCACUCUGGAUGUUGUCGCUGCCCCCAUCAGACCUUGCCAGCGAGGCCCAGGGUUCAGGGACAGGCAGGAGCCAUCAUCCAGCAGCAGCAUCUGGAGCAUAGGUAGGCAAACUAGGGGCCAGAUCCGGCCCAAUUGCCUUCUAAAUCCGGCCCGCAGACGGUCCAGGAAUCAGCGUGUUUUUACAUGAGUAGAAUGUGUCCUUUUCUUUAAAAUGCAUCUCUGGGUUAUUUGUGGGGCAUAGGAAUUCGUUCAUAUUUUUUUCAAAACAUAGUCCAGCCCCCCACAAGGUCUGAGGGACAGUGGACCAGCCCCCUGCUGAAAAAGUUUGCUGACCCCUGAUCUGGAGGGUCAAGGAUUCCAUGCCCGUGAGUUAGAAGAGGUGUUCAGAUCUUAUUUUUGCUUACUGUAUUUUUCGCUCUAUAGGACGCACCAGACCAUAGGAUGCACCGGACCGUAGGAGGGGGAGAACAAGAAAAAACAUUCUCCCCCUCUCUGCUCAGCGCCCCUUCAGUGAAGUGGCAGGAGAAACGGCGCCCCUUCCAUUUCUCCUCCCGCUUGGCUGAAGGGGCGCUGCGCAGCUCUCCCUCUCUACUGAAGCCUGGAGAGCCUUGCUCUCCUGGCUUCAGCAAAAGGAACCCGAAGCCUCCGGAGCACAGCGCGAGUUCCUGCUGCGCUCCAAAGGCUUCAGGCGGCUAUCCCUGAAGCCUGGAGAGAGAGAGGGGUCGGUGUGCACCGACCCCUCUCGCUCUCCAGGCUUCAGCAAAAGCAACGCGAAGCCUUGGAGCGUUCCCUCUGCGCUUCGGAGGCUUCGCAUUGCUAUCCCUGAAGCCAAGGAGCCUGCAUUCGCUCCAUAGGACGCACACACAUUUCCCCUUAAUUUUUGGAGGGGAAAAAGUGUGUCCUAUAGAGCGAUAAAUACGGUAACUACAACUCCCAUCAGCCCCAGAGAGCAUAACCAACGGCUGGGAGUGAUGGCAGUUGUAGUUCACCAACUCCUGGAGGGCCAACCGUUCCCCACACCUGCUCUAGGGUAGUGGUUUUGGGACACCUGGGUUCUUGUCCACACUCGGCCAUGAAGGUGACCUUGGGCCAGUCUCUGACUUAGCUUAGCCCACCUCCCAGGGGUGUUGUGGCUUAAAACAGGGAGAAGGACAAGCAUGCAACUGCCUUGAGCUCCUUGGUGGAAAGCUGGGAUAUAAAUAUGAAUGAAUUAAUCAUUAAUAUGAUGAUAAUAAUAAUAAAAAGCAGAGACAUCACCUUGCCGACAAAGGUCCGUAUAGUUAAAGCUAUGUAUGGAAGUGAGAGCUGGACCAUCAAGAAGGCUGAUCGCUGAAGAAUGGAUGCUUUUGAAUUAUGGUGCUGGAGCAGACUCUUGAGAGUCCCAUGGACUGCAAGAAGAUCAAACCUCUCCAUUCUGAAGGAAAUCAGCCCUGAGUGCUCACUGGAAGGACAGAUCCUGAAGCUGAGGCUCCAAGACUUUGGCCACCUCAUGAGAAGAGAAGACUCCCUGGAAAGGACCCUGAUGUUGGGGAAAAUGGAGGGCACAAGGAGAAGGGGACGACAGAGGACGAGAUGGUGGGACAGUGUUCUCGAAGCUACCAGCAUGAGUUUGACCAAACUGCGGGAGGCAGUGGAAGACAGGAGUGCCUGGUGUGCUCUGGUCCAUGGGGUCACGAAGAGUCGGACACGACUAAACUAUAAACAACAUAACAAUUAUAAUUACCGUAUUUUUCGCCCUAUAGGACGCACUUUUUCCCCUCCAAAAAUGAAGGGGAAAUGUUUGUGCGUCCUAUGGGGCGAAUGCAGGCUUUCGCUGAAGCCUGGAGAGCGAGAGGGGUCGGUGCGCACCGACCCAUCUCACUCUCCAGGCCGCGCACUCUCCGCAAGCAGCGGGAGCCCAGCGCUGGGCUCCCGCUGCUUGCGGAGAGUUGCCUGCAUGCUGAAGCCCGCGCACGCUGAGCUCAGCACGUCCAGGCGUCGCGCACCUCUCAGCAAGCAGCGGGAGCCAGCGCUGGGCUCCCACGGCUUGCAGAGAGCUGCCUGUUUGGGGGCUGGGGUCGGGGGAAGCUCGGGCUUCCCCAGCCCCGCGCCUGGGGGGGAGGAAUAAUUUCCCCCCCUUUAUUUCCCCCCCAAAAAACUAGGUGCGCCUUAUGGGGCGGUGCGUCCUAUAGGGCGAAAAAUACGGUAAUACUGCUAAUAGACAGGGGUAGGCUGCAUGUAACUGCCACACAACCCCAGCCAGCAUGAUCGGUUUAGGCUGGUGGCCCAGCUACAACCAGACCGGGGCUUGGGGUAACUUGGCUACAGGAAUCUGUGGCCCCAGUGGUAACUGGAAGGUCGGACUACUCCAAUGUGCUUUAAAAAUGACUCAGAAGCCUCAGUUAGGACCGAAUGCGGCUGCCCGACUUGUUGACAGCUUCGAGGCAAACAAGAUCGCAUGACACCAAUUCUGUUAACAGCUACAUUGGCUCCCCAUGCAAUUCAGAGUGCUGGUUUUGACCUAGAAAGCUCUUUACAGCUCAGGACCCCAAUACCUCCUGCAAUGCCUCUCCUGAUUUCAACAAACCCAGGCCAUUAGAGUUUCUUUGAGAUCCUUCUCUGGGUUGAGGGAAUGGGUGACAAGGGGCUUAUUAUUAUUAUUAUUAUUAUUAUUAUUGUUGUUGUUGUUGUUGUUAUUAAACCUGCCUUCACCCUAAGGUCCCAGGGCAGGUUACAGCAUUAAAACACAGUAUUAAAAACAGUUUUAAAAAUACAAUUAGAGUUAAACUGGAUGCAAAAUUUUGCACAGCAACUCAUUACCAGAGGGUUAGGGAAUCUCUGGCUCCCCGCCCUCGCUUGUGUUGGCGUAUUUUUUGGGUCAGACCAUUAGCCCAUCUAAUGCAGCUCCUUCUGUGUAUCUUGGGCUGGCUGCUUUUCAGAUCCCAGGAUGCCACGCUUUGGCCUGGGGCGUCCCCAGAAACGCAGCACACAAGAGUGCCAUUCAACACGUGCAGAGUGCAGUUCCUUCUGUACUAAGAAUUGUCACCCAUCCGGGAUUAAAAGGGAGGCAGAGAGGCCUUCGUGGAGAGAGCGGCGGCAUGGAGUCUGGAUCUCAGGGCUGGCCCACCUCAGAGCCUCUCCCUUUACAAAUUAAACCCACGAAAAUGGCUUAUGCAAUAAAGGGGACCUUUCAGACAUACCAAAUAUAUACCGUAUUUUUCGCCCUAUAGGAUGCACCAGCCCAUAGGACGCAGCUAGAUUUGGGGGGGGGGGGAAUAAAGGGGAAAAAAAUUAUUUCCCCCCCAGGCACGGGGCUGGGGCGGGGGAAGCCCGAGCUUCCCCCGACCCCAGCUCCCAGAACGGGACCCAGAGCGAUGCCGAAGCUGCGGGGCUGGGGGAGGGGGAAGCCAAAGGACCCUCAUCAGCUUUUACAGUUCCAGUAAUUCUUUGGGGGAAGCCGCGAUGGUUAAAAGUGGUAUCAUAGCUCUUUGAAUGCAAGGCGUGAAUGUGUUCUGGGUUAACCACAGCCAGCCUCCACACCUCUUAACACUGAUUUGCAGUUGUGAAAUUUUACGGAGGUAGCCACUAGCUCAGGGAAAAGCCGUCCCGACAAAUGGCGUGUCGGGCUCAUCAGUGGCUCUGAGCUGUGGUUUCAAAAUGGAACCUCUUUGGGCAGGGACAGUCUACCUUUUCCAGGGAGUGUUCUAUUUGUGUGUGUGUGUGUGAGAGAGAGAGAGAGAGAGAGAGAGAGAGAGAGAGAGAGAGAUGAUUAAGAGGGCCUACUCAGCCCUCAUUGGACAGUUUUGGGGUCGUCGUCCCCACUUUUAGGAUUAUUUUUUUUUGCAAAUAAAGAUCUGCUGUUUUAUACAAAUGUUGAACUUUAUCCCAGACUGCUGGUCCCUCCUCCUUGGGCCUGGAAGGAACAAAAUGUCAGCUGCAAAAGAAUUGGCACGUUUUACCUGAAGAUGGAAAAUACUUGAAAAGCAAUUGUAACAAACAGAUUACGCUAGUAGGAUUGCAAGAAGUUCUGUAAGGAGGACUGUUUGAAAUAUUGCAAGAAAGACUAUGAAGAGAAUCAUUAGUUAAUGAUAAUUAAGAGUAAUAGAGAAAUUAAGAAAUGCAGAAUAAGUGAUAAAGAACGGGAAAUCAUCAGAGGUUGUUGACGGAAGUCUAAAACAUUGUGUAAGAUAAGAAGUUAGGUUAAAUGGUUGUUGAAAAUGAUAUGUAAAAAAACCAAUAAAAAUGUAUUUUUUAAAAAAAGGAAAAUAAAGGGCUUGGUGAGAGCCCUCUGCUCUGUGAGCCUGCCUAAUCCUUCAUAGAGCAUAAGAUCAAUGGUUGGCUAUGUGCUGUUUUGGGGGAGGAAGAGAGGAAAGGAAAAGGUGCACUUCGCCUGGGCAGGUGAGCUAACCCCAGGGCCCUGCUUUUUCUUCUCUCCCCUUGCAGAUCAAAAACGCGGCUGCCAACGUCUUGCGGGAGACCUGGCUCAUCUACAAACACACCAAACUGCUGAAGAAAAUUGACCACGCCAAAGUCCGGAAACACCAGAGAAAAUUCCUCCAAGCCAUUCAUCAGUAAGCUGGGCUCUUUUCUCCUCUGUUCCGCCACGCUGGCAUCUCCUAACUAUAAGGGAUAGCAGGUUGCAGAGCCUGCCGAGAGCUGCUCCUGGGACGUCAGGAGUCGCUGUAGCCAUUUGGAGCAAGGGUUUUCUGCGCUAGGGGCAGCAAAGGGCUGCUUCCGCCCUAAGGAAGCUGAGGAAGGGCUUUGGGUCCGUGGAACAGCAGCCGCCUUGCACGCAGAAUGCUGUGAGUUGAGUCCACAGCAUCCCCAGGUUGCUGUUUUGGGAAAGAAAAGUUAAAAAAAAAAAGUCAGUUAACAAGUGACAGGGGAAACAAGAUUUACCAACUAUCGAAGAAUGGCAGAUGAAGAUGAUGGACUAUAUGGAACUUGCCGAACUGACCGGGAGACUCCGAGACCAGAGAGAAGAGACGGUGGAAGAAGAUUGGAAGAAGUUUAAGGAAUAUUUGAAAAAAUAUGUUAAUAAAUCUUAGGAUAGCUUUGGAAGUGGAUAUAGGCUGUAGGGUUAGAAGUAGAAGAUAACGUAUUUUAUAAGUGAUGAAAUGUGAAGUUUUUAUGGUUAAAGUAAGUGUGUGGGGGAGAUGGUUAGAAAUUAUGAUAUAUGUAAACUGUUAAAGAUGAAGUAAACUGAAAAUCAGAUAGGUGGGAUAAAAUAAACCGUCCCGGUGCGGGUGCAAAUUUAGCCAGCAGAAGAUUAAUCCAGGAUGGCGUACAGGUGAAUGGGAAGGGGCUCAUCUACGGGUCUUCCUCCGGUAGCGCCGCCAGCAGUGUUUGACCUCCAGGCAAAGGCUCGGCUUGCCAAUGUUCUAGUCCUCAUUGAGAACCCAGCAAGGCAACAGGUGGAAUCAGAGCUCUGGGCUUUGGAUUGGGUGGGCAGGCGGGACGCACCUUUUAAUGCCCGCAAGCUGAUUGGUUGCUCUUUCGCCCCUUUUCCAGGUUAAGGGGUGUGAAGAUGGAACAGAGGAAACUGAGUGACCAAGCCAACACCCUGGUCGAUCUUUCUAAGGUAACCGUCUCUCUCUCUCUUUCUCUCUCUCCCAGGAUUUGAGACAGGAGUGGGGAACCUUUUCCCAAAACCCAAGAGCCACAUUCCCUUCUGGGCAACUUUCCAGGGGCCACGUGCCUGGGGUGGGCGGGGCCAGAGGCAAAAGUGGGUGGAGCAACGAAUGCAGAUUUUACCUUUAUACAGUAGGCUAGUUUCUGCAUAUGUUCUCGUCCAAAGAGGCAUUAUCUAGAGCUCAGGAAUGGCAGAAACGCUAAAGGAGGCAGGUCCAGGGAAUGGUGUGGCCUGGGGAACAGAAGUGCUUUGGGGAGGGUCCUAGGGGCCAGACAGAGGCUCAGAGGGCCACAAUUAUUAUUAUUAUUAUUAUUAUUAUUAUUAUUAUAUUAAAGUAAAGGGUAAAGGGAUCCCUGACCAUUAGGUCCAGUCGUGGCCGACUCUGAGGUUGCGGCGCUCAUCUCGCUUUACUGGCCGACGGAGCCGGCGUACAGCUUCCGGGUCAUGUGGCCAGCAUGACUAAGCCGCUUCUGGCGAACCAGAGCAGCGCACAGAAACGCCGUUUACCGUCCUGCCGGAGUGGUACCUAUUUAUCUACUUGCACUUUGACGUGCUUUCGAACUGCUAGGUUGGCAGGAGCAGGGACCGAGCAACGGGAGCUCACCCAGUCGUGGGGAUUCGAACCACUGACCUUCUGAUCGGCAAGUCCCAGGCUCUGUGGUUUAACCCACAGCACCUUCUAAACCACUGUCUCCAGGCUAUUUACACACAAACAAAUAGAACAGUUAAAGACCCAUUGAGCUUGGCCUGGUUGCAGAAUGCCAACCAAUGCAAAUUCCUCCUGCACCUCAGGUGUCCAUACACUAGCAGGAGUUUGCCCCCACAAGCCGCUGUGUUCUGCAACAGCAGCCUCCAGACCAACCCCCAAGGGCAGCCCCACAGAGAGCUCAUUGCGGCAAUCAGGUUACCAGUGCAUGGACCCCUGCGGUCCAGGCCGGAGGUCCCGCCAUGCCUGAUUUAGGAAAUGGGGGAUAGGAUGAGGUGAUUUGAGUCCUACAGGAUGUAUCUGUGGACUGGCUUGGACUUAUACCAUGCCCGACAUCAGGAUGGUGCCAAAAUUGCAUUUGUUGCUACAGUGGUACCUCAGGUUAAGAACUUAAUUCGUUCUGGAGGUCUGUUCUUAACCUGAAACUGUUCUUAACCUGAAGCACCACUUUAGCUAAUGGGGCCUCCCGCUGCCACAGUGCCACCGCCGCGCGAUUUCUGUUCUCAUCCUGAAGCAAAGUUCUUGACCCGAGGUACUAUUUCUGGGUUAGAGGAGUCUGUAACCUGAAGCGUCUGUAACCCGAGGUACCACUGUACUUGGGUUUUAUCUGAAGAUGCUCACCAAAGGAUCCCCAGAAGGGAGAUGAGGGUACCCCACACUGCAGCCGUGAUCUUUCUUCCGAGCCAGCUCCAGUCCUGGACAAGGCUGCCUCCUCCCCCUUGCCCGAAAUCCGUUCCUCCAGCCUCUCUCGACUGCAUGGGGAUUCUGAGUCAGGGAGUGGUGGCAGAGGUGGGAGGCAGCGAUCUGGCACCUUCCAUGCGGGGCUUCCCCGAACGUUUGGUUGCCAGGCAACCCUGUGGAAGGAAGUGAUAACACACUCUCUUCUCGGCUCAGACCUGCGACGGGUGGCGGUGUGUGGAGCAGGGAAAGAAAUGUGUUUACCUAAUGGAGCUCACUGCUUCCUUGCUUGCUUAUUGCUUGCUUGCUUGCUUAAACGGCCUUGGUCCAGUAUAUCUGAAGGAGCGUCUCCACCCCCAUCGUUGUACCCGGACACUGAAGACUAGCUCCGGGGGCCUUCUGGCGGUUCCCUCACUGCGAGAAGCCAAGUUACAGGGAACCAGGCAGAGGGCCUUCUCGGUAGUGGCACCUGCCCUGUGGAACGCCCUCCCACCAGAUGUCAAAGAGAACAACAACUACCAGACUUUUAGAAGACAUCUGAAGGCAGACCUGUUUAGGGAAGCUUUUAGUGUUUGAUGUAUUGCAGUAUUUCAAUAUUUUUUUGGAAGCCACCCAGAGUGGCUGGGGAAGCCCAGGCUGAUGGGCGGGGUAUAAAUAAUAAAUUAUUAUUAUUAUUAUUAUUAUUAUUAUUAUUAUUAUGAACAUUGAGAAGAGCCUGGCCGCUGGAUCAGGCCAAUGGCCCAUCUAGUCCAGCAUCCUGUUCUGACAGUGGCUGGCCAGCUGCCUCCAUGGGAAGCCCCCAAGCGGCGCCUGAGCCCCAGAGCUCUCUCCCCUCCUGUGUUUUCCAGCAGCUGGUAUUCAGAAACAUUCCUGCCUCCCAACUAGCCUUUGUGGCUAGUAGUUGUUGAUAGCCCUAUUCUCCGUGAAUUUGUCAGGCCUCUUUUUUUAAACCAUCCAGGUUUGUUGGUUCUUGAAGUCUGUACCACCAUUCCUAGAUACUUACAAUUUGUGACUUGUUCUAAUUUAUGGCCUUGGAAGUUCCCAGCUUCUAAGCUUUGGUUUUUCCCUGAAAGCGAGUAUCUUUGAUAGUUGAUUUUGAGAGGUUCAGUUUCACAGCAUGCUGCGGGUUUUCUUAGUGCUCUUUUGAGUCCAAUGGGGGUUCUAGAUAAAAUUGCUUUCCUUCUGGGAUUGUACCCCCAAGUGUGUUUUAUAAACUGGUCUCUGACCGCAAUAAAUUAUCUGUCUAUCCAUCCAAUCAUCCAGGUUGCUGGCCAUCCCUGUGGAACUGAGGCCUACACGCUUAUCCCCCUCUGUCCUCCCAUCUAAGCAAGCAAAGAGGCCUUGCUGGUUUUCAUGACACGUUCCAGCCAGGCAAAAACACUUGAGGAGGGUGCAAAGCAGGGCUGGUGAAGGGGCGUGGCCUGGAGAGACAGGGAUAGCUUGAGGAGAGAGGGUAUCCCCAAGGCUUGUUAAAGGUAAAGGUAAAGGGACCCCUGACCAUUAGGUCCAGUCAUGACCUACUCUGGGGUUGCGGUGCUCAUCUCGCUUUAUUGGCCGAGGGAGCCGGCGUACAGCUUCCGGGUCAUGUGGCCAGCAUGACUAAGCCGCUUCUGGCGAACCAGAGCAGCCCACGGAAAUGCCGUUUACCUUCCCGCUGGAGCGGUACCUAUUUAUCUACUUGCACUUUGAUGUGCUUUUGAACUGCUAGGUUGGCAGGAGCCGGGACCGAGCAACGGGAGCUCACCCCAUCGCAGGGAUUUGAACCGCCGACCUUCUGAUCGGCAAGUCCUAGGCUCUGUGGUUUAACCCACAGCGUCACCCGCGUCCCUCCCCAGGGCUUGUUAGAGAGGGCCAAACUACAGUUCCCAGGAUUCUUCUGGGGGAAUCCCGACUGUUAAGGGUUCUGGGGGUCUUUAGGAGAGCCACCCCCCCAACUUAAAUAAAAUAUUGGAGGCGGCCGGUAAGCCCUGCCCCACAUAAUCACAUGACACUGCACACACCCCAUUUGAAUGGAAAUUGCCAUUAACUUUUUUGGGGAGCAGCCCCCUCAGGUAUUUUAUUGGGGGCGACGCCCUUUCGGCCCCUAUGAAUUGGUUCCUAGGCCCACAUUCCCCUCGCAGAGCUUCAGUUUCCACAAUUUUUUCUAGAAAAAGACGGGCCGGGGCUCACCAUGAUCUUGUUCGCCCUUGUUCUCUUGUAAUGGCAAUGACGCCCACCUGAGAGUUGCCAGAACUGAGCUCCAUCGAGUUCCAACUGAAUAAAAGCCCUGAUUUCCACAAUGGUUUAACAUUUAAUCCCUCUUCGCAGGGAGCUCUGGAAUUUGUAGCUCUCCAGGGGGGUUGCGGGGGUCUCCUAACAACUCUUCCCCCCCCCCUUUAAAAAAAAUAAUUAUGAUUUUCAGUUUUAUGCAUUUCAAUAAUUUUACAGUCAUUUUAACGUUUCAAAACUUGACUUCCUUCCCUCUCCUUCUGCGGUUCCUUAAAUUUAUUUUUAAUACCUUCUGCGUAUCCAAAUUAACUUAUUCAUUUAUUCAUCUACUUCAAAUAUAUCCCCUUAUGGAACUGCAGGUUAUUACAAUAAUCCCACCUUUCCUCACAACUCUCAGUACCCUUCACAAACAACGGCUCCCAGAAUCCUUUGCGGGAGCGAACCACUGCCGUUUGAAGUGGUAUCAUAGUGCUUUAAAUAAAUGUUGCAUUUGUGGGAUACAACCCUAAGUAACCCGAAUAAAGGUAAAGGUAAAGGGACCCCUGACCAUUAGGUCCAGUCGUGGCCGACUCUGGGGUUGCGGCACUCAUCUCGCUUUACUGGCCGAGGGAGCUGGCGUACAGCUUCCGGGUCAUGUGGCCAGCAUGACUAAGCCGCUUCUGGCGAACCAGAGCAGCGCACGGAAACACCGUUUACCUUUCCGCUGAAGUGGUACCUAUUUAUCUACUUGCACUUUGACGUGCUUUCGAACUGCUAGGUGUGCAGGAGCAGGGACCGAGCAACGGGAGCUCACCCCGUCGCGGGGAUUCGAACCGCCGACCUUCUGAUCGGCAAGUCCUAGGCUCUGUGUUUUAACCCACAGCACUACCCGCGUCCCUUCUGACCUCAAUGUAGCCUGCCAAUUUGCCUCUUCUUUUUUUAAAAAAAUAAAAAUUCUUCUUUUAAUUUUUUUUUUUUAAUUAAACAGAUGCAGAACGUCAUGUACGACCUCAUCACGGAACUGAACGACCGGAGCGAAGACCUGGAGAAGCAGAUAGGCGGGCUGGAGUCCAAACUGGAACAGCUGAACAGCAGCUUCCACUCCCUGCCCUUGCUCAUCACGGACGCUCUGUGCCAGCAGCAACAGCAGCUCCUGGCCACCAUCCUCGAAGCCCGGGGGGUGAGCAUGGCCGUGGGCGCCCCCCAGACGCCGCUUUCGGACAGCCCUUUGGGGGUCAGCUCAACCUCUUUCCCCACCCCUUAUACCAGCUCCAGUAGUUGCUGA